GAGCAGUCGUGCAUUCCCCGCCUCGCCUCGGGUGUAGGGAUUGCAAAAAAACAAAACUACACUGUCAAGACCGUGUAGUUUUGUUUUUUAUGAUUAGAGGCUCUACAAUUCUCAUGCUGGGAUUGUCUAAAAAAAUCUUACUUGGGAUAAGGACGUCGUUCAAGAAGAUUUCGUUGGGCUUAGCCCACUCUUGCAGGCACUUUGAGAGAUCAGAGUGCCUGUAAAGAUGACGACAAAAGCACCAACAUUUACGCAGCCGUUACAAAGUGUUGUGGCACUGGAGGGUAGUGCCGCAACCUUUGAGGCUCAUAUUAGUGGUUUCCCAGUUCCUGAGGUGAACUGGUAUCGGGAUGGCCAGGUUCUCUCUGCUGAAACUCUGCCCGGUGUGCAGAUCUCGUUUAGUGAUGGCCGCGCUAAACUGGUGAUCCCCACCGUGACAGAAGCAAACAGUGGAAGAUACACCGUACAAGCCACCAAUGGAUCUGGGCAAGCAACUAGUACUGCUGAGCUGCUUGUCACAGCUGGAACAGCACCACCAAACUUCUCACAACGACUACAGAGCAUGACUGCAAGGCAGGGAAGUCAAGUUCGACUUGAUGUAAGAGUGACUGGAAUCCCUACACCUGUGGUGAAGUUCUAUCGGGAUGGAGUAGAAAUCAAAAGCUCCCCCGAUUUUAAAAUUUUACAAGAAGGAGACCUUUACAGCCUAAUAAUUGCAGAAGCAUACCCUGAAGACUCCGGCACCUAUUCAGUAAAUGCCACAAAUAGCAUGGGACGUGCUACUUCAACAGCUGAACUGCUAAUUCAAGGCGAGGAAGAAGCCGUUCCUGCUAAAAAGACAAAGACAAUUGUUUCGACUGCUCAGAUUUCACAAACAAGACAAGCCAGAAUUGAAAAGAAGACUGAAGCCCACUUUGAUGCCAGAUCACUUACAAGUGUUGAAAUGAUUGUAGAAGGUGCAGCCACCCAACAGCUCCCACACAAAGCACCUCCACGAAUGCCUCCUAGACCUACAUCAAAAUCACCAACCCCACCAACUGCUGUAAAAGCACAAAUGGCACGACAGCAAUCACCAUCACCUGUUAGACAGUCACCAUCACCUGUAAGACAUGUCAGAGCACCAACACCCUCACCAGUAAGGUCGGUUUCUCCUGCUGGAAGAAUCUCCACCUCCCCUAUCAGACCAGUGAAGUCUCCAUCUCCAAUCCGUAAACCAUAUGUAGUGACAACAGUUGGGGCUGAAGUCCUUCCUCCUUGGAAGCAGGAAGGAUAUGCUGGAACCAUGGAAGCCCAGAUGAAGGAAACAAGAGUAUCCACAAGCACUACCCAAAUAACUGAAGAGAGAUGGGAGGGGACAUAUGGGGUCCAAGAACAAGUUACCGUUACUGGUGCUACUGCUGGCGAGAUGGUGACUGGUGCUAGAGAGGUGAGAAAGGACAGUGAAAAAACAGCAGCUGUUGCUACGGUUGUUGCUGCUGUGGAUCAAGCCAUGGUGAGAGAACCAGCUCCAGGUGUUGUAGAGCAAACUGCUAAAAGGACAGCAAUGACUGCAGUCCACGUUCAACCUGUUCAGGAGCAGAUGAAAAAGGAGGCAACGGUAGUAGUUACCAGUGAUAAAUCCACAAAACAAACAGUGAUAUCAAGAACUAGAGAAGGAAUUGUCACUUCACAAGAACAAAGGCACAUCUCUCAUGAAAAGGUGAGAAAAGAACCAGAGAAAACUCCGGUACCCACAGUAAUAAUUGCCACAGACAGAGCCAGAGAACAAGAAAGAAUAUCAAGAGCUAGAGAAGAAAUAUCUACCACACAUGAGCAGGUGCACGUAGCUCAUGAAAAGAUAAGAAAGGAAGAUAUGAAACCUUCUGUACCUAAGGUAGUAAUUACCACUGAUAAACCUAGACCACCGGUCACAAUAUCGAAAAGUAGAGAAAGAAUUGCUUCCAAACAAGAACAAAUCACCAUAACACAUGAAAAGACUGAAGCUGGAAAAAAGGCUGAAGCUGUAGCUACAGUCGUUGCAGCAGUUGAUCAGGCACGCGUUCGAUCACCCUGGCAACCAGAACAAGCAGAAGAAGCUUAUGUAAAGCAGAAAACUUUGGAGUAUGGCUAUAAAGAGGACCAUGUUUCUGAGGCCCCAGCAGAACGUCACGUUGUCACUAAAGAAGUUAAAACUGUCUACGUUCCUCCUGAGAAACAUAUCUCAGCUGCUGAAAAGCAAGAAGUUCAUAUAUCAAAAGAGAUAAAAAGAGCAACAGAAACUGAGAAAAUAUUUCACGUUGAACAGCCACGACCCCGCACAGCAAGUCCUCAUUUCACGGUUGCCAAAGUUGCUGUUCCUAAACCAGAUCAUACCUAUGAGGUUUCAAUAGCUGGAUCUGCCAUGGCCACUCUAGAAAAAGAGUUAUCAACUACUUCUGCUGUGCAAAAGAUCACCAAGCCUGUGAAGCCACCUCAACUGAAGCCACAUGAAGUCAGAAUGAAAGCAGAGCCAGUUGCCCCUCCACAGUUUCCCUUUGGAGAGGGUGUUGAAACUAAAAAAGAGAUAAGCAUUAAAAGUGAAGCAGUGCGGGAAGAACACCUGGUGUUCCAGAAAGAAGGUGAAGCAAAGGUGACAGAAACUGCCAGAGUUCCAGUGCCUGCAGAAAUCCCUGCUACUCCACCCACCUUAGUCUCAGGCCUCAAAAAUAAGACUGUGACUGAAGGUGAGUCUGUCACUCUGGAGUGCCAUAUAUCUGGUCAUCCUCAGCCUACCGUGACAUGGUACAGAGAAGACUACAAGAUUGAGAGCUCAAUGGACUUCCAGAUCACUUUUCAAGCAGGACUUGCUCGCCUUGUAAUUCGUGAAGCCUUUGCAGAGGACAGUGGUAGAUUUACCUGCACUGCUACCAAUAAGGCUGGGAGCGUCAGCACAUCUUGCCACUUACAUGUGAAAGUUACUGAAGAAAUUGAGACUCGAGAAACCAUUUCUGAGAAGGCUGUUAGAGAAGAGAAACGCUAUGUGGAGACAAAGGACAUUGUAAUGGAAGAUGUCUCUGCUGCAGCAGAGGAAGUAUCGGGAGAACCCAUACCUCCUUUCUUCAUAAGAAAACCCAUGGUGCAUAAAUUAAUUGAAGGUGGGAGCAUUAUAUUUGAAUGCCAAGUAGGGGGCAACCCAAAGCCACAUGUCUACUGGAAAAAAGGUGGAGUUCCUCUAACGACUGGCUACAGAUACAAAGUGAGUCACAAAAGAGAAACCGGGGAAUGCAAACUUGAAAUUUCCAUGACUUUUGCCGACGAUGCCGGAGAAUACACUAUUGUUGUUCGUAAUACUCAUGGAGAAGCUUCUGCAACGGUCUCCUUACUAGAAGAAGCUGAUUACGAAGCCUAUAUAAAAUCACAAGAAAUGAUGUAUCAAACUCAGAUGACCGCAUAUGUACAGGAACCUAAAGUGGCUGAGGUAGCCCCACCUAUUUCAUAUGGUGACUUUGACAAAGAGUAUGAAAAAGAACAAGCUCUAAUUAGGAAGAAAAUGGCAAAAGAUACAGUGGUGGUCAGAACUUUUGUGGAAGAUGAGGAAUAUCAUAUUUCUUCUUUUGAAGAAAGACUUAUCAAGGAAAUUGAACUCAGAAUUACUAAGACUACCUUACAUGAACUACUCGAAGAAGAUGGAGAGGAGAUGAUGGUUGAUAUUUCUGAAUCUGAAGCUGUACAAGCAGGAUUUGAUUUAAGAUUAAAGAAUUACAGAACCUUUGAAGGGACAGGAGUUACUUUCCAUUGCAAGACAUCUGGAUAUCCAUUGCCAAAGGUUGCAUGGUACAAAGAUGGUAAACGCAUAAGGCAUGGAGAGCGCUACCACAUGGAAGUUCUGCAGGAUGGCAGUGCCAGUCUGCGUUUGCCUGUUGUUUUACCUGAAGAUGAAGGAAUUUAUACUGUCUUUGCCAGCAAUAUGAAAGGAAAUGCGAUUUGCUCAGCAAAACUGUAUGUUGAGCCUGUUGCACCGACAGCAACUCCAGGUUAUAUGCCAGGACCAGAAGUUAUGAAAAGAUAUAGAUCUAUUUCUCCACGCUCCCCAAGCCGGUCUCCUGCCCGCAGUUCUCCUUCUCGUUCUCCUGCCCGCAGAUUAGAAGAAACUGAUGAAGGACAACUGGAGAGACUGUAUAAACCAGUUUUUGUGCUGAAACCUACAUCAUUUAAAUGUUCACAGGGGCAGACAGCAAGAUUUGACUUAAAAGUUGUUGGUAGACCUAUGCCAGAGACAUACUGGUUCCAUAAUGGUCAACAAGUCAUUAAUGACUACACCCAUAAAAUAGUGAUUAAAGAAGAUGGCACCCAGUCACUGAUCAUUGUCCCUGCAAUGCCUGAGGACUCUGGAGAAUGGGCUGUAAUUGCUCAGAACAGGGCAGGCAAAGCUUCAGUCUCAAUGACACUGACUGUGGAAGCUAAGGAAGACCUAGUCAGACCACACUUUGUGGAAAGGCUGAGGAAUGUCAGCGUGAAGGAGGGCUCUAGACUGGAAAUGGCAGUGAAAGCUACUGGUAACCCUAAUCCUGACAUUGUAUGGCUGAAGAACAGUGACAUCAUUGUGCCUCACAAAUACCCCAAAAUAAAGAUUGAGGGAACCAAAGGGGCAGCUGCCCUUAAAAUUGAAUCUACUGCCAGGCAAGAUGCUGCAUGGUAUACUGCUACUGCUAUCAAUAAAGCUGGGCGGGACACUACCCGCUGCAAAGUAAAUGUUGAAGUUGAACAUACAGAACCUGAACCAGAAAGGAGAUUAAUAAUUCCAAAAGGAACUUACAAAGCCAAGGAGAUUGCAGCACCAGAGUUAGAGCCUCUCCAUUUGCGUUAUGGUCAAGAACAAUGGGAGGAAGGAGAUCUCUAUGACAAGGAAAAGCAACAGAAACCAUUUUUUAAGAAGAAGCUCACAUCUCUAAGGCUCAAACAAUUUGGACCAGCCCACUUUGAAUGCAGGCUUACACCAAUUGGUGACCCAACCAUGGUGGUGGAGUGGUUGCAUGAUGGCAAACCCUUGGAAGCAGCUAACAGACUCCGCAUGAUCAAUGAGUUUGGGUACUGUAGCCUGGACUAUGGAGUAGCCUAUUCCAGAGACAGUGGAGUGAUUACUUGUAGGGCGACUAACAAAUAUGGUACAGACCAUACCUCUGCUACUCUGAUUGUGAAGGAUGAGAAAAGCCUUGUGGAAGAAUCCCAGCUGCCAGAAGGCAAAAGGGGACUGCAGCGAAUCGAAGAGUUAGAAAGAAUGGCCCAUGAGGGUGCUCUACCUGCAGUUGCACUGGACCAAAAGGAAAAACAAAAACCAGAAAUUGUUUUGGUUCCUGAACCUGCAAGAGUCUUGGAAGGUGAAACAGCACGAUUCCGCUGUCGUGUGACUGGCUAUCCUAUGCCCAAGGUCAACUGGUACCUCAAUGGACAGCUCAUCCGUAAAAGCAAAAGGUUUAGACUCCGUUAUGAUGGAAUCUACUACCUGGAUAUUAUGGACUGCAAAUCAUAUGACACAGGAGAGGUGAGAGUCACUGCAGAGAAUCCAGAAGGCUUUAUUGAACAUAAGGUGAAGCUUGAGAUCCAGCAAAGGGAAGAUUUCAGAUCUGUUCUUCGUCGUGCUCCUGAACCCAAACAUGAGCCUGCAGUGACAGAACCUGGGAAACUUCUCUUUGAGGUACAGAAGGUAGACAAACCUGCAGAAACAACAACCAAAGAAGUAGUGAGGCUGAAAAGGGCUGAAAGAAUCACUCAUGAGAAGCUUUCAGAGGAAUCUGAAGAGCUGCGUAGUAAAUUCAAGCGUAGGACAGAAGAGGGCUACUAUGAAGCCAUCACUGCUGUGGAACUUAAGUCUCGCAAAAAAGAUGAAUCAUAUGAAGAAAUGCUAAAAAAGACAAAAGAAGAACUUCUUCACUGGACCAAAGAGAUCCCAGAGGAAGAGAAGAAAGCACUUCCUCCUGAAGGCAAAAUCACCAUUCCAACAAUCAAACCAGGGAAGGUGGAGCUUAGUCCAAGCAUGGAGGCUCCCAAGAUACUUGAACGAAUUCAAAGCCAGACUGUAGCCCAGGGAACAGAUGCACACUUCCGUGUGAGAGUAGUGGGAAAACCAGAUCCUGAGUGCCAGUGGUUCAAAAAUGGUGUGCAGAUUGAAAGGACUGAUCGUGUGUAUUGGUACUGGCCUGAAGAUAAUGUUUGUGAAUUAGUCAUCAGAGAUGUGACUUCUGAUGAUUCUGCCAGCAUCAUGGUGAAAGCAAUCAAUAUAGCUGGUGAAACUUCUAGCCAUGCUUUCCUGUUAGUACAAGCCAAGCAGUUAAUCAGCUUCACCCAGAAGUUACAAGAUGUUGUUGCUAAAUCAAGGGACUCCAUGGCAACUUUUGAAUGUGAGACAUCAGAACCCUUUGUCAAAGUGAAAUGGUUUAAGGAUGGAAUUGAGAUUCACUCUGGAGACAAGUACAGAAUGCACUCAGACAGAAAGGCUCACUUUCUUUCUGUACUAACAAUUGAUAUGAAUGAUGCUGAUGACUACAGCUGUGUACUGGUAGAAGAUGAAUCCAUAAAAACUACUGCAAAGCUUACUGUUGAAGGUGCCGUCGUGGAGUUUAUCAAAGAACUUGAGGAUAUCGAAGUACCAGAAUCUUUGUCAGGUGAACUUGAAUGUGAGGUUUUCCCAGAAGAUGUGGAGGGGAAAUGGUAUCAUGGUGAUGUUGAACUCACUUCUAAUCUUAAAUAUGUGAUUGCAUCCCGCCGUGGUCGUCAAAUCCUCACUAUUAAGGACGUUAAUAAAGAUGAUCAAGGAGAGUAUAGCUUUGUCGUUGAUGGAAAAAGGACUCAAUGCAAACUGAAGAUGAAGCCUCGUCCCAUGGUUAUUCUUCAAGGACUUACUGAUCAAAAAGUCUGUGAGGGAGAUAUUGUGCAACUUGAAGUUAAAGUCUCCCUAGAAAAUGCAGAAGGUGUCUGGAUGAAAGAUGGCCAAGAAAUUCAAUCAAGUGAUCGUAUUCACAUUGUGUUGGAUAAACAGUCACAUAUGUUGCUCAUAGAAGAUGCAACAAAGGAAGAUAGUGGAGCUUACUCUUUCAGUGUUCCUGAUCUUGAACUGUCAACCACUGGACAGAUCACAGUGUACAGUGUGGAAAUAGUGGUGCCUCUAAAAGAUCUUCACGUAGUUGAAGGAACAAAAGCUAUCCUCGAAUGCAAAGUUUCAGCACCUGAUGUGUCUUCUUCCAAGUGGUACCUAAAUGAUAAUCAGAUAAAGCCUGAUGACCGUGUACAAGCUGUAUGCAAAGGCAAUAAACAGAGGCUAGUGCUUACCAGAACCUAUGCAUCAGACGAAGGACAUUAUAAGCUAAUGGUUGGCAAAGUUGAAACAAGUUGCAAUGUCACAGUUGAACAAAUUGAGAUUAUUAGAGGUCUUCGUGACAUCACCUGCACUGAAACACAGAAUGUAUCCUUUGAGGUAGAGCUCUCCCAUUCAGGAAUUGAUGUAAUUUGGCAUUUCAAAGGCCAACAGAUAAAGGCUGGUCCUAAGUAUAAAAUAGAAGCACAUGGCAAAAUACAUAAGUUGACAGUGGUGAAGAUGAUGAAAGAUGAUGAAGGAGAAUAUGUAUUUUAUGCUGGAGAGAAGAAAACAUCUGGGAAACUUAUAGUAGCAGGUGGUGCCAUUUCAAAGCCUCUCAGUGACCUGACUGUAGCUGAGUCCCAGACAGCUGUUUUUGAAUGUGAGGUGGCAAAUCCUGAAUCAGAAGGCCAGUGGCUACAAAAUGGUAGACCAUUAGCUAUGACAGAUCAGUACCGUGCUCAGUCUGAUGGUGUUAAGAGAAGGCUUACUAUCCCUGUGACAAAACUGGAUGAUAUGGGUGAAUAUAGCUAUGAAAUAGCAAGCUCAAAGACAUCUGCCAAACUGAAGGUCGAAGCUGUUAAGAUAAAGAAAACACUAAAGAACCUGACUGUGACAGAAUCACAGGAGGCAGUUUUCAGUGUAGAACUGACCCACCCUGAUGUGAAAGGAGCUCUAUGGAUUAAAAAUGGUGUUGAACUUGAAUCAAAUGAAAAAUAUGAAAUUACAGUGAAAGGAACUGUUCACACACUGAGAAUCAAACACUGUGUGGUGACCGAUGAGUCUGUUUAUAGCUUUAAACUUGGAAAAAUAGGAGCAAAUGCCAGACUUCAUGUAGAAACUGUCAAGAUCAUCAAAAAGCCAAAGGAUGUGACUGCUUUGGAAAAUGCUGUUGUCUCAUUUGAACUGAGUGUAUCCCAUGAUACGAUACCAGUCCGGUGGUUCCACAAAAAUAUUGAGCUUAAACAAAGUGAUAAAUAUAAGAUGAUCUCUCAAAGGAAAGUUCAUAAGCUUAUGCUGCACAACAUAUCUCCUGACGAUGCUGGGGAAUACACAGCUCUUGUUGGGCAAAUGGAGUGUAAAGCAAAACUGUUUGUGGAAACCAUACACAUCACAAAGACCAUGAAAAACAUUGAAAUCCCUGAGACCAAAACCGCCUCUUUUGAAUGUGAAGUUUCUCAUUUCAAUGUGCCUGCUGUCUGGUUGAAAAAUGGUGUGGAGAUUGAAAUGAGUGAAAAGUUCAAAAUAGUGGUCCAGGGGAAACUCCAUCAGCUCAAUAUCAUGAACACAAGCAGUGAAGAUUCUGCAGAAUACACAUUUGUCUGUGGCAAUGAUAGAGUCAGUGCGACCCUGACCGUAAAACCCAUUCUAAUUACCUCCAUGCUACAAGACAUCAACGCUGAAGAGAAAGAUACAAUAACAUUUGAAGUCACUGUUAACUAUGAAGGUAUUUCAUAUAAAUGGCUAAAGAAUGGUGUAGAAAUAAAAUCGACUGAUAAAUGCCAGAUACGGACAAAGAAGCUUACACACUCCCUCUCCAUAAGGAAUGUGCAUUUUGGGGAUGCUGCAGAAUAUACUUUUGUUGCUGGAAAAGCAGCUUCAUCAGCCACUUUAUAUGUGGAAGCUCGUCACAUUGAAUUUAGGAAGCAUAUUAAAGACAUCAAGGUGGUGGAGAAGAAGAGGGCUAUUUUUGAAUGUGAAGUUUCAGAACCUGACAUUCAGGUCCAGUGGAUGAAGGAUGGGCAAGAACUCCAGAUCGGUGACAGGAUGAAAAUUCAGAGAGAGAAAUAUGUCCAUCGUCUAAUCAUUCCUUCCACAAGAAUGUCUGAUGCUGGUCAGUACACUGUAGUAGCAGGUGGAAACACAUCCAGUGCCAAUUUGAUAGUGGAAGGUCGUGACAUUCGCAUCAGAACCGUUCAUAAAGAUAUUCAGGUCAUUGAGAGACAAAGAGCUGAAAUUGAAUUUGAAGUCAAUGAAGAUGACAUUGAACCACAGUGGUACAAAGAUGGUAUUGAGAUCAACUUCCAGUAUGAGGAAAGAUACAGUUAUGUGGCAGAAAGGAGAGUCCAUCGAAUGAGCAUCUUUGAAACCACUUACUCUGACGCUGGAGAAUAUACUUUUGUUGCAGGACGGAAUAGGAGUUCUAUUAAUCUUUAUGUGAAUGCUCCAGAGCCACCCCAGAUUAUUCAGGAGCUAGAACCAACUACCGUGGAGUCUGGCAAACCUGCCCGCUUCUGCGCUAUGAUAUCUGGCAAACCCCAGCCCAAAAUUUCUUGGUACAAAGAUGAUCAACAGCUUUCUCCGGGUUUCAAGUGCAAAUUUCUUCAUGAUGCACAAGAAUAUACUCUCUUGCUGAUUGAAACCUUCCCUGAAGAUGCAGCAGUGUACACCUGUGAAGCAAAAAAUGACUAUGGAGUUGCAACAACUUCAGCUUCACUUUCAGUGGAAAUCCCAGAAGUUGUUUCUCCUGAGCUAGAAAUGCCAGUGUAUCCGCCUGCUGUCAUAAUUCCACUACGUGAUACUGUUACAUCUGAGGGACAUUCUGCUUGUUUUCAGUGCAGAGUUACAGGGACAGAUCUGAAAGUCUCCUGGUACAGCAAAGAGAAGGAGAUCAAGCCAUCACGUUUUUUUAGAAUGACUCAGUUUGAAGACACUUACCAGCUGGAGAUUGCUGAAGCUUAUCCAGAGGAUGAAGGAAUCUAUACCUUUGUGGCUAGUAAUUCUGUAGGCCAAGUGACAAGCACUGCUACCUUGAAGUUAGAAGCUCCUGAAAAAAUUGUUCAUGAGAAGCUAGAGGAAGAGGUUGAAAUGGAAAUGAAAGUUGCACCUAUCCUGAGGAGAAGGCUUGAACCCCUGGAGGUGGCUGUAAAUCAUGUGGCCAAGUUUACCUGUGAGGUGGAGAUGGCUCCCAAUGUCAAGUUCCAGUGGUACAAAGCUGGACGAGAGAUAUAUGAUGGGGACAAAUACUCCAUUCGCACUUCCAACUACCUCUCUACACUGGAGAUCCCAAGGCCUCAAGUUGUUGACUGUGGAGAAUAUAGCUGUAAGGCUUCCAAUCAGCAUGGCAGUGUAAGCUCUACAGCUGUUUUAACAGUAACUGAAGCAUUUCCACCAACGUUUCUUACCAGACCUGAAUCUAUCACUACUUUUGUGGGCAAAAGUGCCAAGUUCCUCUGUACUGUUUUGGGCACUCCAGUCAUCGACGUCACCUGGCAGAAAGAUGGCACAACUAUUUCACCUUCAGACCGCCAUAAAAUCUCCAAAAUGGAAAAUAAACAUGUUUUAGAAAUUUCCUUUCUCACCACCAGUGACAGAGGGGUUUACACAUGCAAAGCUUCCAACAAGUUUGGGGCUGAUAUUUGCCAGGCUGAAAUGGUCAUUAUAGACAAGCCCCACUUCAUUAAAGUUUUGCAGUCAGUGCAGUCAGCAGUUAAUAAAAAAAUACGUCUUGAAUGUCAGGUAGAUGAAGACAGGAAAGUAACUGUAGGGUGGACAAAGGAUGGAAACAAAAUCCCUCCGGGCAAAGAUUAUAAGAUUUACUUUGAAGACAAAAUAGCCUCGCUUGAGAUUCCUCUGGCUAAGCUCAAGGAUUCAGGCCACUAUGUGUGCACUGCCUCAAACGAGGCAGGAAGCAGCUCCUCUUCUGCCAGCAUCACAGUCAGAGAACCACCAUCCUUUGUGAAGAAGGUCGAUCCAUCUUAUUUACUGACCCCAGGCGACUCUGCACGCCUUCAAUGCAAAAUCAAAGGGUCUCCUGAAAUCCAGGUUACUUGGUUCAAGAACAAUAAGGAAAUCCAUGAAAGCAACACACACAGGAUGUCCUUUGUCAAUUCUGUGGCUGUGUUAGAUAUUUUGGAGAUGAAAGUUGAUGACAGUGGGACCUACUCAUGUGAAGUUGUAAAUGAGGUUGGAAGUGACAGCUGCACCACUGAAGUGGUUGUCAAAGAACCUCCGUCUUUCAUCCGAACACUUGAACCUGCAGAGGUAGUGAAGGGAACAAACACCGUUCUUCAGUGUGAGGUUGCUGGCACUGGACCAUUUGAGAUUAGCUGGUACAAAGACAAGAAACAGAUUCGCAGUAGUAAAAAAUACAGGUUGACCUCUCAGAAAGCUGUUAUUUCUCUGGAGGUGUCUGCAUUUAACAGUGCAGAUGUUGGUGAAUACGAGUGUGUGAUAGCUAAUGAAGUCGGAAAGUGCAUGUGCAGUGCCACAUACAUCUUGAAAGAACCACCAUCUUUUGUUAAGAAAAUCGAAAAUGUGACGGCUCUGGCUGGAGAUAGUGUUACGUUACAGGCCGUGGUGAAAGGGUCAGAGCCUAUUUCUGUAAUGUGGAUGAAGGGCAAAGACGUUAUUAAAGAUGAUAACAAUGUGAGAGUGACAUUUGAUCAUGGUCUAGCAACGCUGCAAAUUACUGGUGUCCAGCUGAGCUCUGGUGGCAAAUACACCUGCGUGGCUGAGAAUGAUGCAGGAAGUCAGUCCUGCUUUGGUGAACUAGCAGUGAAAGAACCUGCCAAAAUAAUUGAAAAAGCUGAAGUGAUCCAGGUUACAGCAGGGGAACCAGCUAUUUUGGAGUACACUGUCACAGGCACUCCAGAGCUAAAAACCAAAUGGUUCAAAGACGGAAGGCCACUACCUGCCAGCAAAAAAUAUAGGAUCAGCUUCAAAAAUAACAUUGCCCAGCUCAAGUUUUAUGCCACUGAAAUGCAGGACAGUGGUGAAUACACCUUUGAGAUAUCCAAUGAUGUGGGCAUCAGCUCUUGUACUACCAGCUUCACUGUGCUAGAUCGCACUCUCCCUCCCUUCUUUACUAAACCACUGAAGAAUAUUGACAGCAUCAUUAACACCUCGUGCCGCCUAGACUGCAAAAUUUCAGGUUCUCUUCCAAUGACCGUCUCUUGGUUCAAGCAGGACACUGAGAUCACUACAAGUGCCAAGUACACAGUACAUUUUGCAGAAGGCUCAGCAUCUUUGGAAAUCAAACACCUAGAUGCAAGUGAUGCUGGGGUCUACAUUUGCAGAGCCGCAAACUCUGCUGGUAGCAAAGAGAGCAGUAGUACAUUGUUUGUAAAAGAGCCACCCAGCUUCACUGUAGAACCAGAGUCUCAAGAUGUACUGCCUGCGUCAACCGUACAUUUCAAAGGCACAUUUAAAGGCACAACACCACUGACAGUGAAAUGGUUUAAAGGUGAUACUGAGCUUGUGACUGGAGGAGCCUGCUACAUUAUGACAGAAGCAUUAGCAAGUUACUUGGAACUUUAUGCAGUCAAACCAGCAGACUCUGGAAAAUACACCUGCAAAGUCUCCAAUGUAGCUGGCUCAGUAACAUGCAGUGCAAACUUGUUUGUAAAAGAACCUGCUGCCUUCAAGGAGAAGCUAGAGCCGACCCAUCUGGUAAAGAAAGGUGGAUAUGUUGAGCUGACCUGUGAAGUCACUGGUACUCCUGAGAUUAAAAUCACAUGGUUCAAGGAUGAUAGAGAGCUAAAAGAGAGUGAAAAAUACAGGAUGUCUUGUGCAAAAUCUUUGGCAACACUUCAUGUUUCAGAAGUUGAUACUGAAGACAGUGGAGAAUACAUUUGUGAGGCCAAAAAUGAUGCUGGAAAAGAUAUUUGCAGUAGUGUUGUUACAGUCAAAGAGUCACCCUAUUUUAGCAAGGAAUUUCAGUCCAUGGAAGUCUUGAAGGAUUCUGAUGUGGUUUUGGAGUGUGAGGUGCUUGGCACGCCUCCCUUUGAAGUGUUUUGGGUGAAAGAUGAUAAACCUGUGCGGAGCAGUAAGAAGCACAGAAUAAGCAUUGAAAAAUCUUUGAUUAGUCUCCACGUUUUCAGGUUUGAUGCUUCUGAUGUUGGCGAGUAUCAGUGUAGAGUAACAAAUGAUGUUGGGAGCUGCCUCUGCAGUUCAGAGGUCACACUGAAAGAGCCUCCACAGUUUUUGAAGAGGAUAGAAAACAUUAGUUCCCUUCGAGGGGGCACGGUUGUGUUUCAGGCUGCUAUUAAAGGCUCCUUGCCCAUCACUGUGUCCUGGUUGAAAGACAACGAUGAAGUGAUUGAAGACAGCAAUAUCAAAAUGACCUUUGUGAACAAUGUUGCCACUCUUCUGGUGAGAUCUAUUGAGCUGAAACAUGAUGGGAAAUAUUUCUGUCAGGCUAAAAACGAGGCAGGAAUUCAGAGGUGUUCUGCUCUGUUGACUGUCAAAGAACCUGCUACAAUUGUGGACAAGGCCGUGUCAAUAGAUGUGACUGAGGGAGACCCAGCAACCUUGCAGUGUAAAUUUUCGGGAACAAAACCUAUUACAGCCAAAUGGUUCAAAGAUGGCAAGGAACUGACAUUAGGCCCAAAAUAUAAGAUCAGUAUUACAGAUACUGUCUCAGUCCUAAAGGUGCUUCAUGCAGAAAAGAAGGAUAGUGGAGAAUACACUUUUGAGGUUCACAAUGACGUUGGGAGCAGUAGCUGUUCUGCCAACAUUAAUGUCCUAGAUCUCAUUAUACCACCUAAAUUCACAAAAAAACUCAAGAAAAUGGACAGCAUUAAGGGGUCUUUUGUCCACCUGGAGUGCAUAGUGUCUGGUUCACAUCCUAUAAGUAUCCAGUGGUACAAGGAUGGCCAAGAAAUAACAGCAAGUGAAAAACACAAAUAUUCUUUCCAUGAUAAUACUGCAUUUCUGGAAAUAAAUAAACUGGAAGGCACAGACACUGGCUCUUACACCUGUGAAGCAACAAAUAAAGCAGGAAGCAACCAAUGCAGCGGGUUCUUAACAGUCAAAGAACCUCCAUAUUUUGUGGAAAAACCCCAGUCUCAAGAGGUUGUGCCCAGUGCUAGAGUUCAGUUCAAAGCACUGGUGAAAGGGUCUACUCCUCUGCAGAUAAAGUGGUUUAAAGACAGCCAGGAGCUCCUGUCUGGAGCCAAUCGAUCUGUCUGGAAGGACGACACAUCUAGUGUACUGGAGCUCUUCUCAGCUAGAACGUCUGAUUCUGGGAACUACACUUGUCAGAUAAGCAAUGAUGUGGGGACUGCAACUUGCAAAGCAACUCUGUUUGUAAAAGAGCCCCCCAGAUUUAUUCAGAUGCCAACUUCUGUAGUAGCUUUGCGUGAAGGACAGUCCACCACUUUUGAGUGCCAGGUAGUAGGCACACCAGAGAUCCACAUUACAUGGUACCUGGAUGGGAAUGAAGUGACUGACCAGGCUAAGUACGGCAUCUCCUUCAUAGAUGGAUUAGCUACUUUGAAAGUCACUCAAGCCAGAGUGGCAGAUAGUGGGAUUUAUGUUUGUGAAGCCCACAAUGAUGCAGGUAGUGAGAGCUGCAGCGUUGAGCUGAAAGUAAAAGAGCCUCCAACCUUUGUUCGGGAGUUGAGUCCCACCAAGGUAGUGAAGGGCUCAGAGGCCACACUAGAGUGUGAGGUGACUGGUACUCCUCCAUUUGAGGUGAAGUGGCUGAAGAACAAUAAGGAAAUGUUCAGCAGCAAGAAAUAUGCCAUCUCCACCAAAGAAUUAGUAUUUACUCUUAAUGUGACUAACUGUGAUGUCUCGGAUGUUGGUGAAUAUCAGUGUAUUAUAUCAAAUGAAGGUGGGAGCUGUUCUUGCAGCACAAGGCUCAGCUUGAAAGAACCACCGUCCUUUGUCAAGAAGCUGGAGAACGUCACUAGCAUUUUGAAAGGUGAUGCAUUCUUUCAGUGCAUCAUAGCAGGUGCUCAACCCUUAUCUGUGUCAUGGAUAAAAGAUGAGAAAAUAUUAGAAGACGAUCAGCAUCACCAUAUUACCUUUGAGAACAACGUGGCCACACUGAAGCUUGCUAAUGUUGACCUCAGCCACAGAGGGAGAUACACCUGUCAGGCCAAGAAUGAAUCUGGCUUGGAGAAGUGUUUUGCUUUGCUUUUUGUACAAGAGCCUGCACAGAUCAUAGAAAAGGCUAAAUCGCUUAAAGUCACUGAAAGAGACCCUGUGACUUUGGAGUGUACUGUGGCUGGGACGCCAGAGCUCCGAAUAAGAUGGUACAAAGAUGGCAAACAGCUCCUGCCCAGUAGAUACUACACAAUGACCUUUGAAAACAAUGUGGCCAGUUUCAGGAUUGAACCUGUAUCAAAGGAGGAUAGUGGUACAUACACUUUUAAGGUUGAAAAUGACUUUGGAAGUAGCACCUGUGAAGCUGUUCUGACUGUGCUAGAUCAAUCAAUUCCUCCUGUGUUUAUCAAAAAACUAACCAAAAAGGAUACUGUUCUGGGAUCUUCUAUCCAAAUGGAGUGCAAAGUCUCUGGGUCACUCCCCAUUAUUGCAAAAUGGUUUAAGGAUGGAAAAGAGAUAACUGACAGUGCAAAAUAUAGAAGUCUGUGCCAUGAGAACACUAUGUCACUUGAGAUUGCUAAUCUAGAGCUGGCAGACAGUGCAAAUUACACGUGCAGUGUCUCUAAUGUUGCUGGAAACGACUCUUGCAGUGCUGUCCUGACUGUGAAAGAGCCACCAAGCUUCUUAGUAAAACCUGAAAGCCAACAAGCCAUCCCAGAUUCCACAGUGGAGUUUAAGGCCACACUAAAAGGAACACCACCCUUUACAGUAAAGUGGUUCAAAGAAGAUUUAGAACUUGUAUCUGGUCCAACUUGUUUCAUUGGGAUUGAAGGUUCAACUGGGUUCUUAACCCUCUAUUCAGUGGAUACUUCUAGGACUGGGCACUACACUUGCCACGUUUCAAAUGACGUUGGCAGUGACUCUUGCACUACAACACUGAUGGUAACAGAACCACCCAAGUUUGCUAAGAAGCUAGAGGCAACAAAAGUAGUCAAGCAGGGUGACUCAGCCCGGCUUGAGUGCAAAGUAAGUGGAUCUCCAGAGAUGAAAGUAGUGUGGUUCAGAAAUGACCAUGAAAUUGUUGCCAGUGAAAAAUUCCGGAUGUCUUUCAUUGACUCUGUGGCUGUGCUUGAAAUGAAUUAUCUCAGUACUGAUGAGAGCGGUGACUACAUCUGUGAAGCUCACAACCCUGCCGGCAAGGCCAGCUGUAGCACCAAAGUCACAGUGAAAGAACCUCCUGUCUUUAGCAGGAAACCCUCUCCAGUAGAUAUUGUCAAAGGAUCUGAGGUUAGCCUGGAAUGCGAGAUUUCAGGAACACCUCCAUUUGACGUUGCCUGGUACAAAGACAGGAGACAAAUCCGCAGUAGUAAGAAGUACAAGGUUACAACCAAAAACUACCAGACAAGUGUGCACAUUCUUAAUGUUGAAGCUGCGGAUGUUGGUGAAUAUCAGUGCAAAGCACAGAACGAUGUAGGAAGUGACACUUGUUUUUGCGCUGUGAAGUUGAAAGAACCACCAAAAUUCUUGACUAAAAUAAACAGCGUGACUGUUGUGGUUGGUGAACCAGUAGAGUUACAAGCAAGAGUGGAGGGCUCUCAGCCAAUUGCUGUGCAGUGGCUUAAAGACAAAGAGGAAAUUAUUAGAGAAAGUGAAAACACGAAGAUCACAUUUAUGGAAAAUAUUGCAACUUUACAAUUUGUGCACACGGAGACAAGCAGUUCUGGAAAAUACACCUGUCAGAUCAGAAAUGAUGCUGGAAGUCGCGAGUGUAUGGCUACCUUAACUAUUCUAGAGCCUGCAGUCAUUGUAGAGAAAGCAGAGCCAAUGAGAGUUACUGUAGGAGAUGCCUGUACUUUGGAGUGCAAAGUGGCAGGCACACCACAGCUUUCCACUGGGUGGUUCAAGGAUGGCAAAGAGCUGACCAGCAGUCAAAAAUACAAAAUUACUUUCCUCAAUAACGUAUCUACACUUAAAAUUAUGGAUGCAGAAAAGGAAGAUGGUGGACUGUACACUUUUGCAGUGCAAAAUGACGUGGGGAAAAGCAGUUGCACAGCAUCAGUUGAUGUUUUAGAUCGAAUCAUUCCUCCUUCUUUCACAAGAAAACUAAAGGACACCCCCUGUGUUCUGAGUUCAUCAGCACUGCUGGAAUGUAAAGUGUCAGGUUCACCUCCUAUUUCUGUUGCCUGGUUUCAAAAUGGACUUAAAUUAGUCAAUGGAGAAAAACAUCAAAUCUCCUUUUCAGAUAACCUUUGUAUUUUAGAAGUUAAUUCACUGAGCAACUCAGAUACUGGAACUUACACCUGCAAAGCUACCAACGUAGCUGGUUCAGAUGAAUGCAGUGCUGUAUUGACUGUACAAGAGCCACCAUCUUUUGAGAGGACACCAGAGCCUCUGGAUGUAUUGCCAGGCACAAGCAUCACUUUCACAUGUGUUGUCAGAGGAACCCCUCCUUUUAAGGUCAACUGGUUUAGAGGGGCCAAUGAGCUUGUGCCAGGGGACAAAUGCAAUAUCUACUUGGAGGAGUCCGUUGUGGAGCUUGAGUUAUUUGAUGUAACUCCUCCCCAAAGUGGAGAGUAUACUUGUCUAGUGACUAAUGAUGCUGGCAGGGCAAAUUGUUCAACACACCUUACAGUAAAAGAGCCAGCUGUCUUUGUGAAGAAACUGAGUGAUCAGUAUGUGGAACCUGGCAAGCCCAUCAUCCUGGAGGGCACUUACACAGGCAGCCUCCCCAUCUCUGUGACAUGGAAGAAGAAUGGCCACACCAUCACACAAUCUCAGAAGUGUAGCAUCACCACCACAGAGAAAUCCUGCAUCCUGGAAAUACUUGACAGCACCAAAGAAGAUUCAGGAGAAUAUACUUGCCAUGUUGAAAAUGAGGCGGGAAGAGAUGUUUGUGAAGCUGUGGUCUCUACCCUAGAACCUCCCUAUUUUGUUACACACUUGGAACCUCUUGAGGUGUCAGUUGGGGAUUAUACAACAUUGCAAUGUCGUGUUGCUGGAACACCAGAAAUUACUGUGUCUUGGUACAAAGGUGACACAAAACUCAGGUCUACUCCUGAGUACAAAGUGUUCUUUAAAGACAACGUUGCUACACUUAUUUUCAACAAAGUGGUUAGCAAUGACACUGGAGAAUAUAUCUGCAAGGCAGAAAACAGUGUAGGAACUGCAUCUACAAAGGCUCUCUUAACAGUUCAAGAGCGCAAACGACCACCUUCCUUUGCAAGAAAGUUAAAGGACAUCGAGCACCCUGCUGGUUUACCCCUUAAAUUUAUGUGUCGGCUCAAUGGCUCAGAACCCAUUACUGUUACUUGGCACAAAGAUGGGGUGCCACUGAGUGAUGAUCACAAUGUGCACACAUCCUUUGUAGAUAACGUUGCAGUGCUGCAACUGGUGCGAACCGAGAUGAAUCAUACUGGGCAGUACUCCUGCACAGCCACCAAUUCUGUGGGCACUGCCACCACAAGUGCUAGGCUCACAGUGGCAGAACCCAAGCAAGCACCUGUCUUUGACACCAAACCAGAAUCUAUUGAUGUGCCUUUUGGAGAAAGUGCUGACUUUGAAUGUCAUGUUACGGGUGCCCAGCCAAUACACAUAACCUGGUCCAAAGAUGGUCGGGAGAUUCGAACAGGAGGAAACUUCAAUAUUACAUUUAUAAACAACACAGCUCACCUUCGAGUGCUCAGAGUGGGUAAAGGAGACUCUGGCCAAUAUACUUGCCAAGCUAGUAAUGAAGCUGGGAAAGACUUUUGCUCAGCCCAACUCAGUGUCAAAGAACCUCCGAAGUUCGUCAAGAAGCCUGAAGCUUUGCGGUUCGUGAAGCAGGGGGACACAGUUCAACUUGAAUGCAAAAUCAGUGGCACACCAGAGAUCAGAAUCGUGUGGUAUAAAAAUGAUCAGGCGCUCCAGGCGAGCGACAGGCUCCACAUGUCCUUUGUAGACUCCGUGGCAAUGCUAACCAUCCCGGGUGCCAACACUGAAGAUGCUGGGGAUUACAUAUGUGAAGCCCAUAACUCUGCUGGCACAGCCAGCUGCAGCACUUCAGUCACAGUGAAAGAACCACCUGUUUUUAUCAAAGUGCCAAGCCCUGUGGAGACUCUUAAAGGCUCAGAUGUUAUCCUCCAGUGCGAGAUAGAAGGGACCCCACCCUUUGAGGUGGCUUGGUUCAAGGACCGAAGGCAGGUCAGGAGCAGCAAGAAAUUCAAGGUGACAGCAAAACACUCCAUUGCCAGUCUUCAUAUUCUCAAUCUGGAAUCUCAAGAUACUGGAGAAUAUCAAUGCAAAGCUAUGAAUGAGGUGGGAAGCGACACUUGCACUUGCCCAGUGAAAUUCAAAGAACCCCCACGGUUUGCCAAGAAGCUGAGUGACACUGUAAUCUUCAUCGGGGAGCCAACAGCUCUGCAGGCAGUGGUGGAAGGAUCUCCACCAAUUUCUGUUGUCUGGCUCAAGGAUAAGGGUGAAGUUAUUAGGGAGAGUGAAAAUGUUCAAAUGUGGUUUAUGGACAACAUAGCAACUCUUGAGAUAGCCAGUGCAGAGGGAGCUGAUGUUGGGAAGUACAUCUGUCAGAUCAAAAAUGAUGCUGGCAUGCGGGAGUGCUCUGCCUUUUUACAAGUCCUAGAACCAGCAGUCAUCUUAGAGAAGACUGAGCCGAUCACAGUAAUGGCUGGUAAUCCUUUUACCCUGGAGUGCAAAGUAGGAGGAACACCUGAACUUAUCACCAAGUGGUACAAAGAUGGCAGAGAACUAAGGAGUGACCGCAAAUACCAAAUUACAUUUUUCAACAAUAUAUCCACUUUGAAAGUCUUUUCUGCAGACAGGGGAGACAGGGGCUUAUAUACUUUUGAGGUGCACAAUGAAGUGGGGGACAGCAGCUGCACUUCUUCAGUUGAUGUUUCAGAUCGUCUUGUUCCUCCUUCAUUCUCAAGAAAAUUAAAAGAAACAAAUGGGGUACUGGGAUCCUCAGUGCUGCUGGAGUGCAAAGUGUCUGGCACAUCCCCCAUAUCUGUGUCCUGGUUUCAAGAUGGGAAUGAGAUUGUUAGUGGAGAAAAAUAUGAAAUCUCAUUCUUGGAUGAUGUUUGUGCUUUGAAGCUGAAUGCUCUGGAUGCCACAGAUACAGGGACAUAUACCUGUGUGGCAGCCAAUGUGGCUGGAUCUGAUGAAUGCAGUGCCUUCUUGACUGUACAAGAACCACCUUCUUUUGUGAAGACACCUGAUCCUCAGGAAGUUUUGCCUGGAUCAAGUGUAACAUUUACCAGCUACAUCAAGGGUAGUGCUCCCUUCAAAGUGACCUGGUUUCGAGGCAUCAGGGAACUGGUGCCGGACAGCAACUGCUCCAUCUCUUUCAAAGAAUCUGUGGCACAGCUGCAGCUGUACAACGUGGAGCCAGGCCACAGCGGGGACUAUGCCUGUGUGGUCACAAAUGAUGCUGGCAGUGCCUCAUGUACAACCCAGCUCUUUGUUAAAGAGCCUGCAGUCUUUGUGAAGAAAUUAAGUGAUUUCAGUGUGGAGCAGGGGAAGUCCAUUGUGCUGGAAAGCAGCUACAUAGGUACCCCUCCCAUCUCUGUCACCUGGAAAAGAAAUGGCAUACCCAUUGCACAGUCCCCACGCUGCAGUGUUACAACUACUGAAAAAUCUGGCAUUCUUGAAAUCUUCAACAGCACCAAGAAUGAUGAAGGCGAAUACACCUGUGAGGUGGCAAAUGAGGCGGGUGGGGAUGUUUGCCACAGCCUUGUAUCCAUCUUAGAACCACCCUAUUUUGUCACACAUCUGGACCGUGUGGAGGUGAAGGUUGGCGAGCCCUUGAUCUUAAAAUGCCAGAUUGGUGGUUCGCCAGAAAUCAAGGUGUCCUGGUAUAAAGAUGACACCAAGCUGAGAUCAACACAAGCUUACAAAAUGCACUUCAAGAACAAUGUGGCGACACUGGCAUUCUCCACUGUAGAGGAUAGCAACAUUGGAGAAUAUAUCUGCAAAGCAGAAAAUAGCAUCGGCUUCGCCACCUCCACAGCUUUGCUUGUUGUUAAAGAACGUCAACUUCCCCCUACAUUCACCAGAAAACUAAAAGAUAUUCAGGAGGUGGUUGGUGCCCCAGUGACAUUUGACUGCCGUAUAAAUGGCUCAGAGCCUAUCCAGGUGUCUUGGUACAAGGAUGGGGUUCUCUUAAGCGACAGUGAUAACAUGCAAUCAGCCUUCUUAAAUAACGUUGCGACUCUCCAAAUCUUGCAAACUAGUAUGGCUCACUGUGGCCAGUAUACUUGCUCAGCCCAAAAUGCUCUGGGGACUGCAUCUUCCAGUGCCAAACUUCUCCUCACAGAACAACUACAACCUCCAUUCUUUGACAUCAAACCAGUAUCUAUCGAUGUGGCACUAGGGGAAAGUGCAACCUUUAAGUGCCAUGUGACUGGUUCUGCUCCCAUGAGGAUUACUUGGACCAGAGACAACAGAGAGAUUCGUCCUGGUGGCAACUACAAAAUGACACUCGUGGAAAACACAGCCAGCUUGACAGUCCUAAAAGUUGGUAAAGGGGAUGCUGGACUCUACACAUGUACUGCCAGCAACAGUGUUGGAAAGGACGCGUGCGCAGCUCAGCUGGCUGUACAAGAACCACCAAGGUUUAUUAAGAAACUAGACUCCUCAAAACUUGUGAAACAGCACGAUUCCAUUAAGUAUGAAUGCAAAGUAGGUGGAUCUCCAGAAAUCAAAGUCACCUGGUACAAGGGUGAAACUGAGAUUCAUCCCAGUGAAAAAUACAGAAUGUCCUUUGAGGAUUCAGUGGCAGUCAUUGAAAUGCACAACCUCAGUGUUGAAGACAGCGGUGACUACACGUGUGAAGCUCAGAAUCCAGCGGGUAGUGCAAGCACCAGUACUUCACUGAGAGUAAAAGCACCCCCCAUUUUUACCAAGAAGCCCCAUCCAGUCCAGACCUUGAAAGGGUCUGAUAUUCAUCUGGAAUGUGAGCUUCAGGGCACUCCUCCGUUCCAGAUUUCAUGGUAUAAAGACAAACGAGAAAUUCGGAGCAGCAAAAAGUAUAAGGUCAUGUCUGAGAACUAUUCAGCUAGUAUUCACAUUCUUAGUGUGGAUACUGCAGAUGUUGGUGAAUAUCACUGUAAAGCUGUAAAUGAUGUCGGAAGUGACACCUGCAUUGGCUCUGUAACACUAAGAGCACCACCAACAUUUGUGAAGAAGCUGAGUGAUCUCACAGUCGUAGUUGGGGAGUCAAUUGAACUGCAGGCCGAAGUAAAAGGAUCACAGCCCAUUUCUGUUCUCUGGUUAAAAGACAAAGGGGAAAUCAUUAGAGAAAGUGAUAAUCUUUGGAUCUCCUAUUCAGAAAACAUUGCAACUAUGCAGAUUGGAAAUGCAGAACCAACCAAUGCUGGGAAAUAUAUUUGUCAGAUAAAAAAUGAUGCUGGAGUUCAGGAAUGCUUUGCCACGGUGAAAGUGCUAGAACCUGCAGUCAUUGUAGAGAAACCAGGCCCAGUCAAAGUUACAGCGGGAGACUCUUGUGCUCUGGAAUGCACAGUAGAUGGCACACCAGAGCUUACUGCUAGGUGGUUUAAGGAUGGUAAUGAACUGUCCACUGACCAUAAAUAUAAAAUCAGUUUCUUCAACAAAGUAUCUGGGCUUAAGAUCCUCAAUGCAACACUAGAAGACAGUGGAGAAUAUACUUUUGAGGUGAAAAACAGUGUUGGUAAAAGCAGCUGCACAGCUUCAGUGCAUGUUUCAGAUCGUAUUAUACCUCCUUCUUUCACAAGAAAACUGAAAGAAACAUUCGGUCAGCUGGGUUCUUCUGCUGUACUGGAGUGCAAAGUUUAUGGGUCACCACCUAUUCUGGUUUCCUGGUUUCAUGAUGGACAAGAGAUUACCAGUGGAGACAAGUAUCAGGCUACCCUUGCAGACAAUACCUGUUCUCUGAAAGUGAAUGGACUUCAGGAAUCUGAUAUGGGAACUUAUUUGUGCACAGCUACUAAUGCAGCAGGGUCUGAUGAAUGCAGCGCGUUUUUGAGUGUUAGAGAACCACCAUCUUUUGUGAAGAAACCUGAACCACUGGAUGUUUUAUCUGGGGCAAACAUAACCUUUACUAGUAUCAUAAAAGGUUCCUCUCCACUGGAAGUUAAAUGGUUCAGAGGCAGUGUUGAACUAGUACCAGGACACAGAUGCAAUAUCACCUUGCAAGAUUCAGUUGCAGAACUGGAGCUCUUUGAUGUAAAUCCCCUUGAGAGUGGAGAUUACACUUGCCAGGUCUCUAAUGAGGCAGGAAAAAUUUCUUGCACUACACAUCUUUUUGUCAAAGAACCAGCCAAAUUUGUGAAGAAGGUGAAUGAUUUAAGUGUAGAGAAAGGGAAAACUUUAAUCUUGGAAUGCACAUAUAUGGGUACUCCACCGAUUUCAGUGACAUGGAAGAAAAAUGGAGUUAACAUAAUGCACUCUGAAAAGUGUAGCAUCACCACUACAGAAACAUCUGCCAUACUGGAAAUCCCUAGCAGUAAACUAGAAGAUCAGGGGCAAUAUUCUUGUCAUAUCGAAAAUGAUUCUGGGAAAGAUAAUUGUCAUGGUGCAAUCACAAUACUAGAACCCCCUUACUUCAUUACACCCUUGGAGCCAGUGCAGGUGACUGUUGGGGAUUCUGCAUCCUUACAGUGCCAGGUUGCUGGAACACCAGAAAUGAUUGUAUCGUGGUACAAAGGCGAUACAAAGCUGAGAGGAACUGCUACUAUGAAAAUGCACUUUAAGAACCAAAUUGCUACUCUGGUUUUCAGCCAGGUAGACAGUAGUGACAGUGGGGAGUACAUCUGCAAAGUAGAAAACACUGUUGGGGAGGCUGCUUCUUCAUCUUUGCUCACAGUUCAAGAGCGUAAACUUCCUCCUUCUUUUACACGAAAAUUAAGAGAUGUUCAUGAAACUGUUGGCUUACCAGUUAUGUUUGAUUGUGGCAUUGCUGGUUCAGAACCCAUCGAAGUAUCUUGGUUUAAAGACGGUGCACGUGUAAAAGAGGACUACAAUGUUCACACAUCCUUCGUAGAUAAUGUAGCAACUCUCCAGAUUUUGAAGACAGAUAGGAGCCUUAUUGGGCAAUAUACCUGCACAGCUACCAAUGCUAUUGGGACUGCUUCUUCUAGUGGCAGGCUUAUCCUUACAGAAGGGAAGACUCCUCCAUUCUUUGACAUCCCACUUACACCUGUGGAUGGUAUUAUUGGAGAAAGUGCUGACUUUGAGUGUCACGUUUCUGGAACACAGCCUAUUAGAGUCACUUGGGCAAAAGAUGACCAAGAGAUUAGAACAGGAAGAAAUUAUCAGAUCAGUUAUGUAGACAAUACAGCCCAUUUGACCAUCUUGAAAGUUGACAGGGGAGAUUCUGGAGUAUAUACAUGCUAUGCUAGCAAUGAAGUUGGAAAGGACUCUUGCACAGCUCAACUGACUGUUAAAGAACGAAAAACUCCUCCUACUUUUACUAAGAAACUGUCUGAAGCCAUAGAAGAAACAGAAGGGAAUGAACUUAAACUUGAGGGUCGUGUUUCUGGCUCUCAGCCUUUGACUGUUGCUUGGUAUAAAAACAAUCAGGAAGUCCAUUCAAGUGCUCACUGUGAAAUAUCUUUCAAAAACAAUACCUUGCUUUUGCAUAUAAAGGUCGUAGAGCAAUCAGAUGCUGGUUUAUAUACCUGUAAAGUGUCCAAUGAAGCAGGAAGCGUGUUGAGUACAUCUUCUGUUGUUAUCAGAGAACCUAAAAAGCCUCCAGUUUUUGACCAGCCUCUUCAGUCAGCAGCAGGAGAGGAAGGUGAUACGAUCCAGCUUAGCUGUCAUGUCCAAGGAUCACAGCCAAUCCGGAUUCAGUGGCUGAAAGCAGGGAGAGAAAUAAGAGCUUCAGACAGAUGCAACUUCAGCUUUGUUAAUGGAGUAGCUCUUCUAGAACUCGCUGCAGUUACCAAAUCCGAUUCAGGAGAAUAUGUAUGCAAAGCUUCAAAUGCAGCUGGCACUGAUACUUGCAAAUCUAAAGUGACAGUUAAAGAAAAACCAGCAGCUGCACCAGCAGCUAAGAAAGCAGAAGUGGAAGGCAAACUUUAUUUUGUGUCAGAGCCUCAGAGUAUCAAAGUCACGGAAAAGACCGUUGCAACAUUUAUGGCAAAAGUUGGAGGAGAUCCAAUUCCAAAUGUUAAAUGGAUGAAGGGAAAAUGGAGGCAACUCAACCAGGGAGGCCGCAUUAUAAUCCAGCAGAGAGGAGAUGAAGCCAAACUAGAAAUAAAGGACACAAUAAAAACUGAUUCUGGCAUGUACAAAUGUGUAGCUUUUAACCAACAUGGUGAAAUUGAGAGGAGUGUAAACCUACAAGUAGAAGAAAGAAAGAAAGAAGUUGUUGAAGAAGGGGAUCUCAGGGCAAAACUAAAAAGCACUCCAACAAAAAAGAAAGAAGAGGAAGAACAACCUAUUGAUAUCUUGGAACUUCUCAAAAAUGUAGAUCCCAAAGAAUAUGAGAAAUAUGCUCGCAUGUAUGGAAUUACAGAUUUCCGUGGCCUCCUGCAAGCCUUUGAGUUACUAAAGCAAACUCAAGCAGAAGAAAGCCAUAGAUUGGAAAUUGAGCUCACAGAAAAAGCUCAAAGGGAAGAUCAGGAGUUUGAUGAACUUGUAGCUUUUAUUCAGCAACGACUCUCACAAACAGAGCCUAUUACUCUGGUCAGAGACAUUGAAAAUCAGACGGUUUUAGCAGAUGAGGAUGCUAUCUUUGAAUGUGAGAUUAAAAUUAACUAUCCAGAAAUUAAACUUUCAUGGUACAAGGGAACCCAGAAACUGGACUCCAAUGACAAAUAUGAAAUUAGAAUUGAAGGUGAUCGCCACAUACUGAGAAUUAGGAACUGUCAGCCUGAGGAUCAGGGAAAUUUCAGAAUAGUGUGUGGACCACACAUUGCCAGUGCCAGGCUAACUGUGAUUGAACCUGCAGUUGAACGGCAUCUUCAUGACACUACUUUCAAGGAAGGAAAAACAUGCACACUGACUUGUCAGUUCUCUAUCCCAAAUGCCAAGUCUCAGUGGUAUAGAAAUGGGAGACCUAUUAAGAUAGGAGGGAGAUAUUCAACGCAAGUCUCUGACAAAGUACACAAACUCAUCAUCAAGGAUGUUAGAACAGAAGACGAAGGACAGUAUACCUGCAAGCUUGACAGUCUAGAAACAACAGCAGAUCUGGCCAUUGAAGCGGAACCAAUUCAGUUCACGAAGAGCAUACAGAACAUUGUUGUGAGUGAACACCAGUCUGCAACCUUUGAGUGCGAGGUGUCCUUUGAUGAUGCAGUUGUGACAUGGUAUAAAGGCCCCACUGAACUGAGAGAGAGUCCCAAGUACAGCUUCAGAAGUGAAGGUCGUUGUCAUUAUAUGACUAUUCACAAUGUUAAUGCAGAAGAUGAAGGUGUAUAUUCCGUAAUUGCUCGUCUUGAACCAAGAGGAGAAGCAAGAAGCACUGCAGAGCUCUAUCUGGUAACCAAAGAAAUCAAACUGGAGUUGAAGCCACCAGAUGUUCCUGAUGCUAAGGUUGCAGUUCCACCUCAAAAACCAGCUGAAGCUGCCCCUAUUCCUAUUCUUCUGCCUCUUGUUCCACCUCCAGAGAAGAAAAAGCCAGAAAAAAAGGUUCCACUAAAGAAAGUCCCCCAAAAGGUGGUUAAAAAAGUUCCUGAAGAAGUCCCACCACCUAAAGUUCCUGAGGUGCUGCCAGAGAAGCCCAAAGAGGUCAAAAUAACAUCCAUGGCAAGGAGAGAAGAGAUACAUGAAGAAAAGAAGGAAAUAUAUGAAAUGCCUAAAGAAACUUAUGAAGAAUGGGAAGAAGAUUAUGGUGAAGACCAUGAUUAUUAUGUCAAGGAAGAAGGCUACGAUGAAGGGGAAGAGGAAUGGGAAGAAACUUAUGAGAAAAGAGAAGUGACUUAUGAAGAAAAAAGAGUUAUUCAUGAAGAAGUGGUUGAAGUUCCUAAGAAACCUGUGCCUGAGCGAAAACCACCAGCAAUUACAGCUGAAAAGAAGGAAAAGAAGGAAGUAACAGUUCAAAAAGUUGUCAAGAAGCCAGUCGAUGAAAAAGUGGAGAUGACCACUCAGAGGGUUACAGAAGAAAAAGUCAAACGAGCUGAGGUUACCAAGAAAGUUGUACCACCAAAACCUACACCAAUGGUCAUUGAGGAAAAAGUUAUGAAAAAGGAAGUACCAACAGUAGAAACAUGGACUGUUUCAGAAGAAAAGAUGUCAGUUUCUGUCCACAGAGAAGAAGAGUAUUCAUAUGAUACAGAGCCACCAGAGCAUGAGAAAACAGCUGAAGAAAGAUUCUAUGAAGCUGUUUACCCACUUGAAGCACAAAGGGAAGUUGAGGAGGAGGAAGAAUUCAUUUCUACAGAACUGGAGAUCCCUCAUGUUGAAGUGCCUGAGGUACCAAAGAGGCGUGUUCCAGAAGAAAGAAAGCCUAUUCCUGUCCCUAAAACAGAAGCUCCAUCGGCUAAAGUGCCUGAAGUCCCUAAGAAACCUGUUCCAGAAAAGAAAGUUGCUGUUGCUAAAAAGGAGGUGGCUCCCCCAGCAAAAGUGCCAGAGGUGCCUAAGAAAGCUCCCCCAGAGAAAAAAAUUGAUGUUCUAAAAAGAGAGGAAGCUCCAACACCUAAAGUGCCUGCAGUUCCUAAGAAACCUAUCCCUAAAGAGAAAGUAUCUCCUGCUGUUCCUAAAAAAAUUGAGGCUCCUCCACCUAAAGUGCCCGAACUGCAGAAGAAAGCCACUUUUGAAGAAAGAGUACUUAUUACUGAAGAAAGAAUAUCUGUUGCCAUUCCAGAGGAAAUCCCACUACCUGAAGAACCAACAGUAGAAGAAUGGUCUGAAGAAGAAACAGAGGAAGUAUCUGUCUCCAUUCACAGAGAAGAGGUUUCUGAAGUGACUGAAGAAGAGUCUUACUACAUAGAGGAAACAGUAACAGUUCCUAAAAGAGAGGAAGCCCCAGCCACAAAAGUGCCUGAGAAGUACAGGAAAGUUGUCCCUGAACCAAAAGUCCCCACUGCUCCUAAGGAAGCUCCAGGAGUUAAAGUUCCUGAAGUUCAUAAGAAAGCAGUUCCUAAAGAGAAAGUACCUGUCCCUCUGUCUAAAAAAAUGGUGGCUCCACCAGCAAAAGAACCUGCAGAAAAACAGGUGCCCACUUUUCAGAUCGAAGUUGAAGAACCUCCAGCAACCAAAGUGACUGAAGUGCACAGGAAAAUUAUCACAGAAGAAAAAGUUGCAGUUGCUAGAAAAGAGGAGGCUCCACCAAAAAAAGUGCCAGCAGUGCCCAAGAAAGCUGUGCCAGAAGACAAAGUACCUGUUCCAAUUUCACGGAAAGUGGCAGCUCCACCAGCUAAAGUGCAAGAAGUGCAAAAGAAAGUUGCCAGAGAAGAAAGAGUAUCCGUUGCUGUUCCAAAAAGAAAAGUGUCUCCACCACCAGAAGUACCAACAGAAGAAGAACACUGGGCUAUUUCAGAGGAAGUAUCCAUUUCUCUCCACACAGAAAAGGAGAUUUCAUACACAGUGCCUGAUGUACCAGAGAGAGCUAUCCUUGAAGAAAGAGCACCAAUUUAUCCUCCUAAAAAAAUGGCAAGACCACCAGCCAAAGUGCCUGAAGUACGCAAGACAGUUGUCCGAAAAGAAAAAGCAUAUGUCGAAGUUCCUCAGUAUGAAGAGGAAGAAGAAAUUCCAAAAUAUGAGGAGGAAGAAACCACCAGAUAUGAGAAGGAAGUAAUCCACUACGAGGAGGAAGUUCACCGUUAUGAAGAAGUUAGUCACUAUGAGGAAGAAGUUCCUCAGUAUGAAGAGGAAGAAGUCACACAUUAUGAAGAAGAAGCUGCUUAUUAUGGAGAGGAAGUUGCUGAAUAUGAGGAGGAAGAGUCAGAGGUUCCUCAGUAUGAAGAGGAGGCUCCCCCACCAGUUAGAGUGCCUGAGGUUCCCAAGAGGCCUGUUCCAGAAGAAAAAAUACCUAUUAUGAAGAAAAAAGAAGCUCCUCCAGCAAAAGUGCCCGAGGUGCCAAAGAAACCUGUACCUGAAAAGAAAGUCCAAGUGCCAAAGAAGGAAGCUCCCCCAGCUAAAGUUCCAGAAGUGCCAAAGAAACCUGUUCCAGAAGAGAGGGUUCCUAUUCCUGUACCAAAAAAGAAGGAAGUUCCACCAGCCAAAGUGCCUGAAGUACCAAAGAAACCUGUGCCAGAAGAGAAGGUACUUGUCCCAGUGCCUAAAAGAGUGGAAGAGCCUCCAGCAGCCAAAGUGCCUGAAGUGCCCAAGAAAGUUCCAGAAAAGACAGUACCUGUCCCUGUACGUAAAAAGCCAGAACCUCCACCAGCCAAAGAAAUACCAAGACCUCCCAGUGAAGAGGUACAUGCUUUUGCUCCUGAAGAAGAAGAGGAAGAGGAAAACGUUCCAGAGGUACCAGCAAGAGUGCCAGAGGUGCCCAAGAGAGCUGUCCUAGAAGAAAAAGUACCUGUUGCAGUUCCUAAAGUAAAGAAAAUUGCACCGUCUAAAGUGCCUGAGGUGGCAAAGAAAGUUGUGUCUGAAGAAAAGGUUCCCAUUUUUGUUCCUGAGGAAGAAGGAGAGGAAACUAUUCCAGAAGAAACUGUACCAGCAAAAGAGCCAGAGAUUCCUAAGAAACCUGUCCCAAAAGAAAAAAUUCCUGUACCCACUCCUGAGAAACUGGAGCUUCCUCCAGCAAAAGUGCCUGAGAUGCCUAAGAAACCCAUUCCUGAAGUAAAAGAACCUGUUCCUAAAAAGGUGCCAGCUCCAUCAGCCAAAGUACCCAAGAUGACUAAGAAGGUUACACCUGAAGAGAAGGUGCUUGUUGCUCCCCCUGAAAAAGUGGAGGUUCCAGCUCCAAAAGUCACGGAGGUGCGUAAAAGAGCUGUUGCAGAAGAGAAAGUACCAGCUGCUGUGCCCAAACCCAAAGAACCAACACCGACUAAAGUGCCCGAAGUAUCCAAGAAACUUGUCCGGAAAGAAAAAGUCACUGCUCCUGCUCCUGCCCCUGCAAUGGAGAAGUAUGAAUACACAUAUGAAGAGUAUGAGAAGUAUGAGACAUAUGAAAGCAUUGAAGAGUUUGAGCAGAUUCAGGAAGCUGAAGAAAUUGAGGCAUAUGAGGAACCUGAAGAACCUGAGGGAUAUAGGGAGAUUCAGGAACAGGAAUAUGCAGAGGAGGCCGAGGAAAAAGAUAUCUAUGGAAAGUACGAAUUUAAGGAGAAAGAAGAGAUCUAUGAGAAAUAUGAGGAGGUAUAUGAGGAGGCUUACGAAAUCCAACCAGCUAUAGUGCCUGAGUUGCCCAAAAGACCUCUGCCAGAAGAAAAAGUACCUGUUCCUAAAAGAGAAGCUCCACCAGCCAAAGUGCCAGCGGUGCCAAAGAAACCUGUUCCAAAAGAAAAAGUACCACCUCCUGUUCCUAAAAAGGAGACGACUCCACCAGCUAAAGGACCAGACGUUCUCAAAAGAACUGUCCCUGAAGAAAAGAAACCUACACGUACACCUGAAAUAGAAGUUCCACCGAAGAAAGUUCCUGAGUUUCAUAAGAGAGCUGUCCUUGAAGAGAAAGUACCCAUCAUUAUCCCUAGAGAAGAGGAGCCUCCUUUCUAUGAAGAACCUGAAGAUUAUGGAGAAGUUCCAACAGAAGAAAAAGUCUCUUUUAUUAUUCCUACUGAACCAGAAGCUCCAACAGCUAAAGUGACAAAGAAAACUGUCCCACUUAAGAAAAUACCUGCUACUGUACCUACAGAAGAAACUCCUCCAGCUAAAGUUCCUGAAGUACCAAAGAAAACUGUCCACAAAGAGAAAAUACCUCCUGCUCCACAUAAAGAAGAACCUUCACACUUUACAGUACAUGAAGUGUAUGAGGAGAUGCACAUAGAAGAAGAAAUUUCUACUGUUCAACAAAAAGAGGAGGCUCCAGCACCUAGAGUACCCACGGUCAUUAAGAAAGCUCGUCCAGAAGUGCCUGUUGCUGUGCCUAAAGAACCAAAACCUACUCCUGUGAUUAAAAAACCAGAACCUACUCCUGUGUCUAAAGAACCAAAACCUACUCCUGUGCUUAAAAAACCAGAACCUACUCCUGUGUCUAAAGAACCAGAACCUACUCCUGUGCCUAAAAAACCAGAACCUACUCCUGUGCCUAAAAGACCAGCAUCUCCACCAUCUAAAGUGCCAGAGGUGCCCAAGAAAAUUCCAGAAGAGAAAGUAGCCACUGCUGUCCCUAGAAAACCAGAACCACCACCAGCCAAAGUGCCUGAGGUGCCCAAGAAAGUGAUUUCAGAAGAAAAAAUACACAUUGAAGUUCCUAAAAAACCAGAACCUGCACCACCUACUAAAGAACCAGAGGUGCCAAAGAAAGUUGUUCCAGAAAAGAAAAUACCUGUGCCUAAAAUACCAGAACCUGUGGUUGUCCCAGAACCAGAGGCUGCACCUGAAGAACCAGAACCUCUACCAAAAGAAGUGCUGCCACCUGAAAAGAAGGUCCCUGAAAAGCGAAAACCACCACCACCUGCUCCACCAACAGAAGAUAUUAAACUGGCAAAAGAUCUACUUAAAGCUCCUGAAUCAAGGAAGAAAGCUGUGACUGCAAAACCUGGUGAGCCUCCGAAAUUGGAACCCCCACCUGCUAAAGUGCCUGGACUUGUAAAGAAACCUCGCAAAGUAAUUCCUGAGGUUACUCCUCCACCAAAAGAAGAAGUUGUUUUGAAAAGAGUUCUUAAAAAGAAACCUGAAGAGGAAGAACCUAAACCAGAAAAAGAGCCUAAACCAGAAGUUAAACCAGUACCUACCCCAGUAGAAAAAAUUAAGAAACCUGAAGUUCCAGAAGUUCCUAGGAAGAAAACUGAGAUACCUGCCAUAAAAAAAGAGGAGAAACAUGUGCCUGAACCACCAAAAGAAACUAAGCAAGCAAUUGUGCCACCUCCUGAGCCUGAACCUAAACCUGCAGUAGCUCUAAAAUCUCCAAAACCGGCUGCAGAACCAGCACCUGCUGUUACUGCUCCAGUGACAGCCCCAGUUGUUGGAAAGAAAGCAGAGGCCAAGCCACCAAAGGAAGAAGCUCCGAAGGGUAUCAGUCCAGUCAAAGCCAAGAAGACACCUUCACCAGCAGAUGCAGAAAGAAGGAAACUCAGACCAGGCAGUGGUGGUGAAAAACCUCCUGAAGAGCCUCCAUUCACUUACCAACUUAAGGCUGUACCACUGAAGUUUGUCAAGGAGAUGAAAGAUAUAGUGCUAAAAGAAGCUGAGUCUGUUGGGUCUUCUGCAAUCUUUGAAGUCCUUAUUUCACCAUCCACUGCAAUUACCAGCUGGAUGAAAGAUGGAAGUAACAUCCGAGAGAGCCCAAAACACAAGUUUAUUGCUGAUGGCAAAGAUAGGAAGCUGCAUAUUAUUGAUGUCCAGCUGUCUGAUGCUGGUGAAUAUACUUGUGUAUUACGACUGGGAAACAAAGAGAAGACCUCUACAGCCAAACUCAUUGUUGAAGAGCUCCCAGUGCGGUUUGUGAAAACACUUGAAGAAGAAACUACUGUCAUUAAAGGCCAGCCACUGUACUUGACGUGUGAGCUUAACAAAGAAAGAAAUGUGGUCUGGAGAAAGGAUGGUAGAAUCAUCAAAGCCAAACCUGGGAAAUUUGCACUGGGUGUUAUUGGUUUGUCACAUUCUCUCACGGUCACUGAUUCAGAUGAUGCUGAUGCUGGCACUUACACUGUUACUGUGGAAGACUCUGAGCUGUCAUGCUCAUCUUGUGUUAAGGUAGUAGAGAUUAUAAGGGACUGGUUAGUAAAACCCAUAAGAGACCAGCAUGUUAAACCAAAAGGAACAGCUACUUUCAGCUGUGACAUUGUCAAGGAUACACCAAACAUUAAAUGGUUUAAAGGAGAUGAGGAAAUUCCUGCUGAACCCACUGACAAGACAGAAAUCUUGAAAGAAGGAAAUAAAAUUUUCCUGAAAAUCAAGAAUGCUGGCCCUGCUGAUGUUGGAGAAUAUUCAGUGGAAGUUGAAGGUCGCAGAUACCCAGCUAAACUGACCCUUGGUGAACGUGAAGUUGAACUUCUGAAGCCAUUAGAGGAUGUUACAGUUUAUGAGAAAGAAACAGCAAACUUUGAUACAGAAAUAUCUGAGGAUGAUAUUCCUGGUGAAUGGAAGCUGAAAGGAGAAAUUCUGAGACCUUCACCUACAUGUGAAAUCAAAGCUGAAGGAGGAAAACGCUUCCUAACCUUACACAAAGUCAAGUUAGAGCAAGCUGGUGAAGUCCUUUAUCAGGCACUUAAUGCUGUUACUACAGCUAUCCUGACAGUAAAAGAAAUUGAAUUGGACUUUGCUGUGCCCCUGAAAGAUGUUACUGUUCCUGAGAAGCGCCAAGCAAGGUUUGAGUGUGUCCUUACCAGAGAAGCCAAUGUUAUAUGGUCUAAGGGCACUGAUAUACUCAAGAUUGGAGAAAAAUUUGACAUCAUUGCAGAUGGAAAGAAGCAUAUUCUUGUUAUCAAUGAUUCACAGUUUGAUGAUGAGGGAGAGUACACUGCUGAAGUUGAUGGCAAGAAGAGCACAGCAAGACUGUUUGUGGAAGGUGUGAGACUGAAGUUCAUAUCACCUCUACAGGAUCAAACAGUGAAAGAAGGGGAAACAGCUCACUUUCAAUUUGAGCUUUCUCAUGAAGAUAUGCCAGUGAAAUGGUACAAAAAUGACAAGAGACUUCAUACAAGCAGAACAGUUUUUAUUACUUCAGAAGGCAAAGUUCAUAAAUUAGAAAUGAGAGAAGUAACACUUGAUGAUAUCUCUGAAAUAAAGGCCGUAGUCAAGGACAUGAACACACAAGCCAACCUCAAAGUCUUAGAGGCCGAUCCAUAUUUCACUGUGAAGUUACAAGACUACAGUGCUGUAGAGAAAGAUGAUAUUACUCUGGAGUGUGAACUUAGCAAAGAUGUGCCAGUAAAAUGGUAUAAAGAUGGUGAAGAACUAGUAGCUUCCAACAGAAUUUCCAUAAAAACGGAUGGCUUGCGCCGUAUCCUGAAGAUCAAGAAAGCUGCAGAGAGUGAUAAGGGUGUUUACGAGUGUGACUGUGGAACCGACAAGACAAGUGCUAAUAUCCGCAUUGAGUCUCGCAUAAUUAAAGUGGAACGUCCACUGUAUGGAGUGGAGGUAUUUGUUGGUGAAACAGCACGCUUUGAAAUUGAGAUUUCUGAGCCUGAUGUCCAUCCUGUAUGGAAGCUAAAGGGAGAAACCCUAACACCUUCUCCUGACUGUGAAAUCAUUGAAGAUGGGAAGAAGCAUAUUCUUGUCCUUCAUAACUGCAACCUUGAUAUGACUGGAGAAGUGUCUUUCCAAGCUGCUAAUGCUAAAAGUGCUGCUAAUCUGAAAGUGAAAGAAUUACCUCUCAUCUUUAUCACUCCACUAAGUGAUGUGAAGGUCUUUGAGAAGGAUGAAGCUAAGUUUGAAUGUGAGGUAUCCAGAGAACCCAAGACUUUCCGCUGGUUGAAAGGAACAGAAGAGAUCACUCCUGAUGAAAGAUUUGAAAUUGUUUCAGACGGAACAAAGCAUGCUCUGAUUAUUAAAUCUGUUGCCUUUGAGGAUGAAGUUAAAUAUACAUUUGAAGCUGAGGAUAAAAGAACAAGUGCCAAGCUAAUUAUUGAAGGUAUCCGCCUGAAAUUCAUUACUCCUCUUAAGGAUGUAACCAAAAAGGAACGAGAAACUGCAGAGUUCACUGUGGAACUCUCUCAUGAAAAUAUCUCUGUUGCCUGGUUCAAGAAUGACCAACGACUACAUACCAGCAAAGUGGUUUCAAUGACAGAUGAUGGCAAAUUCCAUACACUCACAAUUAAAGAUCUUACUAUUGAUGACACUUCUCAGAUUAAAGUAGAAGCUAUGGGCAAAUCCUCAGAAGCUAAACUCACUGUUCUUGAGGGAGACCCUUACUUCACUGGGAAGCUGCAGGAUUACACUGCCGUGGAGAAAGAUGAAGUAAUCUUACAAUGUGAAAUCAGCAAAGCAGAUGCCCCAGUGAAGUGGAUGAAGGAUGGCAGUCCAAUUACUGCAUCAAAGAAUGUUGUUAUUAAGGCUGAUGGUAAAAAGAGAAUCCUUAUUCUCAAGAAAGCUUUGAAGAAAGACAUUGGACAGUACACUUGUGACUGUGGUACUGAUCAAACCUCUGCUAAACUCAAUAUUGAAGACCGGGAUAUUGAGAUUGUACGACCAUUAUACAGUGUGGAGGUGAUCGAGACAGAGACUGCCCGUUUUGACAUUGAAAUCUCCGAGGAAGGUGUCCAUGGGAAUUGGAAGCUAAAAGGAGAACCCCUUACUGAAUCAACUGAAUGUGAAAUCAAGGAAGAAGGCAAAAAGCACUUCCUCACACUGUACAAUGUACGCUUAGAUCAAGCUGGUGGAGUAGAUUUCCAAGCAGCAAAUGCCAAGUCUGGUGCUCACCUUCGAGUGAAACCUCGAGUAAUUGGCUUGCUGAGACCCCUCAAGGAUGUAACAGUGACAGCUGGGGAAUCAGCAACCUUCGAUUGUGAACUCUCUUACGAGGGAAUCCCAGUAGAGUGGUUCCUGCAAGGAAAGAAAUUGGAGCCCAGUGAUAAGGUUGUGACACGUGCUGAAGGGAGAGUUCACACACUUGUUCUGAGAGACGUCAAAUUAACAGAUGCAGGAGAGGUAUCACUGACAGCAAAAGAUUUCAGAACUCAAGCAAAUCUUUUUGUGAAAGAACCCCCUGUUGAAUUUACUAAACCACUUGAGGACCAGACUGUUGAAGAGGAGGCCACUGCAAUACUGGAAUGUGAAGUUUCCAGGGAAAAUGCAAAAGUUAAAUGGUUCAAAAAUGGAGAAGAAAUUCACAAAUCGAAGAAGUAUGAUAUAAUUUCUGAUGGCAGAGUCAGAAAACUCAUCAUCCAUGGCUGCACACUGGACGAUGCAAAAACAUAUAGCUGUGAUGCUAAGGAUUUUAAGACAUCAUGUUUUCUCAAUGUAGAACCUAUUCGUGUUGAGUUCCUGAAACCUCUAACUGACCUUGAGGUUAAAGAAAAACAAUCUGCUCGGUUUGAAUGUGAAAUUUCUCGUCCAGGUGUCAAGGUGAAGUGGUUUAAGGAUGGCAUGGAAAUCAGAAAAGGCAAAAAGUAUGAUAUAAUUUCCAAAGGUGCAGAACACAUUCUUGUUGUCAAUAAAUGUGUCUUUGAUGAUGAAGCUGAAUAUUCCUGUGAAGCAAAAACAGCUCGAACUUCAGGCCUACUUACAGUGAUAGAGGAGGAGGCUGUUUUCACAAAAAAUCUUCCUGAUCUUGAAGUAAACGAAAAUGACACUGUAAAAUUGAUCUGUGAAGUUUCAAGGCCUAAUGCUGAAGUUACUUGGCUUAAAGGAGAUGAAGAGGUACCUGAUGGUGGUAGAUUUGAACACAUUUCUGAUGGUAGAAAGAGAAUUCUUCUUAUACAUAAUGCUCAUCCAGAAGAUGCUGGCAAAUAUACUUGCAAGCUCCCGAGCUCUAGUACAACAGGAAAACUUACUGUACACGAACUUGCAGCAGAAUUUCUUACCAGACCACAAAAUCUUGAGGUGCUUGAAGGAGAAAAAGCUGAAUUUGUCUGUACAGUAUCCAAAGAGGCCAUUGAAGUACAGUGGCUGAGAGGUGACACAGUCCUGGAGCCUGGUGAUAAGUACGACAUCAUUUCAGAUGGCAAGAAGAGGACACUUGUGGUUAAAGACACUAUUCUAGGAGAUACAGGAAUGUACAGCGUCAUGGUUGGUGAAGCUAAAGCUGCAGCACACUUAGGAGUGAUUGAAAAACUCAGAAUUAUAACUCCCCUUAAGGACCAAGAAGUUAAUGAGUGCCAAGAAGUUAUCUUCCACUGUGAAGUUAAUAAAGAAGGUGCCAAAGAGAAGUGGUACAAAAAUGAUGAAGCAAUAUUUGAUAGUGCAAAGUACAUUAUUGUUCAGAAGGGUUUAGUUUACACUCUCAGAAUCAGAGACGCAGAGCUGAAAGAUCAAGCUACCUACAGCAUUGCACUGUCAAACCAGAGAGGUGAACAGGUCAAAAGCUCUGCUGCCUUAACAGUAUUAGAGGAGGAUCUCAAAAUUGUUGAACCCCUUGAAGACAUUGAGACUAUGGAAAAGAAAACUGUCACAUUCUGGUGCAAAGUCAAUCGCCUUAAUGCAACUCUCAAAUGGACAAAGAAUGGCGAAGAGAUCGCAUUCGACAGGCGCAUUUUGUACAAAAUUGAUAAAUUCAAACACUCGUUGAUCAUUAAAGACUGUGGGUUUAUAGAUGAAGGUGAAUACACUGUUACUGCUGGACAAGACAAAUCUGUUGCAGAGCUUCUCAUCACAGAAGCACCAGCAGACUUCACUGAACAUCUUCAGGACCAGACUGUCACUGAAUUUGAUGAUGCUGUCUUUACAUGCCAGCUUUCCAAAGAGAAAGUCAGUGUAAAAUGGUACAGAAAUGGAAGAGAAAUCAAAGAAGGCAAAAAAUACCAGUUUGAAAAGGAUGGAAAUCUGCACCGAUUAAUCAUAAAAGACUGUAGACUAGAUGAUGAGUGUGAAUAUUCCUGUGGAGUGGAUGACAGGAGAUCUAGAGCAAGACUCUUUGUUGAAGAAAUCCCGGUUGAGAUUAUCCGACCACCACAAGAUAUUUAUGAAGUUCCUGGUGCAGAUGUCAUCUUCAUGGCUGAAUUGAACAAAGAUGGUGUGGAGGUCAAGUGGCUGAGAAACAACAUGAUUAUCAUCCAAGGUGACAAACAUCAGAUGAUGAGUGAAGGGAAGGUCCACAGGCUGCAGGUUUGCGAGAUAAAGCCCCGUGACCAAGGGGAAUACAGAUUUAUCGCCAAAGAUAAGGAAGCUAGAGCUAAGCUUGAAUUAGCCGCUGCACCUAAAAUCAAGACUGGUGAUCAAAAUCUUGUGGUUGAUGUUGGGAAGCCUUUAACUAUGACUGUCCCAUACGAUGCCUACCCAAGAGCAGAAGCUGAAUGGUCAAAAGCAGGGGAAAGUCUGCCCACAACAACUGUUGAUACAACAACUGACUGCACUACCUUCAAAAUUUUUGAAGCAAAGAAAUCAGAUAAGGGAAGGUACAAGGUUGUGCUUCGAAACAAACAUGGGCAGGCAGAAGCAUUCAUCAGUGUAGAGGUCAUUGAUGUUCCAGGUCCAGUUAGAAACUUGGAAGUCACUGAAACUUAUGAUGGUGAAGUUGGUCUCGCCUGGCAAGAACCAGAAAGUGAUGGUGGAAGUAAAAUCAUAGGCUAUGUUGUUGAAAGACGUGAUAUUAAGCGUAAAACCUGGAUUACGGUCACAGAUCGUGCUGAAAAUUGUGAAUACACUGUUACUGGACUUCAAAAAGGAGGAGUUGAGUACCUCUUCCGUGUUAGUGCACGCAACAGAGUGGGUACUGGUGAGCCAGUGGAAACAGACACACCUGUGGAAGCUAAGAGCAAAUUUGAUGUUCCUGGUCCUCCUCAAAACGUAGAAGUUAGUGAUGUGAACAGGUUUGGAGCCACACUUAGCUGGGAACCACCUGAGUAUGAUGGAGGAUCUCCAAUAACUGGCUACGUUAUUGAACUGCGUAACAAAGGUUCCAUCAGAUGGGAGCCAACUAUGACCACAGGAGCUGAUGAAUUGUCAGCUCUCCUGACUGAUGUUGUGGAAAAUGAAGAAUAUUUCUUCAGAGUAAGAGCUCAAAACAUGGUUGGAGUUGGCAAACCAAGUCCUGCUACACGUGCAGUAAAAAUUAUGGACCCAAUUGAGAGACCAAGUCCUCCCAUUAACCUUGAGCAUUCAGAUCAAACUAAGUCAUCAGUUCAGCUCACAUGGGAACCUCCUCUUGAAGAUGGAGGAAGUCCAAUCUUGGGCUAUAUUGUUGAAAGGCAAGAAGAAGGAACGGACAAGUGGAUUCGUUGUAACCCAAAACUAGUACCUGCUCUUACUUUUAAGGUAACUGGAUUGAAACAAGGAUCCAGUUAUUACUACAGAGUCUCAGCAGAAAAUGCAGCUGGUGUGUCUGACCCAGCAGAGGCUAUUGGACCGUUAACUGCAGAUGAUACUUUUGUUGAACCUACAAUGGACCUAAGUGCAUUUAAAGAUGGGCUGGAAGUUAUUGUUCCAGAGCCAAUCAAGAUCCGUGUUCCUAUCACUGGCUAUCCUGUUCCAACUGCCACCUGGUCUUUUGGUGAUCAAGUCUUAGAAGAGGGUGAUCGUGUAAAAAUGAAGACCACUGCCUCCUUUGCAGAACUUGUAAUUACUCCGAGUGAACGUCCAGACAAGGGAAUUUAUUACUUAGCAUUAGAAAACCCUGUGUCAUCUGUUUCAGGAGAAAUUAAUGUUAAUGUCAUUGCUCCUCCAAGUGCACCAAAAGAACUUCAAGUUUUAGAAGUACUCAAGACUACAGUACAGUUGUCAUGGGAACCUCCAGAAGAUGAUGGUGGAAGUCCAGUUACUGGCUAUGUAAUUGAAAAACGUGAAGUAAGCCGGAAAACAUGGAGCAAAGUUAUGGAUCAUAUUGUUGACCAUGAGUUCACUGUACCUGACCUCGUCCAAGGAAAAGAAUAUUUAUUUAGAGUUUCUGCAUGCAAUAAAUGUGGCCCUGGAGAACCUGCAUAUAUUGAUGAACCUGUAAAUAUGUCAACACCAGCAACGGUGCCUGACCCACCGGAAAAUGUUAAAUGGAGAAAUCCAACAUCAAAAGGAAUCUUCCUGACCUGGGAGCCUCCAAAAUAUGAUGGCGGUGCCCGCAUUAAGGGUUAUCUGGUAGAAAAAUCCCAACGUGGCACAGACAAGUGGGAGAUAUGUGGGGAGCCUGUUAUUGAAACGAAAAUGGAAGUAACAAAGCUCCUGGAAGGAGAGUGGUAUGCAUAUCGGGUUAAGGCUCUGAACAGAAUAGGAGCUAGCAGGCCAAGCAAGCCAACUGAUGAUAUUCAGGCCAUUGAUGCAAAAGAGGCUCCAGAAAUUUUCUUAGAUGUGAAGCUUCUUGCUGGACUUACUGUGAAAGCUGGAACUAAAAUUGAGCUACCAGCUAAAGUAACUGGAAAACCUGAGCCCCGGAUUACUUGGACCAAGGCUGACAAAAUUUUGAGACCUGACAACAGAAUCACCAUUGAAAGCCAGCCUAAUCAAUCCACAGUGACCAUUACAGACAGCAAAAGGAGUGACAGUGGAACCUAUAUUAUAGAAGCUGUAAAUUCCAGUGGACGUGCUACUGCUGUUGUUGAAGUUAAUGUCCUCGAUAAACCUGGUCCACCAGCUGCAUUUGAUGUAACAGAAAUCACAAACGAAUCCUGCCUUCUAACAUGGAAUCCUCCACGAGAUGAUGGGGGUUCUAAAAUUACCAACUAUGUCCUUGAGAAGAGAGCUACAGACAGUGAAAUAUGGGACAAGUUGUCAUCAACUAUUAAGGAUACAAAAUUCAGAGCUACCAACUUAACUCCUCAUAAAGAAUAUGUGUUCCGAGUCAGUGCUGAGAACAUGUAUGGUAUUGGGGAGCCAGCACAGUGUAACCCCAUCAUUGCCAAAUAUUCAUUUGAUCCACCAGGCCCUCCAACAGGUCUCAAGCCUACAGAGGUCACUAAAGAUUCAGUCACUUUAACAUGGAAUGAACCAGAUGAAGAUGGUGGCAGCCCCAUAACUGGCUACUGGGUUGAAAGAUAUGAUCCUGAGCAGGAUAAAUGGAUAAAAUGCAAUAAAAUGCCAGUGAAAGAUACAACAUUCAAAGUUAAAGGUCUUACAAACAAGAAGAAAUAUAAGUUCCGUGUCUUGGCAGAGAAUCUUGCAGGACCUGGAAAACCAAGCAAGGAAACAGAGCCAAUCUUAGUGAAAGAUCCAAUUGAUCCACCAUGGCCUCCUGGAAAGCCCACUGUGAAAGAUAUUGGCAAGACAUCAUUGACCCUGAACUGGACAAAGCCAGAACAUGAUGGAGGGGCAAAGAUUGAAUCUUACGUCAUUGAGCUGUUAAAGACUGGAACAGAUGAGUGGGUGAGAGUGGCUGAAGGAGUUCCCACAACUGAACACUUCCUCAAAGAUCUUAUGGAGAAACAAGAAUAUUCAUUCCGUGUAAGAGCUGUGAACAAGGCUGGCGAGAGUGAGCCCAGUGAACCCAGUGACCCCGUGCUGUGCAAGGAGAGACUCUAUCCUCCUUCACCACCUCGCUGGCUUGAAGUUAUUAAUAUUACUAAAAACACAGCAGAUCUUAAAUGGACAGUACCAGAAAAAGACGGGGGUUCCCCAAUUACCAACUACAUUGUUGAAAAAAGAGAUGUAAGGCGAAAAGGUUGGCAGACAGUUGAUACAACAGUGAAAGAUACCAAGUACACAGUGAGCCCGCUGACUGAAGGCUCAUUGUAUGUGUUCCGUGUGGCUGCUGAAAAUGCCAUUGGACAGAGUGACUACUGUGAAAUUGAAGACUCAGUGCUUGCUAAAGAUACUUUCACAACCCCAGGGCCUCCAUAUGCCCUUACAAUAGCUGAAGUGAAAAAAGAUCAUGUUGACUUGAAGUGGGAACCACCUAAGAAUGAUGGUGGCAGACCGAUUCAAAGAUAUGUUAUUGAAAAGAAAGAAAAACUGGCCACACGCUGGGUAAAAGCUGGCAAGACAGCUGGUCCAGAUUGCAAUUUCAGAGUGACAGAUGUCAUUGAAGGUACAGAUGUACAGUUCCAGGUUCGUGCAGAAAAUGAAGCUGGUUGUGGUCAUCCCAGUGAACCAACUGACCUCAUUCAUAUUGAAGAUCCAACAAGCCCUCCUUCACCUCCUCAAGAUUUACAUGUCACAGAUGCAGGCCGAAAUCACAUUUGCAUUGCAUGGAAACCUCCUGAGAAGAAUGGUGGAAGUCCUAUUAUUGGGUAUAAUGUUGAGAUGUGUGAAGCAGGAACAGAAAAAUGGAUGCGAAUCAAUUCUCGUCCAAUAAAAGAUCUAAAAUGUAAAGUGGAGGAAGGUGUGGUUCCAGACAAGGAAUAUGUGCUAAGAGUCAGAGCUGUCAAUGCUGUUGGAGCUAGUGAGCCAUCAGACAUCUCAGAAAAAGUUGUUGCCAAAGACCCAGACUGCAAUCCAACCAUUGAUCUACAAACUCGUGACAUUGUUGUUGUUAAAGGACAGAAAUUAAGUAUCCCUAUACCCUUCAGAGCUGUUCCAUCCCCAACUAUAACAUGGCACAAAGAUGGCAAAGAGUUGAAAGCUGGUGACAGAACAUCAAUGAAGAGUGACUACACCUCUGCAUUGCUCGAAGUCGUAGACAGUGUUCAUGCUGAUGCUGGUGUUUAUACUAUCACACUGGAGAAUAAGCUGGCAUCAACGACUGGCUCAGUCAAUGUCAAAGUCAUAGGUCCACCUGGGCAGUGUAAAGACAUCAAGGCAAGCGAAGUAACUAAGAAUUCUUGCAAAGUAUCCUGGGAACCUCCAGACUUCGAUGGUGGUACUCCUAUUUUGCAUUACGUCCUAGAACGCAGAGAAGCAGGUCGUAGAACAUAUAUCCCAGUCAUGUCUGGUGAAAAUAAGCUUUCAUGGCAAGUUAAAGACCUUAUCCCAAACUGUGAAUAUUACUUCCGUGUUAAAGCUGUCAAUAAGAUUGGAGGAGGUGAUUAUCUUGAACUAAGAAACCCAAUCAUUGCAGAAGACCCAAAACAGCCUCCAGAUCCACCUGUUGACCUUGAGGUCCAUAAUCCAACAUCAAAAUCAGUAACACUUACAUGGAAACCACCCCUGUUUGAUGGUGGAAGCAAAAUUAUGGGCUAUAUAAUAGAAAAACUCGCAAAGGGCAAAGAGAGGUGGGAGAGAUGCAAUGACUAUCUGGUACCCUUACUAACUUAUCCAGUGAAAGGCCUCGAGGAAGGAAAGGAAUAUCAGUUUCGUGUUCGUGCUGAGAAUGCUGCUGGCAUCAGUGAACCUUCUCGGAUUACUCCUUUCGUUAAAGCUGUGGAUCCUAUUGAGGCUCCAAAAGUCUUCCUUGCUGCAAACCUACAGUCUGGCCUUGAAGUGAAAAGAGGUGAUGAGAUCAUACUUGAGGCACAUAUUUCAGGGUCACCUUACCCAUCUAUCACUUGGCUGAGGAAUGAUGAAAUUGUCAGACCAGAGGAUAUCAAAAAGAGAAUAACAACACCAAAGAAGAAGGGUGAAGCUGUAGAAGAGAAACCUUUCCAGCUGUCACUGCCAGAACGUUUGAGCGUUGACAACCAUAAAGAAGGGGAGUCUGUACUAUCAAUUCGUGACUCCAUCAGAGCUGACCAUGGCACAUUUACAAUUAAAGUAGAAAAUGAUCAUGGUGUUGCAAAAGCCUCAUGUGAAGUCAAUGUGUUAGAUAUACCUGGGCCUCCAGUCAACUUUGUAUUUGAAGAUAUCAGGAAAAAUUCUGUCAUCUGCAAGUGGGAGCCUCCUCUUGAUGAUGGCGGAAGUGAAAUCCUAAACUAUGUACUGGAAAAGAAAGACAAUACAAAAGCUGAAAUGGGCUGGGUCACUGUCAGUUCAACACUCAGGCAUUGCAAAUUCCAUGUUACAAAACUGAUUGAAGGAAAAGAAUAUCUCUUCCGUGUAUUUGCUGAAAAUAGAGUUGGAGCAGGGCCACCAUGUGUUUCAAAACCAAUGACAGCUAAAGAUCCUUUCUCUCCACCAGAUGCACCUAAUAAGCCUGAUGUGGAAGAUGUUACCAGCAACAGUAUGCUGGUUAAGUGGAAUGAACCAAAAGAUAAUGGCAGCCCUAUCAUAGGAUAUUGGAUUGAAAAACGUGAAAUUAAUAGUACUCAUUGGGCUCGGGUCAACAGAAGCCUUGUGAAUGCUCUGGAAGUAAAAGUUGAAGGACUACUGGAAGGUUUAACUUAUAUCUUUAGAGUAUGUGCUGAAAAUGCAGCUGGCCCUGGUAAAUUUAGUCCACCAUCAGAUCCAAAAACUGCACAGGACCCAAUAAUGCCACCUGGUCCACCAAUUCCAAGGGUUGCUGAUACAAGUGCAACUUCUAUUGAGCUAGAAUGGGAACCUCCUGUGUAUAAUGGUGGUGGAGAUAUCACUGGUUACCAUGUGUACAAACAACUGAUGGGAGUAAAGGAGUGGUCACGUUGUACAGAGAAACCCAUUAAGGUUCGACAGUACACUGUUACAGAAGUCAGAGAAGGUGCAGAUUAUAAACUCCGUGUUACGGCUCUCAAUGCAGCUGGUGAAGGACCACCUGGUGAAACUGAACCCACAACAGUUGCAGAACCUAAAGAGCCUCCCACUGUUGAGCUAGAUGUUUCUGUCAAAGCAGGCAUUCAGAUCAUGGCUGGGCAAACUAUUAAAAUUCCUGCUAUUGUGACAGGACGUCCUACUCCCACCAUUGCUUGGACUGUGGAGGAUGGUGAACUAGACAAAGAUCGAGUUGUUAUUGAAAAUGUUGGCACAAAAUCUGAGUUAACCAUUAAGAAUGCAUUGAGAAAAGACCAUGGAAGAUAUGUAAUUACUGCUACCAAUAGCAGUGGUUCGAAAUCUGCAGGAACCAGAGUAGAAGUAUUUGACGUUCCUGGACCAGUCCUUGACCUAAAGCCAGUGGUCACAAACAGAAAGAUGUGUUUGCUUAACUGGUCUGAUCCUGAAGAUGAUGGUGGCAGUGAUAUCAUAGGCUUCAUUGUUGAACGGAAGGAUGCCAAAAUGCAUACAUGGAGACUAGCUGUAGACACAGAAAGAUCUAAAUGUGAUAUUACAGGUCUACUUGAAGGGCAGGAAUAUAAAUUCCGUGUUAGUGCCAAGAACAAAUUUGGUACCGGUCCACCUGUUGAAAUAGGGCCCAUUCUUGCAGUUGACCCAUUAGGCCCUCCAACGGCACCUGAGAGGUUCAUGUACACAGAGCGAACAAAAUCAACCAUUACACUUGAUUGGAAGCCUCCGCGUAGUGAUGGUGGCAGUCCCAUCUUAGGGUAUAUUGUUGAGAAGAGGAGACAUGAUUCAAAAGAUUAUGAAAGAGUUAAUGCAAGGCUCUGUCCAAAAACAUCUCUUCUCGUUGACAAACUUGAUGAACUUCAUAUGUAUGAAUUCCGUGUCAAAGCUGUUAAUGAAAUUGGAGAAAGUGAACCAUCAUUGCCCCUCAACGUAGUCAUACAAGAUGAUGAAGUACCUCCAACUGUUACAUUGCGCUUGGCUGUGAGAGGAGAUACUAUCAAAGUCAAAGCAGGAGAACCAGUUAAUAUUCCUGCUGAUGUGACAGGUCUGCCAAUGCCAAAGAUCGAAUGGGACAAGAAUGAAGUUUUAAUUGACCAAACAUCUGAUGCACUUAAGAUAACCAAGGAAGAAGUAUCUAGAAGUGCAGCAAAAACUGAACUUAUCCUGCCUGCAACAGUGAGGAAUGAUAAAGGCACUUACACUGUGAGAGCUUCCAAUCGUCUUGGCACUGCAUUUCGCAAUGUGCACGUCGAAGUGUAUGAUCGUCCUUCUCCACCAAGAAAUCUUACUGUUUCUGAUAUUAAAGCAGAAUCAUGCUAUUUAACAUGGGAUGCACCUCUUGAUAAUGGUGGUAGUGAAAUUACCCAUUACAUUAUUGAGAAACGUGAUGCCAGUAAGAAGAAAUCUGAGUGGGAAGAAGUCUCUACAGGCGUUGUUGAGAGAAGAUUUGGGGUAUGGAAUCUUGCAACAGGUGAAAAAUAUCAAUUUAGAGCCCGAGCUGUAAACAAAUAUGGAAUAAGUGAUGAAUGCCUCUCAGAAAAAGUUGUUAUUAAGGAUCCCUACGGCCUUCCUGGACCUCCUGGAAAGCCAAAAGUUUUAGAUCGCACCAGAUCAUCUAUGCUGGUGACUUGGGAGCCUCCUUUGGACAAUGGUGGCAGCCCAAUAACUGGCUAUUGGUUGGAGAAGAGAGAAGUGGGAGGCGUCUACUGGGCACGUGUCAACAGGGCUCCGGUAACAAAACCAUCAGUAAAAGGUCUACAGCACAAUGUGCUUCGUUUGAUUGAGGGUGUUGAGUACCAGUUCAGAGUUAUGGCUGAAAAUCUUGCUGGAAUUGGCCCUCCCAGUGAACCAUCAGAUCCAGCCUUAGCAGCAGAUCCCAUAUUUGUUCCUGGUCCACCAUCUUGCCCAGAGGUCAAAGACAAAACAAAAUCAUCUGUAGCUCUUGCAUGGAAGCCUCCUCAAAAGGAUGGUGGGAGUCCUAUAAAAGGAUAUAUUGUUGAAAUGCAAGAUGAAGGUAGUACUGACUGGAAGAAGGUGAAUGAAGGAGACAAACUCUUUCCUACUUGUGAAUGCGUUAUCCCCAACUUGAAAGAGCUCAGAAAAUACCGAUUUAGGGUGAAAGCUGUAAAUGCUGCUGGAGAAUCAGAACCAAGUCCUGCAACAUCAGAAAUACCUAUCCAAGAUAUUCUAGAGGAACCAGAAAUCUUCCUUGAUAUUGGAGCACAGGAUUUGCUCUCUUGUCGUGCUGGCACAACGAUUAAAAUCCCAGCUGUUAUCAAGGGUCGUCCAGUUCCAAAAACAUUUUGGGAGUAUGAAGGAAAAGCAAAAACAGCAGCAAAGGAGGGAGGUCAUAAUGUACCUGAAGAAGCUCAGGUGGAAGCAAGUGAUACACGGUCAGAGAUUAUCAUCCCUGAGUGCAACAGAAGUCAUUCUGGACGAUACAGUAUUACAGCAAAGAAUAAAGCAGGACAAAAAACACUGCAUGUCAGAGUCAAUGUGCUUGAUGUCCCCGGUCCACCAAAAGACCUAAAAGUAAGUGAUAUCACAAGAGGUAGCUGUAAACUUUCAUGGAAGAUGCCAGAUGAUGACGGUGGAGACAGAAUCAGAGGCUAUGUUAUAGAAAAAAGAACUAUUGAUGGGAAGGCCUGGACUAAAGUCAAUGCAAACUGUGGCAGUACCUCCUUUGUUGUACCUGAUCUCAUAUCUGGUCAAGAGUAUUUCUUCCGGGUACGUGCAGAAAACCGUUUUGGUGUUGGCCCUCCUGCAGAAACCAUCCAACGGACCACAGCCAGGGAUCCCAUUCAUCCUCCUGAUCCGCCUAUUAAACUAAGGAUUGGCCUUGUAACCAAGAACACAGUGAGCUUGACGUGGAAACCACCAAAGAAUGAUGGUGGAGCUCCAGUUACACAUUAUAAUGUUGAAUGUCUCCGCUGGGAUCGUACUGGAGAAGUGAAAGAGUCUUGGAAGCAAUGCAACAGACGUGAUGUGGAAGAAACAAAGUUUACUGUUGAGGAUCUUGUAGAAGGUGGAGAAUACGAAUUCAGAGUCAAAGCUGUAAAUAUAGCAGGUCCUAGCAGACCAUCAGCCACUGUUGGCCCACUUGUUGUCAAAGACCAGACCUGUCCACCAUCUAUUGAGCUUAAAGAAUUUAUGGAGGUUGAAGAAGGAACGGAUGUUAAAAUUGUGGCCAAGAUAAAGGGUGUACCCUUCCCCACAUUAACAUGGCUAAAAGCCUCUCCAAAGAAACCAGAUGACAAAUCCCCAGUGCUCUAUGAUCAACAUGUCAACAAGAUUGUUGAUGAAGAUACUUGCACUUUAUUAAUUCAACAGUCUCGGAGAAAUGAUACAGGCUUAUAUACUAUAACAGCUGUAAAUAAUCUGGGAACUGCUUCAAAGGAGAUGAGGCUCAAUGUUCUGGGUCGUCCUGGACCUCCAGUGGGACCUAUUAAAUUUGAAUCCAUUUUGGCUGAUAAAAUGACAAUAUCAUGGCUUCCUCCAUUAGAUGAUGGUGGUUCUAAGAUUACAAACUAUGUUAUAGAGAAAAAAGAAGCAAAUAGGAAGACAUGGGUAACUGUUACUAAUGAGCCUAAGGAAUGCAUAUUCACUAUUCCCAAGUUGAUGGAAGGCCAUGAGUAUGUGUUCCGCAUUAUGGCACAAAACAAAUAUGGUAUCGGAGAACCUUUGGAUAGUGAGCCAGAAACAGCACGAAAUCUUUUCACUGUUCCUGGACCUUGUGACAAGCCAACAGUUAGCAGUAUAACACGUGACUCAAUGACUGUAAACUGGGAAGAACCAGAACAUGACGGUGGCUCUCCUAUUACUGGUUACUGGUUGGAGCGCAAAGAGACCACUGGAAAGAGAUGGACCAGGGUUAACCGAGAUCCUAUCAAGCCUAUGACACUGGGGGUUUCAUACAAAGUCACAGGUCUUAUUGAGGGCUCUGAAUAUCAGUUCCGUGUUUCAGCUAUCAAUGCAGCUGGUGUUGGCCCACCAAGCAUGCCAUCUGAUCCAGCACUUGCUAGAGAUCCUAUUGCCCCACCUGGCCCUCCUAUACCAAAAGUUACUGAUUGGACAAAGUCUUCUGUAGACUUGGAGUGGACUCCACCAAUAAAGGAUGGUGGUUCCAGAGUCACUGGCUACAUUGUUGAGUAUAAAGAGGAAGGAAAGGAAGAAUGGGAACGGGUAAAAGAUAAAGAAAUUAGAGGAACCAAGUUCGUUGUGGCAGGAUUAAAAGAAGGAUGUUUUUACAAAUUUAGAGUUAGAGCAGUGAAUGCUGCUGGCAUCGGAGAACCUGGAGAAGUCACAGAUGUUAUUGAAAUGAAGGACAGAAUUGUGGCUCCUGAUAUUAAUUUGGAUGCAAGUGUCAGGGACAGAAUUGUUGUUCAUGCUGGAGGAGUAAUUCGGAUCAUAGCAUAUGUCUCAGGAAAACCACCUCCAACAGUGACUUGGAGCAGGGAUGACCACGCUUUGCCAGAAGAAGCCAAAAUUGAAGAAACAGCUAUUAGUUCUUCUUUAGUCAUCAAGAAUUGCAAAAGGAGUCACCAAGGUUUAUACACUCUUCUUGCUAAAAAUGACGGUGGUGAGAGGAAGAAGACAAUUAUUGUUGAUGUACUAGAUGUGCCAGGCCCAGUUGGAAUGCCACUCCUUACUGAGAACCUCACCAAUGACUCUUGUAAAUUGUCAUGGUUUACUCCAGAUGAUGAUGGUGGUUCUCCUAUUACCAACUAUAUAAUUGAAAAACGUGAAGCUGACCGCAGAGCUUGGACUCCAGUGAGCUACACAGUUACAAGACAGAAUGCUACUGUUCAGGGACUCAUUGAAGGGAAAGCCUAUUUUUUCCGAAUUGCAGCUGAGAAUCUAAUUGGCAUGGGUCCAUUCACAGAGACAACAAAAGAGAUUGUCAUUAGAGAUCCAAUAACUGUUCCUGACCGUCCAGAAGACCUGGAAGUAAAAGCAGUUACCAAGAACUCUGUUACACUAACUUGGAACCCUCCAAAAUACAAUGGAGGCUCAGAUAUCACCAUGUAUGUUCUAGAGAGCCGUCUCAUUGGUAAAGACAAAUUCCACAAAGUUACAAAGGAGAAAAUGCUUGAUAGGAAAUACACUGUAGAAGGCUUGAAAGAGGGUGACACCUAUGAGUAUCGUGUGAGUGCUUGCAAUAUUGUGGGGCAAGGCAAGCCAUCAUUUUGCACUAAACCAAUCACGUGCAAGGAUGAAAUUGCUCCUCCCACACUUGACCUUGACUUUAGAGACAAACUUAUUGUUCGAGUUGGUGAAGCUUUCAGCCUGACUGGACGUUACUCAGGCAAGCCUGCACCAAAGGUUACUUGGCUAAAGGAUGAUAUUGUUGUGAAAGAAGAUGACCGUAUAAAGAUCAAGACAACUCCUACAACUCUUUGCUUAGGGAUACUAAAAUCAGUCCGUGAAGACACAGGCAAAUAUUGUGUGACUGUAGAGAACAGCACAGGAGCAAGAAAAGGAUUUUGUCAAGUGAAUGUUGUUGAUCGCCCAUCACCUCCAGUAGGCCCAGUUAUAUUUGAUGAAGUCUAUAAAGAUCAUAUGGUAGUUUCCUGGAAACCUCCAUUAGAUGACGGAGGCAGUGAAAUCACAAAUUACAUUAUUGAGAAGAAGGAUACACACAAAGACCUGUGGAUGCCAGUUACAUCUGCCACAGUGAAGACAACAUGCAAAGUUCCUAAGCUGCUUGAAGGAAGAGAAUAUCAAAUUCGAAUUUAUGCUGAAAAUCUUUAUGGCAUAAGUGAUCCUCUCAUCUCUGAUGAGAUGAAAGCCAAGGACCGUUUCCGUGUUCCUGAUGCACCUGAGCAACCAAUCAUUAAGGAUGUUACCAAAGACUCUGCAGUAGUGGUUUGGAACAAACCGUAUGAUGGAGGCAAGCCAAUAACAAACUAUAUUGUAGAAAAGAAGGAAACAAUGGCUACAAGAUGGGUCAAAGCUACCAAAGACCCGAUUUUCCCCAGUACAAAGUUCAAAGUACCUGAUCUCCUUGAAGGCUGUGAAUAUGAAUUCCGUGUUUCAGCAGAAAAUGAAAUUGGUGUUGGUGAUCCUAGUCCACCAUCAAAGCCAAUUUUCGCUAGAGAUCCAAUCACAAAACCAAGUCCACCUGUUAAUCCAGAAGCAGUAGAUAAAACUAAAAAUUCAGUUGAUUUAUCUUGGCAACCACCACGCCACGAUGGAAAUGGCAAGAUAAUUGGCUACCUAAUAGAGUAUCAGAAAGUUGGAGAUGAAGAAUGGAAACAGGCUAAUCUUACAGCAGAUUCUUGUCCUGACACAAAAUACAAAGUCACUGGUCUUACUGAGGGUUUGACCUAUAAGUUCAGGGUGAAGGCAGUCAAUGCAGCAGGUGAAUCUGAUCCAGCCCACGUUCGUGAUCCAGUAGAAGUAAAAGACAGGCUUGAACCUCCUGAGUUGAUACUUGAUGCUAAUAUGGCCCGAGAACAGCAUGUAAAAGCUGGAGAUACCCUGCGACUUAGUGCUGUUAUUAAAGGUGUUCCAUUCCCAAAAGUCACCUGGAAGAAAGGAGAUCAUGAAGUCUCACCCAAAGCUGAUAUUGAGGUUACAGGAGUUGGUAGUAAGCUUGAAAUUCGUAACACGGUCCAUGAAGAUGGUGGAAUUUACUCCCUGACAGUUGAAAAUCCAGCUGGUUCAAAGACUGUUUCAGUAAAAGUCGUGGUCUUAGAUAAGCCUGGUCCACCCAGAAAUCUGAAAGUCAGUGAUGUUAGAAGCGACUCUUGCUAUCUCACUUGGAUGGAACCAGAAGAUGAUGGUGGCUCUGUCAUUACCAACUAUGUGGUGGAAAGGAAAGAUGUAGCUUCUGCACAGUGGGUAGCCAUCUCAUCAUCCUCCAAGAAACGCAGUCAUAUGGCUAAAUAUCUGAUGGAAGGCACUCAGUAUCAAUUCCGAGUUGCAGCUGAAAAUCAGUUUGGUAGAGGUCCAUACGUGGAAACACUUAAGCCUAUUAAAGCUAUAGAUCCACUGCAUCCUCCAGGGCCACCAAAGAAUCUGCAUCACGUAGAUGUUGACAAGACUGAAGUUUCCCUUGUUUGGGAUCGACCAGAUCGUGAUGGUGGUGCUGAGAUUACUGGAUAUUUGGUAGAAUAUCAAGAAGAUGGUGCAGAUGAAUGGACAAAGUUCCAGACGGUCCCUAUGCUAGACUGUGUUGUUACAGGCCUACAAAAAGGAAAAAUAUACAAAUUCCGUGUGAGAGCUCAGAAUAUUGUUGGUCUCAGCCUUCCUGAUACAACUAUACCAAUAGAGUGUCAAGAAAAACUAGUACCUCCAUCUGUGGAACUAGAUGUGAAGUUAAUUGAAGGUCUUGUUGUUAAAGCUGGCACCACAGUGCGACUUCCAGCAAUUAUGAGAGGUGUACCAGUUCCCACUGCAAAAUGGGUUACUGAUGACACUGAAAUUAAACCAGAUGGCAAAUACAAGAUUGAGACUGACAAUUAUUCAACCGUGCUUACUAUCAAAGACUGUGUAAGAAAAGAUACAGGAGAAUAUCUACUCACAGUAUCUAAUGCAGCUGGCAGCAAAACUGUGGCUCUACACCUUACAGUUUUGGAUGUUCCUGGCCCACCAACUGGUCCUAUUAAUAUUCUUGAAGUAACACCAGAAUACAUGGUUAUUUCUUGGCGCCCUCCCAAAGAUGAUGGUGGGAGUCCUAUAAUUAAUUAUAUUGUUGAGAAGCGUCAAUCAAAGAAAGAAACUUGGGGAGUGGUUAGCUCUGGAACAAGUCACACAAAAAUUAAGGUUCCACGACUGCAGAAAGGCUGUGAAUAUAUUUUCCGUGUUCGUGCAGAAAAUAAGAUAGGCAUUGGUGCACCCCUUGAUUCAGAACCAACAGUUGCUAAAUAUAUGUUUGAUCCACCAUCCCCACCUGGUAAACCAACUGUUUAUGAUAUUACAGAAAAUGCUGCAACAGUGUCUUGGACCCUACCAAAAUCUGAUGGUGGAACUCCAAUAACUGGUUAUAUACUUGAACGUCGGGAAGCGUCUGGUAAAUGGGUGCGUGUCAAUAAGACACCUAUACUUGAUAUGAAAUACAGAGUCACAGGUCUUUUUGAAGGCAACACAUACGAAUUCAGAGUUUUUGCAGAAAACAUGGUGGGUUUAAGCAAACCAUCUCCAAGCUCUGAUCCAAUAAAAGCAUCACGUCCAAUCACUCCUCCUGGACCACCUAUAAAUCCAAAAUUAAAAGACAAAACUAAAGAAACAGCUGAUCUUGUGUGGACAAAGCCGCUCAAAGAUGGUGGCAGCCCAAUUCUGGGAUACAUUGUGGAAUGUCAGAAAACUGGAACUACACAGUGGAAUAGGAUUAAUAAGGAUGAACUCAUUAGACAGUGUGCUUUCAGAGUACCUGGAUUAAUAGAAGGAAAUGAGUAUAAGUUCCGAAUAAAAGCUGUCAACAUUGUAGGAGAGGGAGAACCAAGAGAACUGGCAGAAACUGUACUUGCAAAGGAUAUCCUUUCUCCUCCAGAAAUAAGCCUAGAUGUGACCUGUCGAGAUUUAAUUACUGUCCGAGUAGGUCAAACAAUACGUAUUACUGGCAAGGUAAAAGGUAGGCCAGAUCCUGAAAUAACGUGGUCUAAAGAUGGCAAAGUACUAGUCCAAGAAAAGCAUGUUGAAAUACUCCAUGAUCUACCGAAUGUUGAACUGCAAGUGAAAGAAGCCAAAAGAUCUGAUCAUGGUAAAUAUAUAAUAGCAGCUAAGAACAGUUGUGGACAGGCUCAAGCUUUUGCUAUUGUUAAUGUACUUGACAGACCUGGACCAUGUCAGAACCUGAAAAUAAGCUAUGUCACAAAAGACUCUUGUAUGAUUGCUUGGGAGAGUCCAGUGGAUAAUGGUGGCUCUGAAAUUACAAAUUACAUAGUAGAGUACCGUCAACCAAAUCAAAGGGGAUGGUCAAUUGUCUCCUCUGAUAUCACUAAACGAUUAGUAAAGGCAAAUCUUGUAGAGAACCGUGAAUACUUCUUCAGAGUUUGUGCAGAAAACAAAAUAGGUCCAGGGCCUUGCAUUGAGACCAAGACUCCCAUCCUUGCCAUCAAUCCUAUUGACAAGCCUGGAGAACCAGAAAAUCUUCACAUUGCAGAGAAAGGGAAGACAUUUGUAUAUCUGAAAUGGAGAAGGCCAGAUUAUGAUGGUGGAAGUCCCAAUUUAAGUUAUCAUGUUGAGAGAAAACUGAAAGACUCAGAUGAAUGGGAAAGGGUUCACAAAGGCAGCAUUAAGGAAACACACUAUAUGGUAGAUAAAUGUGUGGAAAAUAAGACUUACCAAUUCCGAGUUCAAACCAAGAAUGAGGCUGGUGAAAGUGGCUGGGUGAAAACAGCUGAAGUUGUUGUGAAGGAAGAUCUGCAGAAACCAGUGCUAGACUUGAAGUUAAGUGGGGUUUUAACUGUGAAAGCAGGUGACACAAUUAGAAUUGAGGCUGGAGUCAGAGGAAAACCACAGCCUGAAGUUGUAUGGACAAAAGACAAAGAUGCCACAGAUCUCACCAGAUCUCCAAGAGUCAGUAUUGAAACAACUUCUGACACAUCAAAGUUUGUUGUCACAAAAUCAAGGCGUAGUGAUGGUGGGAAAUAUGUGAUUACUGCAACUAACACAGCUGGUAGCUUCGUGGCGUAUGCUACUGUUAUUGUCUUGGAUAAACCUGGUCCUGUAAGAAACUUAAAAGUCACUGACAUUUCAAGUGAUAGAUGUACUGUUACUUGGGACCCUCCAGAAGAUGAUGGUGGUUGUGAAAUACAGAACUACAUCCUGGAAAAAUGUGAAAGCAAGCGUAUGGUUUGGUCUACAUUCUCUUCUUCUGUCCUAACAAACUAUGCAAAAGUGACACGCCUCAUUGAAGGUAAUGAAUAUAUAUUCAGAGUGCGUGCAGAGAAUAAAAUGGGCACUGGUCCACCAACAGAAACACACCCAAUUAUUGCAAAAACAAAAUAUGAUAGACCUGGGCGCCCUGACCCUCCGGAUGUCACAAGAGUUAGCAAAGAAGAGAUGACUGUAGUUUGGAAUCCACCAGAAUAUGAUGGUGGCAAAUCAAUUACAGGAUACAUUUUAGAGAAGAAAGAGAAACGAUCACUGAGAUGGGUUCCUGUUACUAAGACUGCAAUCCCAGAGAGACGCAAGAAGGUUACUAAUCUCUUCCCUGGUCAUGAAUAUCAGUUCCGCGUCAGUGCUGAAAAUGAAGUCGGACUUGGAGAACCAAGCUUGCCAUCAAGACCUGUAGUAGCCAAAGACCCGAUAGAACCACCUGGUCCUCCCACAAACUUGAGAGUGGUUGAUAGCACAAAGACUUCCAUAACUCUUGGCUGGGGAAAACCAAUGUACGAUGGUGGUGCUCCAAUUAUUGGAUAUGUUGUGGAAAUUAGACCAAAAGUUGAGGGUGCUGAUCCUGAAGCAGGAUGGAAACGAUGUAAUGUUGCUGCCCAAGUUAUUCACACAGAAUUUACAGCCACCAGCCUGGAUGAGAAGCAAUUAUAUGAGUUCAGAGUUUCUGCCCAAAACCAGGUUGGCCUUGGUCGGCCAGCUGAACUGAAAGAAGCUGUGUCUCCCAAAGAAAUUCUUGAACCUCCUGAGAUUGAGUUGGAUGCAAGCAUGAGAAAGUUAGUCACAGUCAGGGCAGGAUGCCCUAUUAGACUUUUUGCCAUUGUUAGGGGCCGCCCAGCACCAAAAGUCACCUGGAGGAGAAUGGGUGUGGAUAAUGUCAUCAGAAAAGGACAGGUUGAUCUGGUUGACACUAUGGCCUUCUGUGUCAUUCCUGAUUCAACACGUGAUGACUCAGGCAAAUAUUCAUUGACACUUGUUAAUGCAGCUGGAGAAAAGGCUGUAUUUGUGAAUGUCAGAGUCCUGGAUACUCCUGGACCUGUGUCAGACUUCAAGGUUUCAGAUGUCACCAAGAUGUCAUGCCAUCUUUCAUGGGCACCUCCAGAGAAUGAUGGGGGUAGCCCCGUGACUCAUUACAUCCUGCAGAAACGUGAGGCUGACAGGAAGACCUGGGCAACAGUCACUGCAGAACUAAAGAAAACUAGUUUCCAAAUAGCAAACCUUGUGCCUGGAAAUGAAUAUUAUUUUAGAGUGACGGCAGUCAAUGAAUAUGGGUCAGGUGUUCCAAGUGACAUACCAAAACCAGUUCUAGCAACAGAUCCUCUAAGUGAACCUGAUCCACCAAGAAAACUUGAAGUUACUGAAAUUACAAAGAAUAGUGCUACUUUAGGCUGGCUGCCACCACUGCGUGAUGGAGGCUCUAAAAUUGAUGGGUACAUUGUUAGCUACAAAGAAGAUGACCAACCAGCGGAUCGCUGGGCAGAGUAUUCUGUUGUCAAAGAUCUCUCCAUUGUUGUAGCUGGUCUGAAGGAGGGAAAGAAGUACAACUUCAGAGUGGCAGCUAGAAAUGCUGUAGGAGUAAGUUUGCCAAUACAAGCUGCAGGAGCAUUUGAAAUUAAGGAACAACUCAUCCCACCUAAGAUUUUGAUGCCUGAUCACAUUCACAUUAAAGCUGGAAAGAAACUGAGAAUUGAAGCUCAUGUAUAUGGGAAACCUCAGCCAGUCUGUAAAUGGUUGAAAGGAGAUCAAGAUGUAGUUACAUCCAGUCGCCUGGCUGUGCAUAAAGCAGAAAAAUCUUCUGUUCUUAUCAUUAAGGAUGUGACUAGAAAAGAUUCUGAUUUUUACACUCUUACUGCAGAGAAUAGCUCUGGUACUGAUAGUCAGAAAAUCAGAGUGACAGUCAUGGAUAAGCCAGGUCCACCACAGCCUCCAUUUGAUAUUUCUGAAAUUGAUGCUGAUGCUUGCACUCUUGCAUGGCACAUACCUCUUGAAGAUGGUGGCAGUAACAUUACAAACUAUGUAGUUGAGAAAUGUGAUGUAAGCCGCGGAGAUUGGGUAACAGCUUUAUCUUCUGUCACAAAGACAACCUGCAGAAUUGGAAAACUUAUUCCUGGAGAGGAAUAUAUGUUCCGCGUUCGUGCUGAAAAUCGUUUUGGGAUUUCUGAGCCGCUUGCUUCUGGCAAGAUGAUCGCAAGGUUCCCAUUUGAUGUUCCUAGUGAACCAAAGAAUGCACGAAUUACCAAAGUCAAUAAGGACUGCAUUUUUGUUGCUUGGGAUAAGCCAGACAGUGAUGGAGGCAGUCCAAUUACUGGUUACCUCAUUGAGCGCAAGGAAAGGAACAGUCUGCUGUGGGUGAAAGCUAAUGAUACAGCUGUGCGCUCCACAGAAUACCCUUGUGUGGGGCUCAUCGAAGGUCUUGAGUAUGCUUUCAGAAUUUAUGCAUUGAACCGAGCUGGAGCAAGUAAACCUAGUAAACCAACUGAGUUUGUCACAGCAAGAGCACCAGUUGAUCCCCCUGGAAAACCUGAAGUUAUUGAUGUCACUAAGAGUACUGCAUCACUGGUAUGGACAAGACCAAAGCAUGAUGGUGGUAGCAAACUAAUUGGCUACUUUGUGGAAGCUUGCAAAUUACCUGGUGAUAAGUGGGUUCGGUGCAAUACAACUCCACAUCAAAUACCCCUAGAAGAGUACACUGCUACUGGUUUGGAAGAAAAUGCUCAGUAUCAAUUUAGAGCAAUUGCCAAGACAGCAGUUAACAUCAGCCCACCUUCAGAACCUUCUGAUCCGGUGACCAUUCAUCCAGAAAAUGUUCCUCCCAGAAUAGAGUUGGAUCUGUCUAUGCAAUCACAGCUUACAGUAAAAGCUGGAACUAAUGUGCGUCUGGAGGCAAAUGUAUAUGGCAAGCCGAUGCCAACAAUCACCUGGAAGAAAGAAGGAGAAGUUUUAAAGCCAUCUGAAGGUGUUAAGAUCACUACUAAGAGAAAUCUUGCUACAGUUGAGUUGUUCAGUGUUAACAGGAAGCAAACAGGAGACUACACUAUUACUGCUGAAAAUGCAAGUGGAUCAAAGUCAGCAACCAUUAGGCUUAAAGUACUUGAUAAGCCUGGUCCACCAGCUUCUGUCAAAAUCAAACAUAUGUAUGCAGAUCGUGCAAUGCUUUCUUGGGAGCCUCCUCUGGAAGAUGGAGGUUCAGAAAUUACUAACUACAUUGUAGACAAGCGUGAAACAAGCAGACCGAACUGGGCCCAGGUCAGUGCCAAUGUACCCAUUACAAGCUGCACAGUGGAGAAACUAAUAGAAGGACAUGAGUACCAGUUCCGCAUAUGUGCUGAAAACAAAUACGGUGUUGGAGACCCUAUCUUGACUGAACCAGCAGUUGCUAAGAAUCCAUAUGAUGUACCCGGACCUUGUGAUCCACCAGUAAUUAGCAAUGUAACAAAAGACUUUAUGACUGUUAGCUGGAAGCCACCAGCUGAUGAUGGUGGAUCCCCAAUAACUGGUUAUAUCCUCGAGAAACGUGAAACUAAGGCUCUUAACUGGACAAAGGUAAACAGAAAGCCUGUCAUUGAAAGAACUGUUAAAGCUACGGGACUCCAAGAAGGAACUGAAUAUGAGUACCGGGUGAUAGCACUGAAUAAAGCUGGACCUGGCAAGCCUAGCGCACCAUCUAAAGCAGUGUAUGCUCGUGAUCCUCAAUAUCCUCCUGGCCCACCUGCUUUCCCGAAAGUGGUUGAUACUACUCGUAACUCAAUAAGCCUGUCAUGGAGCAAACCAGCAUAUGAUGGAGGAAGCCCUAUUAUUGGUUAUCUAGUGGAAUCAAAAAGAGCUGACACAGACAACUGGGUCAGAUGCAAUGUACCAAAGAAUUUACAAGCUACGCAAUUUGUGGUAACAGGACUGAUGGAAGAUACAGAGUACCAGUUCCGUGUUUAUGCUGUCAAUAAGAUUGGAUACAGUGACCCAAGUGAUGUUCCUGAUAAACACACUGCCAAAGACAUUUUAAUUCCACCUGAAGGAGAACUUGAUGCAGAACUAAGGAAAGUCCUUGUGUUGCGUGCUGGAGUCACAAUGAGACUUUAUGUGCCAGUAAGAGGACGUCCACCUCCAAAAAUUACAUGGUCUAAAGUGGGUGCCAACCUAAGAGAUAGACAAGGAUUAGAUAUCAAGUCAACUGAUUUUGAUACCUUCCUGCGUUGUGAAAAUGUAAAUAAAUAUGAUGCUGGAAAAUAUGUCCUCAGUCUAGAGAACAGCUGUGGCAAAAAGGAGUACACCAUUGUUGUAAAAGUACUUGAUACUCCAGGCCCUCCAGUUAACCUGAUUGUAAAGGAAGCAUCUAAGGAUUCUGCCUACAUUACAUGGGAACCUCCUCUAAUAGAUGGGGGCAGUCCAAUCAAAAAUUAUGUUGUUGAAAAACGUGACGCAGAAAGAAAAUCAUGGUCCACAGUAACAACAGAAUGUCCAAAGACAAGCUACAGGAUAACUAACUUAGAAGAAGGCAAAUCUUACUUCUUCAGAGUUUUUGCUGAAAAUGAAUAUGGUAUUGGCGAUCCCUGUGAAACUCGUGAUGCUGUUAAAGCUUCUGAAACACCUGGGCCAGUUGUGGAUCUAAAAGCUUCAGCUGUAACAAAAUCAUCAUGCAAUUUGGUAUGGAAAAAACCUAUCAGUGAUGGUGGAAGCCGUAUUAUUGCAUAUGUUGUUGAGGUCCUGGUUGGUGAAGAUAAAUGGCAAGAAGUCAUGCGGGGAAAGAACCUCCAUUUUUCAAUGAGAGACCUAAAAGAAGGACAGGAAUACACUUUCAGAGUGAGAGCCCAGAAUGAUGCUGGAUAUGGAACUCCAUCAGAGCUCACAAUUGUAGCAAGAGAUGAUGUCGUGGCACCUGAACUUGACUUAAGAGAUCUACCUGAUUUGUGCUAUAUUGCUAAAGAAGGUAGCAAUUUCCGUCUUAAAAUCCCUAUGAAAGGCAAGCCUGUCCCAACUGUAACUUGGAAGAAGGAUGAAGACCAGGCACUUACUGAGAGUGGAAGAGUUGCAUUUGAAUCUACAGCAGUUAACACCACUCUUGUAGUACAUGACUGCCAGAAAGCUGAUGCUGGAAAAUACACAAUAACUCUGAAGAAUGUUGUUGGCAGCAAGGAAGGCACUAUUUUUGUGAAAGUUGUUGGCAAACCUGGCAUACCAACAGGUCCAGUGAAAUUUGAAGAAGUCACAGCUGAUGCCAUAACCUUGAAGUGGGGCCCCCCAAAAGAUGAUGGUGGUUCAGAAAUCACUAACUAUGUUCUAGAGAAGAGAGAUAAUGUAAACAACAAGUGGGUGACUUGUGCCUCUGCAGUCCAGAAAACCACUUUUAGAGUUACAAGACUUCAUGAAGGAAAUGAAUAUACAUUCAGGAUCAGGGCUGAAAAUAAAUAUGGAGUAGGUGAAGGUCUUAAAUCUGACCCUGUCAUUGCAAAACAUCCAUUUGAUGUGCCAGAUGCUCCUCCACCCCCCAACAUUGUUGCUGUUCAGCAUGAAUCUGUAGCUUUAACUUGGACUGAUCCCAGGAGAACUGGAGGAUCACCAAUCACAGGUUAUCACAUUGAAGUUAAAGAAAGGAAUAGUCUUCUGUGGAAGAGAGCAAAUACAACACCAAUAAGAAUGAAAGAUUUCAGAGUGACAGGGUUAACUGAAGGUCUGGAAUAUGAAUUCAGAGUAAUGGCAAUCAAUAUGGCUGGAGUAGGUAAACCAAGUCUUCCAUCUGAACCAGUUGUGGCACUUGAUCCUAUUGAUCCCCCUGGGAAACCUGAAGUUAUCAAUGUAACCAGGAACUCAGUAACACUCAUUUGGACAGAACCGAAAUAUGAUGGUGGACAUAAAUUAACUGGCUAUAUUGUUGAAAAGCGUGAUUUACCAAAAAAGACUUGGACAAAAGCUAAUCACGUGAAUGUUCCUGACUGUGCAUUUACUGUAACUGACCUUAUUGAAGGCUCCAAAUAUGAGUUCAGAAUUAGAGCAAAGAACACAGCUGGAGCUAUCAGUCCUCCAUCUGAAUCCACAGGAACCAUAAUAUGCAAGGAUGAGUAUGAGGCACCAACCAUUGUUCUGGAUCCUCCCUUGAAAGAAGGUUUAACAGUAAAAGCGGGAGACACCAUUACACUGUCUGCUAUUAGUAUCCGUGGAAAACCACCUCCAACUUCAGCCUGGUCAAAAGCUGGAAAAGAUUUUAGACCUUCAGAGCUUGUGCACAUUGAAACCAAACCAACUUCUUCUACUCUAACUGUCAAAUAUGCAGCCAGAAAAGAUUCUGGAGAAUACACAAUCACUGCAACCAAUCCUUUUGGUACUAAGCAGGAGAGUGUACAAGUGAAAGUUUUAGAUAUACCAGGACCGCCAGGGCCUAUUGAGAUCAGCAAUGUUUCAGCAGAAAAAGCAACUCUUACAUGGUCACCUCCUGCAGAAGAUGGUGGAUCACCAGUCAAAUCAUAUGUUCUUGAAAAGAGAGAAACUAGUCGACUGCUCUGGACACUGGUUGCUGAAAAUAUUGAAACCUGUAGGCAUGUUGUUAGCAAGCUCAUUCAAGGAAAUGAAUAUGUUUUCCGUGUCUCAGCAGUAAAUCAAUAUGGCAAGGGUGAACCAGUGCAAUCAGAACCAGUUAAAAUGGUGGAUAGAUUUGGUCCUCCAGGCCCUCCUGGUAAACCAGAAGUAACAAAUGUGACUAAAAAUACUGCCACAGUUACCUGGAAAAGGCCAGUCGAUGAUGGUGGAAGUGAAAUCACAGGUUACCACGUGGAGCGGAGAGAAAAGAAAGGUUUAAGAUGGGUUAGAGCAACAAAGAAACCAGUUUCAGAUCUUAGAUGCAAAGUAACUGGUCUUCUGGAAGGAAAUGAAUAUGAAUUCCGUGUCAGUGCAGAAAACAGAGCAGGAGUUGGACCACCAAGUGACACUUCAAACUCAGUCCUAUGCAAAGAUGUUGCAUAUCCACCAGGUCCGCCUGCAAAUCCAAGAGUGACUGAUACUACAAAGACAAGUGCAUCUUUAGCCUGGGGCAAGCCUCACUAUGAUGGUGGUCUUGACAUCACUGGCUAUAUAGUAGAGCAUCAAAAGGAAGGAGAAGAAGAAUGGGUAAAAGACACUAUAGGGACUGCUUUAAGAAUCACUCAGUUUGUUGUAGCUCAUCUGCAGACAGGAGCCAAAUACAAUUUCAGAAUCUCUGCUAUGAAUGCUGCAGGUGUCGGUGAACCAGCAAUAAUUCCAAGUGUGGAAAUCAAAGACCGAGAAGAGAUUCCUGACUUUGAAUUAGAUGCUGAGUUAAGAAGAACUCUUGUUGUUAGAGCUGGAUUAACUAUUCGAAUUUUUGUACCAAUUAAAGGGCGUCCAACUCCAGAAGUUACAUGGACAAAAGAUGAUGUUUCACUCAAAGGACGUGCCAGUAUUGAAAAUACUGAUUCCUUUACACUGUUGAUUGUCACAGAGUGCACCAGAUAUGAUGCAGGAAAAUACGUAAUGACUCUUGAAAAUGCUGCUGGUAAGAAGACUGGCUUUGUUAAUGUAAAAGUUUUGGAUACACCAGGUCCACCAAUAAACCUUAAGCCUAGAGAAGUAACCAAGGACAGCAUCACCCUCCAAUGGGAUAUGCCUCUGGUAGAUGGAGGUUCCCGUAUAACAAACUAUAUUGUUGAGAAACGUGAAUCAACUCGGAAGGCAUAUUCAACAGUCACAACCAACUGCCAGAAGUGUUCCUUCAGGAUUCCUAAUUUGGCUGAAGGAUGUGAAUACUAUUUCAGAGUACUGGCUGAAAAUGAGUAUGGUAUUGGUGAACCAGCUGAAACUGCAGAACCAGUGAGAGCUUCUGAGGCACCAUCCCCACCUGAGAGCCUUAAUAUUAUGGAUGUAACACGGAACUCAGUUAGCCUGGCUUGGCCAAAACCAGAACACGAUGGUGGCAGCAAGAUCACUGGGUAUGUAAUUGAAGCACAGAGAAAAGGAACCAACCAGUGGGCACACAUCACCACUGUAAAAACACUGGACUGCGUAGUAAAGAAUCUAACUGAAAAUGAAGAGUAUACUUUCCAGGUUAUGGCAGUUAACAGUGCUGGAAGAAGCCCCCCAAGAGAAAGCAGACCAGUUAUUAUCAAGGAGCAAACUAUGCUCCCAGAGUUUGACCUCCGUGCUAUCUACCAGAAAACAGUCAUUGCCAAAGCUGGUGACAAUAUCAAGAUUGAAAUCCCCGUACUUGGUCGUCCAAGGCCUACUGUGACCUGGAAGAAAGAAGACCAGAUACUUAAGCAAACACAAAGAGUAAAUUAUGAAAAUACUGCAACUGCAACCAUACUAACCAUCAAUGAAUGUAUUCGAAGUGAUAGUGGUCAAUACCCACUGUCAGCCAAAAAUAUUGUUGGAGAAGUUAGUGAAGUAAUCACAGUUCAGGUUCAUGACAUACCUGGGCCUCCUACUGGACCAAUCAAAUUUGAUGAAAUUUCAUCUGACUUCCUGACAUUCUCAUGGGAGCCUCCUUUGAAUGAUGGUGGUGUACCAAUAAGUAACUAUGUUGUAGAAAUGCGUCAAACUGACAGUACCACAUGGACUGAAUUGGCAACUACAGUGAUACGUACUACAUUUAAAGCUGUUCGUCUUACCACUGGAGUUGAAUAUCAGUUCCGUGUUAGAGCUCAAAACAGAUAUGGAAUUGGUCCAGCCAUUACGUCAGGGUCUGUAGUUGCCAACUACCCAUUUAAGGUACCUGGGCCUCCUGGCACUCCUCAGGUGAUAGCAGUCACCAAAGAAACUAUGACCAUUAGCUGGAAUGAGCCAGUUACUGAUGGUGGAAGCCCUAUACUGGGAUAUCAUGUUGAAAGAAAAGAGAGAAACAGCAUACUUUGGCAGACUGUAAGUAAAAUGCUGGUAUCAGGCAAUAUCUUUAAAUCAUCUGGGCUUACCGAUGGCAUUGCAUAUGAAUUCCGUGUUAUAGCAGAAAAUCUAGCUGGGAAGAGUAAGCCAAGCAAGCCAUCUGAGCCUGUGUUUGCCCUGGACCCAAUAGAUCCACCUGGUAAGCCAAUACCUCUGAACAUUACAAGACAUGCAGUUACACUGAAGUGGACUAAACCAGAAUAUAAUGGAGGUUUUAAGAUAACUGGCUAUACCGUUGAAAAAAGAGACCUUCCUAAUGGCCGUUGGCUGAAGGCUAAUUUCAGCAAUAUACUAGAGACUGAAUUCACUGUGAGUGGUUUGACAGAAGACGCUGCCUAUGAAUUCCGUGUGAUUGCUAGGAAUGCUGGUGGAGCUGUUAGUCAGCCCUCUGAGCCAUCAGAUGCAAUCACUUGUAGAGAUGACAUUGAAGCACCAAGGAUAAAAGUGGAUGCUAAAUACAAAGACACCAUAGUGCUGAAAGCAGGUGAACUUUUCAGACUUGAGGCUGAUGUUUCAGGUCGCCCUCCACCAACUAUGACAUGGACAAAGGGAGAAAAAGAACUUGAAGACACAGCAAAAUUAGAAAUAAAAAUGGCAGAUUUCUCUACCGUACUUAUCAAUAAGGAUUCCUCAAGAAGAGACGGUGGUGCUUAUACACUUACUGCAACAAAUCCUGGUGGCUUUGCUAAGCAUAUCUUCAAUGUUAAAGUUCUUGAUAGACCUGGUCCCCCAGAAGGGCCUUUGGCUGUGUCUGAAGUCACUGCAGAAAAGUGUGUGCUGUCAUGGCUACCCCCACUGGAUGACGGAGGAGCAAAGAUUGACCAUUAUGUGGUUGAAAAACGAGAAACCAGUAGAUUGGCAUGGACAGCUGUAGCCACAGAAGUUCCAGUGACUAAACUGAAGGUUACUAAGUUGCUGAAGGGCAAUGAGUAUGUGUUCCGAGUUAUGGCUGUUAACAAGUAUGGAGUUGGUGAGCCUCUAGAAUCAGAACCUGUUCUUGCAGUGAAUCCAUAUGUGCCACCUGAUCCACCUAAAACACCUGAAGUUACAGCAAUUACAAAAGAUUCCAUGGUUGUCUGUUGGGGCCAUCCUGAUUCUGAUGGUGGGAGCCCAAUAACUAACUAUAUUGUGGAACGUCGAGACAGGGCUGGUCUACGGUGGGUGAAAUGUAACAAAAGGGUUGUUACUGACUUACGCUAUAAAGUGUCUGGACUAACAGAAGGCCAUGAAUAUGAAUACAGAGUCAUGGCUGAAAAUGCUGCUGGAGUCAGUGAGCCAAGCCCAACCAGUCCAUUCUAUAAAGCUUGUGAUACUGUAUUUAAGCCUGGUCCCCCAGGUAAUCCUCGUGUUUUGGAUAGCAGCAAGUCCUCAAUUACAAUAGCAUGGAACAAACCAAUAUAUGAUGGUGGUUCAGAGAUCACAGGUUACAUGGUUGAGAUUGCACUACCUGAAGAAGAUGAGUGGAAAAUUGUAACUCCACCAAUAGGUCUAAAGGCCACUUCUUUUACUAUCACUGAUCUGAAAGAAAAUCAAGAGUAUAAAAUAAGAAUAUAUGCUAUGAACUCUGAAGGUCUUGGAGAACCUGCUCUUGUUCCUGGGACUCCAAAAGCUGAAGAAAGAAUGCUACCUCCAGAGAUUGAACUUGAUGCAGAACUACGUAAAGUUGUCACUAUUAGAGCCUGCUGUACUCUAAGGCUCUUUGUCCCAAUUAAGGGAAGACCAGCACCUGAAGUAAAAUGGGCAAGAGAACAUGAGGAAUCUUUGGAUAGAGCUAGCAUUGAAUCAACAAGCUCUUAUACUUUACUUAUCAUUGAAAAUGUAAAUAGAUUUGAUAGUGGCAAAUACAUACUGACAGUUGAAAACAGCUCAGGUAGUAAGUCAGCAUUUGUGAAUGUCAGAGUUCUUGAUACCCCAGGAGCACCUCAAGAUUUGAAAAUAAAAGAAGUUACAAAAUCUUCAGUUACACUCACAUGGGAACCUCCUCUUAUAGAUGGUGGCUCUAAAAUAAAAAAUUACAUUGUUGAAAAACGUGAAUCGACAAGAAAAGCUUAUUCAACUGUUAAUGCCAAUUGCCACAAGACCAGCUGGAAAGUUGAUUCACUGCAAGAAGGCUGCAACUACUACUUCAGAGUCCUAGCUGAAAAUGAGUAUGGAAUAGGCCUUCCAGUUGAAACUUCAGAAUCCGUGAAAGUAUCAGAAAGACCACUUCCACCAGGGAAAAUAACUUUGUUGGAUGUGACGAGAAAUAGCGUAUCCUUAUCUUGGGAAAAACCUGAACAUGAUGGUGGUAGCAGAAUUUUGGGCUACAUUGUAGAAAUGCAAAGCAAAGGCAGUGAAAAGUGGUCAACCUGUGCUACAGUAAAAGUUACUGAAGCCACCAUCACAGGACUGAUCCAAGGUGAAGAAUACACCUUCCGUGUUUCAGCUCAGAAUGAGAAAGGUAUCAGUGAUCCUCGCCAGCUGGGUAUACCAGUUGUUGCAAAAGAUCUUGUAAUUCCACCAGCUUUCAAACUACUAUUUACCACUUUCAGUGUUCUAGCAGGAGAGGACUUAAAGGUUGAUGUUCCUUUUGUUGGUCGACCCAAACCAGCAGUGCUUUGGCAUAAAGACAAUGUGGCAUUGAAGCAGACUACAAGAAUAAAUGCAGAAAGUUCAGAAAACAACACAGUGUUAACAAUAAAAGAAGCCUGCAGAGAAGAUGUGGGGACAUAUUUAGUUAAACUUACAAACUCUGCUGGUGAAGCAACUGAGACCCUAAAUAUUGUUGUCCUUGACAAACCAGGACCUCCAACCGGACCAGUAAAAGUAGAUGAAGUAACAGCAGAUAGUAUUACCAUUUCCUGGGAACCACCCAAGUAUGAUGGUGGUAGCUCUAUCAAUAAUUACAUUGUAGAGAGAAGAGACACUUCUACCACAACUUGGCACAUUGUGUCAGCUACAGUUGCAAGAACAACUAUAAAAGCAUGUCGUUUAAAGACUGGUUGUGAAUAUCAGUUCAGAAUCGCAGCUGAAAACAGAUAUGGGAAGAGUACAUAUCUCACUUCAGAGUCAAUCAUAGCCCAAUACCCAUUUAAAGUUCCCGGUCCACCUGGAACACCUUUUGUAACAAAUAUCUCAAAAGACAGCAUGGUGGUACAAUGGAAUGAACCAGUCAAUGAUGGUGGUAGCAGGAUCAUUGGGUAUCAUUUGGAGCGUAAAGAAAGAAACAGCAUUCUGUGGGCUAAACUGAAUAAAACACCUAUUCCAGAUACCAAAUUUAAGACAACUGGUCUUGAGGAAGGUCUUGAAUAUGAGUUCAGAGUCUAUGCAGAAAACAUAGUGGGAAUUGGAAAGGCAAGUAGAGGAUCUGAAUGCUAUACUGCACGUGAUCCAUGUGACCCUCCAGGUCGUCCAGAACCUGUAAUUGUCACAAGAAGCUCAGUAACACUUCAGUGGAAGAAACCUAUAUAUGAUGGUGGAAGUAAGAUCACAGGCUAUGUUGUUGAAAAGAAGGAAUUACCUGAUGGCCGUUGGAUGAAAGCAAGUUUUACAAAUGUCAUUGAUACUCAAUUUGAAGUAACUGGUCUAGUUGAAAACCAGAGAUAUGAGUUCCGUGUUAUAGCACGAAAUGCUGCAGGUGUUUUCAGUGAACCGUCUGAGAGCUCAGGGGCAAUUACAGCAAGAGAUGAAGUAGAACCACCCCAUAUAAGUAUGGAUCCAAAAUACAAAGACACUAUUGUAGUGAAUGCUGGUGAGUCAUUCAAGCUUGAUGCUGAUGUUCAUGGCAAACCAAUACCUUCCAUUCAGUGGUUAAAAGGCGAUCAUGAGCUGACAAGCACUGCUCGCAUGGAAAUAAAAAGCACCGAUUUUGCAACAAGCCUUAGUGUGAAGGAAGCCACAAGAGUUGACAGUGGUCAGUAUGUCCUACUGGCAAAGAACGUUGCAGGUGAAAAGAAGGUUCCUGUUAACGUCAAAGUUCUUGAUAGACCUGGACCACCAGAAGGACCUGUUGAGAUUACCGGUGUUACUGCUGAAAAAUGCACAUUGUCAUGGAAACCACCGCUACAAGAUGGUGGUAGUGACAUUUCACACUACAUUGUAGAAAAAAGGGAAACCAGUCGCUUGGUGUGGACUAUCGUUGACUCAAAUGUGCAAACCCUAAAUUGCAAAGUUACAAAACUUUUAGAAGGGAAUGAGUAUGUUUUCCGCAUCAUGGCAGUAAAUAAAUAUGGUGUUGGUGAACCCCUUGAAUCUGAACCAGUACUCGCAAAGAACCCAUUUUCAGUGCCACUUCCACCAAAGGCACCAGAAGUCACAGCCGUUACCAAGGAUUCUAUGAUAGUUGUAUGGGAAAGGCCAGCCUCAGAUGGUGGUAGUGAAAUCCUAGGUUACGUUCUUGAAAAACGAGAUAAGGAAGGUAUUCGCUGGACAAGAUGUAACAAACGCCUGGUCAGUGAACUACGAUACAGAGUGACUGGUCUUAUAGAAAAUCAUGAUUAUGAGUACAGAGUUUCAGCUGAAAAUGCUGCUGGUCUUAGUGAACCAAGCCCACCGUCCACUUACUACAAAGCAUGUGAUCCUAUUUACAAGCCAGGUCCACCCAAUAAUCCUAAAGUUGUGGAUGUUACAAGAUCUUCAGUUUUCCUUUCGUGGGGUAAACCUAUCUAUGAUGGUGGCUCUGAAAUUCAGGGAUACAUUGUGGAAAAAUGUGAUGUAAGUGAUGGUGAAUGGAAAAUUUGUACUCCUGCAACUGGAAUUAAGAAUACCCACAUGGAAGUAGAAAAAUUAGUGGAAAAACAUGAGUACAAAUUCCGCAUAUGUGCAGUUAAUAAAGCAGGAGUUGGAGAGCACGCAGAUGUUCCUGGUUCUGUUAUUGUAGAAGAAAAGAUGGAGGCACCAGACCUUGACCUUGACAUGGAAUUAAGGAAGGUUGUAAAUGUGAGGGCAGGAGGUUCCUUAAGAUUGUUUGUUCCCAUCAGAGGUCGUCCAACACCUGAAGUAAAAUGGGGUAAAGUGGAUGGUGACAUCAGAGAAGCAGCUAUUAUUGAUACCACUAGCAGCUUCACUUCCCUUGUUCUAGACAAUGUUAACAGAUUUGAUACUGGAAAGUACACUCUGACCUUGGAAAACAGCAGUGGAACAAAGUCUGCCUUUGUCAGCGUAAGAGUACUGGAUACCCCGAGUGCACCUGUUAAUUUAAAGAUCAGAGAGAUCACUAAAGACUCUGUUUCACUUUCAUGGGAGCCUCCUCUCUUGGAUGGUGGAGCAAAAAUAAAGAAUUUCAUUAUUGAAAAGCGUGAAGCAACAAGAAAGGCAUAUGCAGCUGUUGUAACCAACUGCCACAAGACUUCAUGGAAAGUAGAUCAACUUCAGGAGGGCUGCUAUUACUUCUUUAGAAUUUCUGCUGAGAAUGAAUAUGGAAUUGGCCUCCCUGCAGAAACUAGUGACCCAAUUAAAGUUGCUGAAGUUCCACAGCCUCCUGGGAAAAUAACAGUGGAUGAUGUCACAAGAAACAGUGUCUCACUAAGCUGGGCAAAACCUGAACAUGAUGGUGGUAGCAAAAUCAUACAAUACAUUGUUGAAAUGCAAGCAAAGGGUAGUGAGAAGUGGUCAGAGUGUGCUCGUGUAAAAACACUUGAAGCAGUUAUUACUAACCUAACUCAAGGGGAAGAAUAUCUUUUUAGAGUAAUGGCUGUAAAUGAAAAGGGUAAGAGUGAUCCUAGAGCACUUGCAGUUCCAAUAGUUGCCAAAGACCUAGUGAUUGAACCUGAUGUUAGACCUGCUUUUCACAGUUACAGUGUUCAAGUGGGACAAGAUCUGAAAGUAGAAAUACCAAUUGCAGGUCGACCUAAACCAACUGUUACCUGGGUAAAAGAUGGCCAGCCAUUAAGGCAGACAACAAGAAUCAAUGUAAGUGAUUCAACUGAUCUCACUAUACUGAAUCUUAAGGAAACUAGCAAAGAGGACAGUGGCACUUAUGAAAUCACUGUGGCUAAUGUUGUUGGGCAAAAGUCUGCCUCUAUUGACAUUAUAACUCUAGACAAACCUGACCCUCCAGUAGGGCCUGUGAAGUUUGAUGAAAUAAGUGCAGAAAGUAUUACCCUGUCAUGGAAUCCCCCAGCGUACACAGGAGGCUGCCAAAUCACCAACUAUGUUGUUCACAAGAGAGAUACAACAACCACUGUAUGGGAAACAGUUUCAGCUACUGUUGCAAGAACUACACUGAAAGUGACUAAACUGAAAACUGGUUCAGAAUACCAGUUCAGAAUAUUUGCUGAGAACAGGUAUGGGCAGAGUUUUGCAUUGGACUCUGCACCAGUUGUAGCACAGUACCCCUACAAGGAACCAGGACCUCCUGGCACACCAUUUGUGACAACGGUUACAAAAGACUCCAUGGUUGUACAGUGGCAUGAACCAGUAAAUGAUGGUGGCAGUAGAGUGUUGGGCUACCAUCUUGAGAGAAAGGAGAAAAACAGCAUUUUAUGGACUAAAGUGAACAAGACUAUUAUUCAGGACACAAGUUUUAAGACAAAUAACCUUGAAGAAGGAAUUGAAUAUGAGUUUCGAGUUUCUGCAGAAAAUAUUGUUGGUGUAGGCAGAACAAGUAAAGUUUCUGAGUGCUAUGUAGCUCGUGAUCCAUGUGAUCCUCCAGGUCGCCCAGAAGCUAUAAUAAUAAAAAGAAGCUCUAUUACUCUACAAUGGACCAAACCAGAAUAUGAUGGUGGAAGUAAGAUUACUGGUUAUAUUGUAGAGAAACGUGACUUACCAGAUGGUCGCUGGAUGAAAGCCAGCUUCACAAAUAUCAUUGAAACUCAGUUCACUGUAACAGGGCUUACUGAAGACCAAAGAUAUGAAUUUAGAGUAAUUGCAAAGAAUGCUGCAGGUGCAAUAAGCAAACCUUCUGACAGUACAGGUCCAAUAACAGCAAGGGAUGAAGUUGAACUUCCACGAAUUUCAAUGGAUCCAAAGUACAAAGACACAAUUGUUGUAAAUGCUGGUGAAACAUUCAGACUUGAGGCUGAUGUUCACGGAAAGCCACUACCAACCAUUAAGUGGUACAAAGGAGAUAAAGAGCUUGAAGAAACUUCUAGAUGUGAAAUAAAGAACACAGAUUUCAGUGCAUUAAUAGUUGUAAAAGAUGCUAUUAGAGUUGAUGGUGGACAGUACAUUUUAGAAGCCUCUAAUGUUGCUGGAACAAAGGCAGUAACAGUAAACGUAAAAGUCCUGGACAGGCCAGGACCUCCAGAGGGUCCAGUCCAAGUGACAGGAGUCACAGCUGAAAAAUGUGCAUUGGCGUGGGCUCCUCCUCUUCAUGAUGGUGGCAGUGAUAUUUCUCAUUAUAUUGUAGAGAAGAGAGAAACUAGUCGCUUGGCAUGGACUGUGGUUGCUUCAGAGGUUUUACCUACAAUGCUGAAAGUAACAAAACUCUUGGAAGGAAAUGAGUAUGUCUUCCGCAUUAUGGCAGUUAACAAAUAUGGGGUUGGGGAGCCAUUAGAAUCUGUGCCAGUGAUGAUGAAAAAUCCAUUUGUGGUUCCUGGACCACCAAAGGCCUUGGAAAUUACCAACAUCACAAAGGAUUCUAUGACUGUCUGCUGGACCCGUCCAGAUAGUGAUGGUGGUAGUGAAAUUGUAGGUUACAUUGUAGAAAAGAGAGACCGAGCAGGCAUCAGAUGGAUAAAAUGCAAUAAACGGCGAAUUACAGAUUUGCGAUUAAGAGUUACAGGAUUAACAGAGGAUCAUGAAUAUGAAUUUAGAGUUUCUGCUGAAAAUGCUGCUGGAGUGGGUGAACCAAGCCAAGUUUCUCCUUACUUUAAAGCUUGUGACCCAAUGUUCAAGCCUGGCCCUCCAACAAAUACCCAUGUUGUGGAUACCACCAAAAGUUCAGUUCUACUUGGUUGGAGUAAACCUAUUUAUGAUGGUGGUUGUGAAAUCCAGGGAUACCUUGUAGAAAUCUGUAAGGCAGAUGAAGAUGAAUGGUCACUUGUUACACCACAAACAGGUAUACGUGCCACUCGAUUUGAAAUCAAAAAGCUUACUGAACAUCAAGAAUACAAAUUACGAGUCUGUGCUCUCAACAAGAUUGGUGUAGGAGAGGCUGCAUCAGUUCCUGGCACUAUUAAACCAGAAGACAAACUUGAAGCUCCAGAACUUGAUAUUGAUUCAGAGCUAAGGAAGGGUAUAGUGGUUAGAGCUGGUGGGUCUGCUAGGAUUCACAUACCAUUUAGGGGACGACCAACACCAGACAUCUCAUGGUCCCGAGAAGAAGGUGAAUUCACAGAAAAAGUUCAGAUUGAUAAAGGCAUAAAUUUCACACAACUUUCAAUUGACAACUGUGAUAGAAAUGAUGCUGGAAAGUAUAUUCUUAAGUUGGAGAACAGCAGUGGUUCUAAGUCUGCAUUUGUUACAGUUAAAGUCUUGGACACACCAGGACCACCACAAAACUUAGUGGUAAAGGAUAUAAAGAAGGAUUCUGCUGUAUUAUCUUGGGAACCGCCCAUUAUUGAUGGUGGUGCAAAGGUAAAGAAUUAUGUAAUAGACAAACGUGAGUCAACCAGGAAGGCAUUUGCAAAUGUAAGUGCUAAGUGUGGUAAGACAAGUUUUAAAGUUGAAAAUCUUACAGAAGGAGCAAUUUAUUACUUCAGAGUUAUGGCUGAAAAUGAAUUUGGAAUUGGUGUUCCAGCUGAAACCAGGGAUGCUGUCAAAGCCUCAGAGCCACCUCUGCCUCCUGGGAAAGUAUUACUCACUGAUGUGACUCAGAGAAGUGCAUCACUUACAUGGGAAAAACCUGAACAUGAUGGAGGUAGCAGAAUUUUGGGAUACAUUGUUGAAAUGCUGCCUAAAGGAACAGAAAAAUGGAGUGUUGUUAGUGAGUCCAAAACAUGCAAUGCAGUGGUGUCUGGUUUGAGUCCAGGACAGGAAUAUCAAUUCCGUGUGAUUGCCUACAAUGAAAAAGGAAAAAGUGAUCCUAGAGCACUUGGAAUUCCUGUGAUAGCUAAAGACUUGACAAUUGAGCCAAGUUUCAAACUGAUGUUUAAUACAUACAGUGUACAAGCUGGAGAAGAUCUAAAAGUAGAAGUACCAUUUAUAGGUAGACCCAAACCUACUAUUACUUGGACAAAAGAUGAGCAACCACUGAAACAGACAACCAGAUUAAAUAUUCAGGAUACAACAACAUCAACGAUCCUACAUAUUAAAGAAAGCAACAAGGAAGACUUUGGUAAAUAUACAGUAACAGCAACAAAUGCAGCAGGUACAGCAACAGAGCAUCUGAGCAUAAUUGUACUGGAAAAGCCUGGCCCACCACGGGGACCUGUCCGAUUUGACGAAGUUAGUGCAGACUUUGUUGUUUUAUCAUGGGAUCCACCUGAUUAUACUGGCGGCUGUCAGAUAAGCAACUAUAUAGUAGAAAAGCGUGACACAAGCACUACCACAUGGAGCAUUGUGUCAGCAACUGUUGCAAGAACAACUAUCAAAGCAACAAAGCUUAAAACAGGUACUGAAUACCAGUUCAGGAUUACUGCUGAAAAUAGAUAUGGAAAGAGCUCUCCUUUGGCUUCUAAACCAAUUGUUGUGCAAUACCCCUACAAGGUGCCUGGACCACCUGGAACCCCAUUUGUAACAGCAACUUCCAAAGACCAUAUGAUUGUACAGUGGCAUGAACCAGUUAAUGAUGGAGGAAGCAAAGUUCUUGGCUACCAUCUUGAGCGUAAAGAUAAGAACAGCAUACUUUGGACAAAACAGAACAAGUCACUCAUUACCGACACCAAAUAUAAAACAGAUGGUCUUGAAGAAGGUCUUGAAUAUGAGUUCAGAGUUUCUGCUGAAAACAUUGUUGGCAUUGGCAAAGUCAGCAAAGUAUCAGAACUGUAUGUUGCCCGAGAUCCUUGUGACCCACCUGGCCGCCCAGAUGCCAUUGUUGUUACAAGAAGUAAUAUUACACUGCAGUGGAAAAAACCAGAAUAUGAUGGUGGAAGCAAAAUAACUGGUUAUAUUGUAGAAAAGAAAGAACUACCAGAUGGUCGCUGGAUGAAAGCCAGCUUUACAAAUGUGUUGGAAACAGAAUUUACAGUAAGUGGUCUUGUCGAAAACCAACGAUAUGAAUUUAGAGUAAUUGCAAGAAAUGCAGCAGGUUGCUUGAGUGAACCAUCUGAAAGUACAGGGCCCAUUACUGCCAGAGAUGAAAUUGAAGCACCAGGGGCUUCAUUGGAUCCUAAAUACAGAGAUGUCAUUGUUGUUCAUGCUGGAGAAACCUUUGUUCUUGAAGCUGAUAUCCAUGGCAAACCUAUUCCUGACAUUUCAUGGUCAAAAGAUGGUAAAGACCUUGAAGAAGCAACUGCAAGAAUGGAAAUUAAAUCUACCAUUCAGAAAACAACUCUCACUGUCAAAGACUGUAUAAGAGUAGAUGGAGGUCACUAUACUCUUAACCUCAAAAAUGUUGGUGGCACCAAAUCUAUACCAAUCACUGUAAAAGUGCUUGACAGACCAGGACCUCCAGAAGGACCUUUGAAGGUUACAGGUGUCACUGCAGAAAAAUGCUACUUGUCAUGGGCUCCACCAUUACAGGAUGGUGGUUCUAAUAUUUCACAUUAUAUCAUUGAGAAGAGAGAGACAAGCAGACUUUCAUGGACACAAGUAGCAACAGAUGUGCAGGCUCUUAACCUCAAAGUAACCAGACUCCUUCCUGGCAAUGAGUACAUUUUCCGUGUAAUGGCAGUGAAUAAAUACGGAAUUGGAGAGCCCUUGGAAUCUGAACCAAUUGUGGCUCGUAAUCCAUACAAACCCCCUGGUCCUCCUUCAACACCUGAAGUUUCAGCAAUCACGAAAGAUUCUAUGGUGGUGACAUGGGGUCGCCCAGAAGACAAUGGAGGAGCUGAAAUUGAAGGUUACAUACUUGAAAAACGAGACAAAGAUGGUAUCCGGUGGACCAAAUGCAAUAAGAAAAGGCUGACAGACUUGCGAUUCAGAGUAACAGGUCUUACUGAUGGGCAUUUCUAUGAAUUUAGAGUUUCUGCUGAAAAUGCUGCGGGGGUAGGGGAACCCAGUGAGCCAUCCAUUUUCUAUCGUGCUUGUGAUGUAUUAUAUCCCCCAGGUCCACCCACCAAUCCAAAGGUUACAGAUACUUCCAGGUCAUCAGUUUCCCUUGCCUGGAGUAAGCCUAUUUAUGAUGGUGGUGCUCCUGUUAAGGGAUAUGUAGUAGAAGUAAAAGAAGCCGCCGCUGAUGAAUGGACUACCUGCACCCCACCAACAGGCCUACAAGCAAAACAGUUCACCGUGACCAAACUAAAAGAGAACCAGGAAUAUAACUUCCGAAUCUGUGCCAUCAACUCAGAAGGAGUAGGAGAACCUGCUACUAUACCUGGUGCAGUCUUAGCAGAGGACAAGAUUGAACCUCCUGAAAUUGAACUUGAUGCAGAUCUCAGAAAAGUAGUCACUGUACGUGCUAGUGGUACAUUACGCCUGUUUGUCACCAUCAAAGGAAGACCAGAACCUGAAGUUAAAUGGGAGAAAGCAGAAGGAACAAUUAGUGAGCGAGCUCAGAUUGAAGUUACCAGUUCCUAUACAAUGCUGGUCAUUGACAAUGUCAAUAGAUUUGAUAGUGGUAGAUACAAUCUUACAUUAGAGAACAACAGUGGCAAAAAAUCAGCUUUUGUUAAUGUCAGAGUGCUUGAUACACCUAGUGCACCUAUAAACCUGACAAUCAGAGAAGUGAAAAAAGAUUUUGUAACUUUAGCCUGGGAACCACCACUUAUUGAUGGUGGAGCUAAAAUUACCAACUAUGUAGUUGAAAAGCGAGAAUCCACAAGAAAGGCAUAUGCCACAGUUACAAACAACUGCACUAAGAAUUCCUUCAAGAUUACUCAACUACAAGAAGGAUGUAGUUAUUACUUCCGGGUUCUAGCUGUAAAUGAAUAUGGGGUUGGCUUACCAGCAGAAACAGCUGACCCAAUUAAGGUGUCUGAACCACCUUCUCCACCUGCAAAGGUCAUGCUUGUUGAUGUGACUCGCAACUCUGUUUCAAUUAAAUGGGAAAAGCCAGAGAGCGAUGGUGGCAGUAAAAUUACUGGUUAUGUAGUAGAAAUGCAAACUAAAGGAAGUGUAAAAUGGAGUGCAUGCACGCAGGUGAAAACAUUAGAAGCAACAAUAACAGGCUUAAGUAUGGGAGAAGAGUACAGUUUCAGAGUGAUUGCUGUUAAUGAAAAAGGAAAAAGUGAUCCAAGAGAACUUGGUGUCCCGGUCAUUGCAAAAGAUAUUGAAAUCCAGCCAUCUGUUGAGCUCCUUUUCAACACAUUCACUGUGAAAGCUGGAGAUGAUCUUAAGAUCGAUAUUCCAUUCAGAGGACGACCUCUUCCAACUGUUAGCUGGAAGAAGGAUGGGAAUCCCUUAAAACAGACAACCAGGGUAAAUGUUCAGACAUCAAAGACUUCAACUUCACUGUCCAUCAAGGAAGCUUCAAAUGAAGAUUUGGGACAUUAUGAAUUACAUCUUUCAAAUACUGCCGGAUCAACAACGGCUUCUUUAACUGUAGUUGUUCUUGACAGACCAGGGCCACCAACUGAUGUUCAUAUUGAUGAAGUUAGUGCUGAUAGUGUAACAUUGUCUUGGAAACCUCCAGAAUAUGAUGGUGGGUGCCAUAUUAGCAAUUACAUUGUGGAGAAGAGAGACACUACCACAACGACAUGGGAGGUAGUAUCUGCAGCAGUUGCAAGAACAUCAAUUAAAGUAUCUCGACUCAUCACUGGAUCUGAAUAUCAGUUCCGUAUUUGUGCAGAAAACCGGUAUGGGAAAAGCACUUACACUAAUUCUCCUUCUGUUGUAGCAGAGUAUCCAUUUAAGCCUCCAGGUCCACCUGGUACUCCUCAUGUGGCACACGCAACUAAAGCUUUCAUGAUUGUAACUUGGCAGGUACCAGUUAAUGAUGGAGGUAGCGUAGUACUAGGAUAUCACUUGGAGCGUAAGGAAAGAAGCAGCAUUCUCUGGACAAAAGUCAACAAGAGCCUUAUAACUGAUACACAAAUGAAAGUUACAGGUCUUGAUGAAGGACUGCUAUAUGAAUAUCGUGUGUAUGCAGAAAACAUUGCUGGAAUAGGCAAAUGCAGUAAAUCAUGUGAACCAGUUGCUGCAAGAGAUCCAUGUGAUCCUCCCGGUCAACCAGAAGUUAUAAAUAUUACAAGAACAUCUGUCUCACUGAAGUGGACUAAACCAGAAUACGAUGGUGGAGCUAAAGUAACAGGAUAUAUUAUUGAACGCAGAGAGAUACCAGAUGGUCGCUGGCUAAAAUGUAAUUUUACUAAUGUGCAAGAAACAUACUUUGACGUAGGUGGACUUACAGAAGACCAGCGAUAUGAAUUCCGUGUUAUUGCAAAGAAUGCUGCUGGACUCUUCAGUCAGCCAUCUGAAUCAACUGGACCUGUGACCGUAAAAGAUGAUGUAGAGGCUCCAAGAAUUAUGAUGGAUGCCAAAUUCAGGGAUGUUGUAGUUGUGAAAGCUGGAGAAGUGUUUAAAGUCAAUGCUGAUAUUGCAGGUCGGCCAAUACCAGUGGUUUCAUGGACAAAGGAUGGUAAGGAGCUUGAAGGAAAAGCUAGAGUUGAAAUAGUCUCAACAGAUUAUACGACUGCAAUAACCAUUAAGGACUGUAUCCGAAGUGAUUCAGGACAGUAUGUACUAACAUUACAAAAUGUUGCAGGAACAAGAUCUUUGGCAAUUAAUUGCAAAGUGCUUGACAGACCUGGCCCACCUGCAGGCCCAUUAGAAAUAAAAGGCCUUACUGCUGAAAAGUGCCAUUUAUCAUGGGGACCCCCUCAAGAAAACGGUGGUGCAGAUAUUGAUUAUUAUAUUGUGGAAAAACGUGAGACCAGCAGAAUUGCAUGGACACUUUGCGAAGGAGAGCUUAGAACAACAUCCUGUAAAGUGACAAAAUUACUAAAGGGUAAUGAGUAUAUUUUCAGAGUGAUGGGAGUUAACAAAUACGGUGUUGGUGAGCCUCUAGAAAGUGUUGCUGUCAAAGCCCUAGACCCAUUUACAGUUCCAAGUCCACCUACAUCUUUAGAGAUUACCAGUGUGAGCAAAGAUUCGAUAACUCUGUGCUGGGCAAGACCUGAGUCUGAUGGAGGCAGUGAGAUCUCUGGCUAUGUAAUUGAAAGGCGUGAGAAAACCAGCCUAAGAUGGAUUCGUGUAAACAAAAAGCCAGUUUAUGAUUUAAGAGUGAAAUCAUCUGGUCUCCGUGAAGGAUGUGAAUAUGAAUUUCGGGUUUAUGCAGAAAAUGCUGCUGGCCUCAGUCUCCCAAGUGAAACCACACCAUUGAUUAAAGCAGAAGAUCCAAUCUUCUUGCCAUCACCCCCAUCUAAACCUAAGAUUAUGGAUUCUACAAGGUCAAAUAUCACAAUUGGUUGGACAAAGCCACUGUUUGAUGGAGGUGCCCCAGUAACAGGAUACACUGUUGAAUACAAGAAAACUGAUGAAACUGACUGGACAACUGCUAUUCAGAAUUUAAGAGGCACAGAAUAUACUAUAAGUGGAUUAGUAUCAGGCUCUGAGUAUGUUUUUAGAGUGAAAUCUAUUAACAAAAUGGGUGUCAGUGAACCAAGUGAUGUCUCAGAACCUCAGCUGGCAAAAGAAAGAGAGGAAGAACCUGCUUUUGAUAUUGACAGUGAAAUGCGGAAGACUUUAAUUGUAAGGGCUGGUGGAUCAUUCACAAUGACUGUUCCUUUCAGAGGCAAACCAGUCCCAAAUGUAACAUGGAACAAACCAGACACUGAUCUUCGUGUACGAGCAAGCAUUGACACUUCAGAUAAUUGUACAUCUCUCACUAUUGAAAAAGCAACAAGGAAUGAUUCUGGAAAAUACACUUUAACACUACAAAACAUCCUGAACACUGCUACAUUGACUUUAAUUGUCAAAGUUCUUGAUACUCCUGGCCCACCAUCUAAUAUUGCAACAAAAGACAUAACUAAAGAAUCUGCUGUGUUAUCCUGGGAUGUUCCUGAAAAUGAUGGCGGAGCACCUGUAAAGAACUAUGUAAUUGAAAAACGAGAAGCUAGCAAAAAAGCAUGGGUCACUGUGACAAACAAUUGUCAUCGCCUGUCCUACAAAGUGACUGGUUUGCAAGAAGGUGGCAUUUACUACUUCCGGGUCUCUGGAGAAAAUGAGUAUGGUGUUGGAGUGCCUUCUGAGACCAAGGAAGGAACAAAAAUAACAGAAAAACCCAGCCCACCAGAAAAACUAGGAGUUACAAAUGUCACAAAGGACAGUGUUUCUCUUUCAUGGCUAAAACCAGAACAUGAUGGUGGAAGCAGAAUUGUGAGCUACCUCAUUGAAGCUCUGGAGAAAGGACAGCAAAAAUGGGUUAAGUGUGCAGUUGUAAAAACAACUCAUCAUGUUGUCCAUGGUCUUAAGGAGAAUACUGACUAUUUCUUCAGAGUGUAUGCAGAAAACCAAGCUGGUUUAAGUGAUCCUAAGGAACUACUACUUCCUGUUACAGUUAAAGAACAAUUAGAAUCUCCUGAGAUUGACAUGAAAGGCUUCCCUCAUAACACUGUAUAUGUUAGAUCAGGAUCAAACCUGAAAGUUGAAAUUCCAGUUUCUGGAAAACCGUUGCCAAAGGUGACAUUGUCUAGAGAUGGUGUUCCACUGAAACCCACUAUGAGAUUUCACACAGAAACCACUGCAGAAAGUCUUGUCAUUAACCUUAAAGAAAGUGUGGCUGCUGAUGCUGGCAGAUAUGACAUUACUGCUGCCAAUUCAAGUGGCACCACAAAAUCAUUUGUUAAUAUUGUUGUGCUGGAUAGACCUGGUCCUCCUGUUGGUCCUGUUGUCCUUAGCGACGUCACUGAAGAGAGUGUAACACUUAGAUGGCAACCACCAGCUUAUGAUGGUGGAAGUCAAGUUACCAACUAUAUUGUACUGAAAAGAGAAACAAGUACUGCAGCUUGGUCUGAAGUGUCUGCAACUGUUGCUAGAACAGUUAUCAAAGUUAUGAGGCUCACGACAGGAGAAGAAUACCAAUUCCGCAUCAAAGCUGAGAACCGCUUUGGCAUCAGUGAUCACAUAGACUCACAGUGUGUGGUUGUCAAGCUUCCUUACACUACCCCUGGCCCUCCUUCCACACCAUGGGUCACCAGUGUCACCCGAGAGAGUAUUACUGUCGGAUGGCAUGAACCAGUCACUAAUGGUGGCAAUGCUAUCAUUGGAUACCACCUGGAAAUGAAAGACAGGAAUAGCAUAUUAUGGCAGAAGGCUAACAAGACGCUUAUUCGCACCACUCAUUUCAAAGUCACCACCAUCAGUGCUGGCCUUAUCUAUGAAUUUAGAGUUUAUGCAGAAAAUGCAGCUGGCAUUGGAAAAGCGAGUCGUCCUUCUGAUCCAGUCCUUGCAAUUGACGCUUGUGAACCACCAAGAAAUGUCCGUGUCUCAGAUAUUUCCAAGACUGCUGUCACUCUCUCCUGGCAGAAGCCAGCAUUUGAUGGUGGUAGCAAGAUCACUGGAUACAUUGUAGAAAAACGUGAUCUUCCAGAUGGCAGAUGGACAAAAGCAAGCUUCACCAAUGUUAUUGAGACUCAGUUCACAGUAUCUGGUCUGACACAGAAUUCCCGCUAUGAAUUCCGCGUCUUUGCUAAGAAUGCCGUUGGUUCCAUCAGUAACCCCUCAGAUGUUGUGGGUCCUAUCACAUGUGUUGAUACAUAUGGUGCACCUGAAAUUGAUGUGCCACCAGAAUAUACAGAAGUGGUGAAAUACAAAGCAGGAACUUCAGUUAAGCUAAAAUUAGGCAUCUCAGGCAAGCCUAUACCCACAAUUGAAUGGUUCAAAAAUGGCAACGAGGUACAAACCAGUGCACUAGUGUCUUUUGAAAACACAACAGAAUUUGCUUCUAUACUCAUCAAGGAUGCAAAUCGACUCAACAGUGGCACCUAUGAAUUAAAACUAAAGAAUGCCAUGGGUUCAGCAUCUGCCCACAUUAGACUACAGAUACUUGACAAGCCAGGACCUCCAACUGGACCUAUACAGUUUAAGUCAGUCACUGCUGAAAAGAUUACAAUAAUGUGGGACCCACCAGCAGAUGAUGGUGGUGCACCUGUAACACACUAUGUUGUUGAAAAGCGGGAGACAAGUCGGGUUGUUUGGUCUUUAAUUUCUGAAAAACUGGAGGGAUGUAUCAUAACUACAACAAAACUCAUCAAAGGAAAUGAAUAUUUGUUCCGUGUCCGUGGUGUGAACAAGUUUGGAAUUGGUGACCCACUUGAAUCUGAACCUGUUAUAGCCAAAAAUUCAUUUGUUACACCCGGACCACCUAGUGUACCAGAAGUCACAAAGAUAACCAAGAAUUCUAUGACCGUUGUCUGGAAUAGGCCCACAGUUGAUGGAGGCAGUGAAAUAUCAGGAUAUUUUCUUGAGAAGCGUGACAAGAAGAGUCUGAGUUGGUUCAAGGUUACUAAAGAAAGUAUUCGAGACACCAGACAGAAAGUAACAGGUCUGACUGAAAACAGUGAAUAUCAUUUCCGAGUUUGUGCUGUCAAUGCAGCUGGACAAGGUCCGUUCUCUGAAGCUUCUGACUUCUACAAAGCUGCAGAUCCUAUUGAUAAGCCAGGCUCACCAACAAAGCUGAAGGUUGUGGAUACAACCAAGACAUCUGUCACCCUUGGCUGGAUUAAACCUACUUACGAUGGAGGAAGUCCAGUUACCAGCUAUGUGGUGGAGAAAAGGGAAGGCGAAGAGCAAGAAUGGACUGUAGUCAGUACCAAGGGAGAAGUGAGAACAACCGAGUAUGUUGUAUCACACCUUCAGCCAAGUGUUAAUUAUUAUUUCCGUGUGUCUGCUAUGAAUUGUGCUGGACAAGGAGAGCCUAUUGAAAUGAUGGAACCCAUUCAAGCUAAAGAUAUUCUUGUGGCACCAGAGAUUGAUCUGGAUGUUGCUCUCCGGACAUCUAUUGUUGCUAAAGCAGGUGAAGAUGUGGAAAUAAUGAUUCCAUUUAAAGGAAGGCCUCCUCCAACAGUCACAUGGAGAAAGGGUGACAAGAAUCUUGGAACUGAUGAAAGAUAUAUAAUUCAGAACACAGAAUCAUCUACAUUACUUAUUAUUCCUCAAGUUACCCGAAAUGAUACAGGAAAAUAUGUUCUUACAAUUGAAAAUGGAGUUGGAGAAGCAAAAUCAUCAUUUGUGAAUGUAAAAGUACUUGACACACCUUCUGCUUGCCAGAAGCUGCAGCUUAAGCAUGUUUCUCGUGGCACAGUUACACUGGUAUGGGAGCCACCUCUUAUUAAUGGUGGUUCUGAAAUAACAAAUUAUGUUGUUGAAAAAAGAGAUGCUACAAAGAGGGCCUGGUCAACUGUUACAACAAAAUGUUCUAAUACCACCUUUAAGCUAACUAACUUGUCAGAGAAGACUUCGUUCUUCUUCCGUGUUCUUGCUGAAAAUGAAAUUGGACUGGGUGAACCUUGUGAGACCUCUGAACCAGUGAAAGCUGCAGAUGUACCUGGACCUGUAAAAGACCUGGCAAUGAAAGAUUCUACAAAGAGUUCUGUUACAUUGCAGUGGAGCAAACCGGACUAUGAUGGUGGUAGCAUUAUAUCAGACUAUGUUAUUGAGAAGAAACUUCAGGAAGAGAAAGAAUGGACAUAUGCAGGCACAAGCAAGAGCUGUGAAUUUGUAGCUGAAAAACUUAAAGAGCUUUCUGUCAUGGAAUUCAGAGUCUUUGCUAAAAAUGAAAAAGGCAUGAGUGACUCUGUUACUGUUGGACCCAUUACAGUGAAGGAACUUAUAAUAACACCUGAGGCUGACCUUUCUGAUAUUCCUGGAGGACAGAUUGCAGUAAGAAUUGGACAUAACCUGCACACUGAAUUGCCCUAUAAAGGUAAACCUAAGCCAUCAAUGAGCUGGCUCAAGGACAACCUCCCUCUUAAAGAAACAGAACAACUUCGUUUCAAGAAAACUGAAAACAAGAUAAGCUUAAGCAUCAAGAAUGUGAAAAAGGAGCAUGGUGGCAAAUAUACUUUAAUUCUUGAUAAUGUAGUCUGCAGAAAAUCAUUCACAUUUACUGUUAUCACUCUUGGUCCUCCAUCUAAGCCAAAAGCACCUUUAAGACUAGAUGAAAUCAAAGCAGAUAGUGUAGUUUUGUCAUGGGAAGCUCCCGAGGAUGAUGGGGGAGGAGAAAUUACUGGAUACAGUAUUGAGAAGAGAGAAACCUCACAAAUGAACUGGAAGCUGGUGUGUUCAAGUGCUGCAAGAACAACCUUCAAAGUGCCAAACCUUGUUAAAGACACUGAAUAUCAGUUUAGAGUCCGUGCAGAAAACAGAUACGGAGUGAGCCCACCUCUUGUCUCAGCAGAUGUUGUGGCAAAGCAUCAGUUUAGACCACCAGGUGCCCCAGGCAAGCCUGUUGUAUACAAUAUAACUGCUGAUGGAAUGACCAUAUCUUGGGAUGCUCCUGCUUAUGAUGGUGGUUCAGAGAUCAUUGGAUACCACGUUGAAAAGAAGGAAAGAAACAGUAUUUUGUGGCAGAAGGUUAAUGUUGCAUUAAUAUCUAGCAGAGAAUACAGGAUUACUGGACUGCUUGAAGGCCUGGAUUACCAGUUCCAAGUAUAUGCUGAAAACGCUGCAGGUCUAAGCCGAGCUAGCGAGCCAAGCAAAUUUACUUUGGCAGUCUCUCCAGUGGACCCACCUGGUACUCCUGAUUACAUAGAUGUCACUAGAGAAACAAUCACCCUCAAAUGGACCCCCCCACUGCGUGAUGGAGGCAGUAAGAUUGUGGCUUACAGCAUUGAGAAACGGCAAGGAAGUAAAGACCGUUGGCUUAGGUGUAACUUUACUGAUGUCAGUGAAUGCCAAUAUACGGUUACAGGACUUAAUGCAGGUGACCGAUAUGAAUUCAGAGUGCUUGCAAGAAAUGCUGUUGGUACCAUCAGCCCGCCUUCACAGUCUUCAGGCUAUAUCAUGACCAGAGAUGAAAACGUUGCUCCAACAAUUGAAUUUGGUGCUGAGCACUUUGAAGGCCUUACUGUUAAAGCUGGAGAGAGCAUUACAGUUAAAGCUCUAAUCAGAGGACGUCCAGUACCUAAAGUGACAUGGUUUAAGGAUGGUAAAGAGAUAGAGAGAACAAUGAAUAUAGAAAUAACUACAGCUAUUGGAUAUAGUACAAUCUUCAUUAGAGAUGCUAUCCGGGAUCAUCGUGGAGUGUACACAGUAGAAGCCAAAAAUGCAUCAGGCACUAAACGAGAAGAUAUUACCAUCAGAGUACAAGACACACCAGGAAAAGUUGGUGGACCAAUACGAUUCACAAACAUCACUGGAGAAAAAGUCACAUUAUGGUGGGAGCCUCCAGCUAAUGAUGGUUGUGCUUCUAUUUCUCACUACAUAAUUGAAAAACGUGAAACCAGCAGGAUUGCUUGGGCAUUAGUUGAAGAUAAAUGUGAAGCUUGCAGCUACACAGCACUUAAAUUAAUUAAGGGCAAUGAGUACCAGUUCCGCAUCUCUGCAGUGAACAAAUUUGGAGUUGGCAGACCACUGGAGUCUGAUCCAGUUAUUGCACAAAUACCUUACACUCUCCCUGAUGCACCAGGAACUCCAGAGCCUACCAACGUAACAGGAGACAGUAUCACACUUACAUGGGCAAGACCAGAGUCAGAUGGUGGAAGCGAGAUAAAUGAGUAUAUUCUUGAAAGGAGAGAAAAGAAGAGCAUGCGCUGGGUUAAAGUAUCCAGUAAGAGGCCCAUUACUGAGAACAGAUACAGAGUAACUGGCCUUAUUGAAGGCAAUGAGUAUGAGUUCCAUGUCAUGGCUGAAAAUGCUGCAGGAGUUGGACCUGCAAGUGAUGUUUCAAAGCUGAUUAAAUGUAGAGAACCAGUCAGCCCACCAAGUGCUCCUAAUGUUGUAAAGGUGACAGAUACAUCAAAGACUAGUGUAAGCUUAGAGUGGACAAAGCCAGUUUUUGAUGGAGGCAUGGAAAUAAUUGGGUACAUCAUUGAGAUGUGCAAAGCUGACCUUGAAUCAUGGCAGAAAGUCAAUGCAGAGACUGUUAUUGCUACUAAAUAUACCGUUGUUGAUUUGGAGGCAGGAGAACACUAUAAAUUCAGAGUUAGUGCUGUCAAUGGCGCUGGCAAAGGAGAGAGUUGUGAAAUUGCUGCUUCAGUCCAAACUGUGGACAGGCUUUCUGCACCCGAAAUUGAUAUCGAUGCAAACUUCAAGCAGACUCAUAUUGUAAGAGCAGGUGCAAGCAUUCGUCUAUUUAUUGCCUUCUCUGGAAGGCCUGUUCCUACUGCAGUGUGGUCCAAAGCAGAUGCUAAUCUCAGCUUGCGUGCUGACAUUCAAACAACUGAUUCUUUCAGCACAUUGACUGUGGAGGAAUGCAAUAGAAAUGAUGCUGGCAAGUAUGUCUUUACUGUGGAAAACAACAGUGGAAGUAAGUCUAUUACAUUUACUGUCAAGGUUUUGGACACGCCUGGUCCACCAGGUCCUAUUACAUUUAAAGAUGUGACUCGAGGAUCUAUUACUUUAAUGUGGGAUGCUCCUGUUCUGGAUGGAGGUUCUCGUAUCCAUCACUACGUUGUGGAAAAACGUGAAGCAAGUCGUCGCAGCUGGCAAGUAGUGAGUUCAAAAUGCACUCGACAGAUCUUUAAGGUCACAGAUCUAGCAGAAGGUGUGCCAUAUUACUACCGAGUAUCAGCAGAAAAUGAAUAUGGUGUAGGUGAACCCUGUGAAUUAACAGAACCGGUUGUAGCCACGGAAGAACCCGCUCCACCUAAGAGACUAGAUAUUGUUGAUACCACCAAAUCUUCUGUAGUUUUAGCUUGGCUUAAGCCUGAUCAUGAUGGUGGUAGCCGUAUUACUGGAUACCUUCUUGAAAUGAAACAAAAAGGAUCUGACUCCUGGAUUGGAGCUGGACAAACCAAGCAACUUACUUUCACUGUUGAAGGCCUUGUGGAGAACACUGAAUAUGAGUUCCGGGUGAAGGCGAAAAAUGAUGCUGGCUACAGUGAGCCAAGAGAAGCUUUCUCUUCUGUUAUUGUUAAGGAGCCACAGAUUGAACCAACAGCAGAUCUCAGCGAUAUAAGCAGACAGCUCAUAACAUGCAAGGCUGGAAGCACGUUUACGAUUGAUAUACCAAUCAGUGGGCGCCCAGCUCCAAAAGUGACAUGGAAACUUGAGGAGAUGAAGCUGAAGGAAACUGAGAGAGUGACUAUCAAGACAACAAAAGACAGAACCACACUGACUGUAAAGGACAGUAUGAGAGGUGACUCUGGUAAAUACUACCUUACACUUGAAAACACUGCUGGUGUGAAAACAUUUGCUGUCACGGUGGUAGUCAUAGGAAGACCAGGUCCUGUCACUGGCCCAAUUGAAAUAUCAUCUGUCUCUGCUGAGUCCUGUGUGUUGACUUGGAAAGAACCUGAAGAUGAUGGUGGCAGUGACAUUACAAACUACAUUGUAGAGAAACGUGAGUCUGGCACAACAGCAUGGCAGCUGGUAAAUUCCAGUGUGAAACGAACACAGAUUAAAGUCAGUCAUCUCACAAAAUACCAAGAGUACAGUUUCCGAGUAAGCUCAGAAAAUAGAUUUGGUGUCAGCAAGCCGCUUGAAUCAAAAACAGUAGUUGCUGAGCAUCCAUUUGUCCCACCAAGCCCACCUUCAAGGCCAGAAGUCUAUUCUGCAUCUGCCACUGCCAUGGCCAUUCGCUGGGAGGAACCCUAUCAUGAUGGUGGCAGCAAAGUCAUUGGGUAUUGGGUGGAAAAGAAGGAGCGCAACACCAUCCUUUGGGUGAAAGAGAACAAAGUGCCCUGCUGUGAAUGCAACUACAAAGUCACAGGGUUGGUGGAAGGCCUAGAAUAUCAGUUCAGAACCUAUGCUCUAAAUGCUGCAGGUGUUAGCAAAGCUAGUGAAGCUUCCAGACCUGUAGUGGCUCAAAAUCCAGUUGAUCCACCAGGAAGACCAGAAGUAACAGAUGUGACCAGAUCUACAGUGUCACUGAGCUGGUCACCCCCACUUUAUGAUGGUGGAAGCAAAAUUAUUGGAUAUAUUAUAGAGCGCAAACCAUAUAAUGAAUCUGGUGAUGGACGCUGGCUGAAAUGCAAUUAUACCAUUGUCUCAGAAAACUUCUUUACUGUGACAGCUCUUGGUGAAGAUGAAGCCUAUGAAUUCCGUGUACUAGCAAAGAAUGCUGCUGGUGUGAUUAGCAAAGGAUCUGAAUCAACUGGUGCUGUCAUUUGCAAAGACGAAUACUCACCACCAAAGGCUGAACUUGAUGCCAGACUGCAGGGAGAAGUUUUGAGCAUUAGAGCUGGAUCGGACCUUGUUCUUGAUGCAGCUGUUGGUGGGAAACCAGAACCAAAAGUCUUCUGGUCCAAAGGUGACAGGGAACUGGACCUAUGUGAAAAGAUAUCCCUGCAAUACACCAGCAAACGAGCUAUUGCAAUUAUCAAGUUCUGUGACAGAAGCGAUAGUGGAAAAUAUACUCUAACAGUUAAAAAUGCCAGUGGAAUGAAACAACUUUCCGUUCUUGUCAAAGUGCUUGAUUCACCAGGUCCAUGUGCAGGCAAAAUCAUGAUUAGCAGAGUAACAGAAGAGAAAUGUACUCUGGCAUGGAACAUUCCUGAGGAAGACGGAGGUGCAGAAAUCACUCACUAUAUCAUAGAAAGGCGUGAAACCAGCAGACUUCACUGGGUUAUUGUUGAGGCUGAAUGCCAGACAUUAUCCACUGUGGUAACAAAACUUAUUAAAAAUAAUGAAUACAUCUUCCGUGUGAGAGCUGUCAACAAAUAUGGACCAGGUGUUCCACUUGAAUCGGAACCCGUGAUUGCCAGGAAUGCUUUCACUAUUCCAACACAACCUGGUGCUCCUGAAGAAGUGAGCGUUGGCAAGGAACAUAUCAUUAUUCAGUGGUCGAAACCAGAAUCAGAUGGUGGUAGUGAGAUUAAGGACUAUCUUGUGGACAAACGUGAAAGGAAAAGUCUACGCUGGACACGAGUGAACAGAGAUUACACCAUUUAUGAUACCAGACUGAAAGUCACUGGUCUCAUGGAAGGGUGCCAGUACCAAUUCCGUGUCACUGCAGUGAAUGCUGCUGGAAACAGUGAACCUAGUGAAGCUUCACAGUACAUGUUAUGUAAAGAACCAACAUAUACUCCUGCAUCACCUUCAGUUCCAAGAGUUGUGGAUACUACUAAGCACAGCAUAAGCUUAGCAUGGUCAAAGCCCACAUACGAUGGUGGUGCUGACAUCUUAGGCUAUGUUCUUGAGAUGAAAGAAGAAGGUAGUGAGCAGUGGUAUCGACCACAUACAACCGCUACUCUGAGGAAUGCUGAGUUCACCGUGACUGGUCUUAAAACAAACCAGAAAUACCAAUUCAGAGUUGCUGCUACAAAUGUGAAUGGUAUGAGUGAAUUUAGUGAAUCAUCAGCAGAAAUAGAACCUGUGGAAAGAAUAGAAAUACCUGAGCUUGAGCUUGCUGAUGAUCUGAAGAAGACGGUUACAGUCAGAGCUGGUGGUUCCCUCCGCCUAAUGGUCUCUGUAUCUGGCAGACCCUCUCCUGUAAUCACAUGGAGCAAGCAGGGUGUUGACCUUGUAAGUCGAGCUAUUAUUGAUACUACAGACAGCUACACUCUGCUUAUUGUGGAUAAAGUUAAUCGAUAUGAUGCUGGAAAAUACAUCAUUGAGGCUGAAAAUCAAUCUGGAAAAAAAUCUGCAACUAUUUCUGUGAAAGUGUAUGAUACACCUGGUCCACCAUCGUCAGUGAAAGUUAAGGAAGCAUCAAAAGAUUCUGUGACACUUACUUGGGAUAUUCCAAACAUUGACGGUGGAGCCCCAGUCAACAAUUACAUAAUCGAGAAACGUGAAGCUUCCAUGAGAGCUUACAAGACUGUGACUACCAAAUGCAGCAAAACAUUUUAUAGAGUCACUGGACUUCUAGAAGGAGCUUUGUAUUAUUUCAGAGUACUGCCAGAAAAUAUUUAUGGCAUUGGUGAAGCUUGUGAAACAUCUGAUGCAGUACUAGUAUCUGAUGUCCCCAUGGUACCACAAAAACUCGAAGUGAUUGACACCACUAAAUCAACUGUUACUCUUGCAUGGGAGAAGCCACUGCAUGAUGGUGGCAGCAGAUUGACAGGCUAUGUUAUUGAGGCCAGCAAAGCUGGAACAGAAAGAUGGUUGAAGGUAGUGACACUGAAGCCUACUGUCUACGAACAUACAAUUAUCUCUCUCAAUGAAGGCGAACAGUACUUGUUCAGGGUUAGAGCACAGAAUCAGAAAGGCGUGUCAGAACCACGAGAGAUUGUCACAGCAGUAACAGUCCAAGACCAAAAAGUUCUGCCAACAAUUGACUUUGCUGGAAUACCUCAGAAGACAAUUCAUGUACCUGCUGGCAAGCCCAUUGAGUUAGCCAUUCCAAUUGAAGGACGACCACCUCCAACUGCAUCUUGGUUCUUUGCUGGUUCUAAACUAAAAGAAUCAGAACGCAUCAAAAUGGAGACUGUUGCCAAAAUGACUAAAUUAACUGUGCGUGAGACCACCAUACAUGACACCGGAGACUAUACACUUGAACUGAAGAACACAACUGGAACAGUUACUGAUACACUAAAGGUUAUAAUCCUUGACAAACCUGGACCACCUGUUGGACCUAUCCGAAUUGACGAAGUUGAUUCAAAUUAUGUAACCGUCUCCUGGGACCCACCUGAGCUGGAUGGUGGAGCUGCCCUUAGUGGAUAUGUGGUAGAACAGCGUGAUGCUCACCGUCCUGGAUGGCUGCCAGUUUCAGAGUCAGUAACCAGGACAACAUUUAAGUUCACCAGACUUGUUGAAGGUGCAGAAUAUGUGUUCCGUGUGGCUGCUACAAACCGCUUUGGAAUCGGAUCUUACCUACAGUCUGAAAUUAUAGAAUGCAAGAGCAGAAUCCGUAUUCCUGGUCCUCCUGGCACUCCAGAAGUGUUUGAUAUCUCUCGAGAUGGCAUGACAUUAACUUGGUAUCCUCCAGAAGAUGACGGUGACUCACAGAUCACUGGUUAUAUUGUUGAACGCAAAGAAGUUAGAGCAGAUAGAUGGAUCCGUGUAAAUAAAGUCCCAGUUACUAUGACUCGUUACCGUUCCACUGGGUUGGUCGAAGGACUGGAAUAUGAACACCGAGUCACAGCAAUCAAUGCCAGAGGCACUGGGAAACCCAGCCGUCCUUCCAAGUCUGCUGUUGCCAGAGAUCCAAUUGCUCCUCCAGGUAAACCUCAGAAUCCAAGAGUCACUGAUACUACAAGAACAUCUGUCUCCCUGGCCUGGAGUCCCCCAGAAGAUGAAGGUGGUUCUAAAGUUACUGGCUACUUAAUUGAGAUGCAGAAGGUUGAUCAAUUUGAAUGGACCAAAUGCAACACUACGCCAACCAAGAUUCGUGAAUACACCUUGACACAUCUUCCCCAGGGUGCAGAGUACAGAUUCCGUGUGCUAGCCUGUAAUGCUGGUGGGCCAGGAGAACCUGCUGAAGUGCCAGGAACAGUCAAAAUAACAGAAAUGCUUGAAUAUCCUGACUAUGAACUUGACGAAAAAUACCAAGAAGGUCUCAUGGUGAGACAAGGUGGAGUAAUCAGGCUUACAAUACCCAUUAAGGGUAAGCCCAUCCCAGUAUGCAAAUGGACAAAAGAAGGACAAGACAUCAGCAAGAGGGCCAUGAUUGCGACUUCUGAGACUCACACAGAACUUGUGAUCAAAGAUGCAGAAAGAGAAGAUUCAGGAACCUAUGAUUUGGCACUUGAAAACAAGUGUGGCAAAAAAGCUGUGUAUAUUAAAGUCAGAGUGAUUGGCAUUCCAAAUCCACCAGAAGGGCCACUGGAGUAUGAUGAUAUACAAGCUCGUUCCGUCAGAGUAAGCUGGAGACCUCCUACAGACGAUGGUGGUGCAGAUAUCCUAGGUUAUAUUGUUGAGAGAAGAGAAGUACCAAAGACUGCCUGGUACACUGUUGACUCCAGAGUGAAAGGGACAUCACUGGUGGUGAAAGGGCUCAAAGAAAAUGUGGAAUAUCACUUCCGUGUUUCUGCUGAAAACCAUUUCGGUAUUAGCAAAUCUCUCAAAUCUGAAGAACCAGCAGUACCAAAGACACCUCUAAAUCCUCCAGAGCCUCCAAACAACCCACCUGAAGUGCUUGAUGUUACAAAGAGUUCUGUCAACUUGUCCUGGUCCAGACCUAAAGAUGACGGUGGUUCUCGUGUAACUGGCUACUACAUUGAACGUAAAGAGACAUCUACAGAAAAAUGGGUCCGGCAUAAUAAGACACAGAUUACCACUACAAUGUACACAGUCACAGGACUUGUUCCAGAUGCUGAAUAUCAAUUCCGUAUCAUUGCUCAAAAUGACAUUGGUGAAAGUGAAGCAAGUCCUGCUUCUGAACCAGUUGUAUGCAAGGAUCCAUUUGACAAACCAAGCCAACCUGGAGAAAUUGAGAUCACUUCUAUAUCUAAGGACAGCAUUACAUUAGAAUGGGAAAGACCUGAAAGUGAUGGUGGGAAAGAGAUCCUUGGCUACUGGGUUGAAUAUCGCCAGUCUGGAGAAAGCACCUGGAAAAAAUGCAAUAAGGAACGCAUCAAGGACAGGCAGUUUACAGUAGGAGGUUUACUAGAGGCUACAGAAUAUGAGUUCCGUGUUUUCGCAGAAAAUCAGACUGGCCUCAGCAGACCGCGCAGGACUGCUAUGGCAGUGAAAACUAAAUUAACAUCUGGAGAAGCACCUGCCAUCAGAAAAGAAAUGCAGGACGUUACAACUAAACUGGGUGAGGCGGCUCAACUGACAUGCCAGAUUGUUGGGAGACCUUUGCCUGAUAUUAAAUGGUACCGCUUUGGCAAAGAACUGGUGCAAAGCCGAAAAUACAAAAUGUCAUCUGAUGGACGCAAUCAUACACUGACAGUAAUGACAGAGGAACAGGAGGAUGAAGGUCUCUACACUUGUAUGGCUACCAAUGAUGUCGGAGAAAUUGAAACUAGUGGCAAACUAUUAUUGCAGGCUCCUCCUCAGUUCCAUCCUGGCUUCCCAUUGAAAGAGAAAUACUACGCAGGUGCAGGUGGCACCCUCCGCCUUCACGUUGUGUAUAUUGGCCGACCAGUACCAGCAAUAACCUGGUUUCAUGGCAACAAACCUUUGAGAGGAUCAGAAACAGUUACUAUUGAGAACACAGAACAUUAUACUCAUCUUGCUAUUAAGAAUGUCCAGCACAAGACUCAUGCUGGGAAGUACAAAGUACAACUCAGUAACACAUUUGGAACGGUUGACACUGUACUUAAUGUGGAAAUACAAGAUAAACCAGAUAAACCAGCAGGGCCAAUUGUUAUAGAGUCUAUACUGAAGAAUUCUGUGGUGAUAAGCUGGAAACCCCCAGAGGAUGAUGGAGGUGCUAUGAUAACCAAUUACAUCAUAGAGAAACGUGAAGCCAAGGAAGGAACAGAAUGGCAACUUGUAUCUUCAAGCAUUUCAGGCACAACCUGUAGAAUUGUUAACCUAACUGAAAAUGCAGGCUAUUAUUUCCGUGUUUCUGCUCAGAAUACAUAUGGCAUUAGUGAAGCACUGGAGGUCUCAUCAGUUGUUUUCAUAAAGCCUCCAUUUGAAAAACCAGGACAACCUGGCCAGCCAGUAGCAAGUGCUGUCACAAAGGAUUCCUGUGUUGUCUCAUGGAAGCCACCUGCAAGUGAUGGCGGUGCAAAGAUUAGAACUUAUUAUCUUGAGAAACGUGAGAAAAAACAAAACAAGUGGAUUUCUGUAACAACAGAUGAAAUUCGUGAAACAGUCUACUCUGUGAAAGAUCUUAUUGAAGGUCUUGAAUAUGAGUUCCGUGUAAAAUGUGAAAACCUUGGUGGUGAAAGUGAGUGGAGUGAGGUAUCCCAACCAGUCAUUCCAAAAUCUGAUGUCCCCAUUAAAGCUCCACAUUUCAAGGAAGAACUAAGGAAUCUGAAUGUGAAAUUUCAAGCUAAUGCCACGUUUGUCUGCAAAGUCACCGGUCAUCCUAAGCCAAUUGUCAAGUGGUACAGACAGGGCAAAGAAAUCAUGCCAGAUGGGGAAAAGAUCAAGAUACAGGAAUUCAAGGGUGGAUUUUACCAGCUGGUCAUCACAAAUGUAACAGAUGAUGAUGCCACAGUAUAUCAAGUUAGAGCUACCAACCAAGGAGGAUCUGUGUCUGGCACUGCCUCUUUGGAUGUUGAAGUUCCUGCAAAGAUUCACUUGCCCAAAAACCUGGAAGGCAUGGGAGCUGUUCAUGCUCUCCGAGGGGAAGUGGUGAGCAUCAAGAUUCCAUUCAGUGGCAAGCCUACCCCCGUGAUCACAUGGCAGAAGGGACAAGAUCUCAUUGAUACUAAUGGACACUACCAAGUCAUUGUUACACGAUCAUUCACAUCUCUUGUUUUCCCAAAUGGUGUUGACAGAAAAGAUGCAGGGUUUUACAUUGUUUGUGCCAAAAACAGAUUUGGGAUUGAUCAAAAAACAGUUGAAUUAGAUGUGGCUGAUGUGCCGGAUCCACCAAGAGGUCUAAAAGUAACUGACAUUUCAAGGGAUUCAGUCAACUUAACCUGGAAUGAACCAGCUACAGAUGGUGGAAGCAGAAUCAUAAACUACAUUGUUGAGAAACGUGCUACAACAGCAGAGCGAUGGAUUCGUGUUGCACAAGCUCGUGAUACACGAUACACAGUGGUGAACCUAUUUGGUAAGACCACCUACCAGUUCCGUGUAAUUGCAGAAAACAAGUUUGGCCAAAGUCAGCCUUCUGAACCCACCGAUCCAGUUGUAACAAAGGAAGAUAAGACUAGAAUAAUGAACUAUGAUGAAGAAGUUGAUGAGACCAGAGAAGUCACAGCAGCUAAAGCAGCUCACUAUUCUACAAAGGAACUCUAUGACAAAUAUAUGAUCGCAGAAGAGCUUGGACGUGGGCAAUUUGGCAUUGCACACCGCUGUGUUGAGGCAGUUUCAAAAAAGACUUACCUGGCAAAGUUUGUCAAAGUAAAGGGCGCUGACCAAGUUUUGGUAAAGAAAGAAAUUUCCAUUCUAAACAUUGCUAGGCACCAAAAUAUCCUGUAUCUUCAUGAAUCAUUUGAGAGCCUAGAAGAAUUGGUCAUGAUAUUUGAAUUCAUUUCUGGAGUUGACAUCUUCGAAAGAAUCAGCACACCUUCAUUUGAACUGAAUGAAAGAGAAAUAGUAAGUUAUGUACGCCAGGUCUGUGAUGCACUAGAAUUUUUACAUCGCCAUAGCAUUGGACAUUUUGAUAUUAAACCAGACAAUAUUAUUUACUUCACAAGAAGAAGCUCUGUAGUUAAAAUUGUUGAAUUUGGUCAAGCCAGACAAUUGAGGCCUGGAGAUAGCUUUAGACUCCAGUUCACUGCCCCUGAAUAUUAUGCACCUGAAGUACAUCACCAUGACUUGGUCAGCACAGCUACUGACAUGUGGUCAGUUGGUGCUCUAUCAUACAUACUUCUCAGUGGCCUUAAUCCUUUCAUUGCUGAAACAAACCAACAAGUUAUUGAAAAUAUUCUAAAUGCUGAAUACAGCUUCGAUGAUGAAGCAUUCAAAGACAUAAGUGUUGAGGCCAUGGACUUCAUUGAUCGUCUACUAGUAAAAGAAAGAAAAUCUCGGAUGACAGCUGCUGAAGCUCUUAAUCAUGUGUGGCUAAAACAGCAGACAGAAAAGACCAGCACUAAAGCCAUCAAGACCUUGAGGCACAGGCGUUACUACCAAACUCUAGUAAAGAAGGAGUGGAACACAGUUGUGUCAGUAGCCCGCAUUUCCUGUGGAGGCGCAAUUAGAUCCCAGAAAGGCAUAACGGUUGCUAAAGUCAAAGUUGCACCAAUAGACAUUGGGCCCAUUGCUGGGCAGAUAAAGCAUAAUGUUGCAGAAGAAGGAGGGCAUGCCAAAUAUGUAUGUACGAUUGAAAACUAUGAUGAAUCCACACAAGUCACAUGGUACUUUGGUAUGAGACAAUUAGAAAGCAAUGAGAAAUAUGAAAUCAAAUAUGAAGAAGGUGUGGCAACCAUGUAUGUCAAAGAUGUUUCUAAAUCAGAUGAUGGUACCUACAGAUGCAAGGUAGUAAAUGACUAUGGUGAAGACAGCUCUUAUGCAGAACUUUUUGUUAAAGGUGUGAGGGAAAUUUCUGAGCACUACAGAUGCAGAACUGUUAGAAAAGUGAAACGACGGGUUGAUACUAUGAGACUGCUAGAGCAUCCACCAGAAUUCACUCUGCCUUUGUAUAACCGCACUGCGUAUGUCGGAGAAAAUGUCAGGUUUGGAGUCACUAUAACAGUUCACCCAGAACCUCGCCUAACAUGGUUCAAAUCAGGCCAGAAAAUCAAACCUGGUGAUGAUGAUAAGAAGUAUACUUUUGAAUCAGACAAGGGGCUUUAUCAACUAGUCAUCAAUAACGUCACUGAAGAGGAUGAUGCUGAAUACAGUAUAGUGGCACGCAAUAGAUUUGGUGAAGACAGCUGCAAAGCUAAGCUGACUGUGAUUCCACACCCGCCUCCAGCAGAUGCCACACUCAGGCCAAUGUUUAAAAGACUGCUGGCAAAUGCUGAAUGUCAAGAAGGCCAAAGUGUCAGUUUUGAGAUCAGGGUAUCUGGUGUACCAAAACCAACGCUGAAAUGGGAAAAAGAUGGUCAACCUCUAUCCUUUGGUCCCAACUUUGAUAUAAUUCACGAAGGUUUAGAUUAUUAUGCUUUGCAUAUCAGAGAUACUUUACCAGAAGACAGUGGCUAUUACAGAGUUACUGCUACUAACAGUGCUGGAUCUACAAGCUGUCAGGCUUAUCUAAAAGUUGAACGCUUGAAAUAUGUCAAGCGUGAGUACAAGACUGAAGAAGAGCGGGAGAAGCAUGUACAAAGGCAAAUUGACAAGACCUUACGAAUGGCAGAAAUUCUUGCUGGGGUUGAAGCUGUUCCACUGACACAAACUGCACAAGAGGCUCUCAGAGAAGCUGCUAUUUUAUAUAAACCAGCUGUUAGCUCAAAGACUGUCAAAGGUGAAUAUGAAAUUAAGAAAGAGGAAAAGAAGGAGGAAAGAAGACUUCGUAUGCCAUACGAGGUCCCAGAGCCUCGCAAACAUGUACGUGCUGCUCUUGAGGAAGAUCAGAAUAUUAAACACUAUGUGCCUCUGUCAGACAUGAAGUGGUACAAGAGGCUGCGAGACCAGUAUGAAAUGCCAGGAAAACUUGAGAGGACUGUUCAGAAACGCCAGAAACGCAUACGUCUUUCCAGGUGGGAACAAUUUUACGUGAUGCCACUACCACGCAUUUCUGACCAGUACAAGCCUAAAUGGCGCAUACCAAAGCUAACACAAGAUGAUCUUGAAAUUGUGAGACCAGCACGUCGGCGUACCCCAUCUCCAGAGUAUGAAUAUUACUACAGGCCAAGGCGGCGUUCACUUGGCGACUUGUCUGAUGAGGAAUUGCUUAUGCCUAUAGAUGACUACUUAGCCAUGAAGAGAACUGAAGAGGAAAGACUGCGCCUUGAAGAAGAGCUGGAGUUAGGCUUUUCUGCUUCCCCACCAAGUAGAAGCCCCCCCCGCUUUGAACUGUCUGCCCUUCGGUAUUCUACUGCAGCAGCACAGGUCAGUUCAGAGGAAGAAAGAAAAAGAGAGCUGAGGUAUUCAAGCUAUCACAUCCCAACUAAAGCUGAGACCAGUGCAAGCUAUGCAGAACUUCGUCAACGCCAUGACAGGGCUGCCUACAGACCACCUAAACAAAAGCAAAGAAUAAUGGAUGAGAGGGAGGAUGAAGAAUUGCUCCGUCCUGUUGGCACUGCUCAACGACUCUCUGAAUACAAGAGUGAGCUCAAAUAUAUGGCAGAAGAAGAAAAGAGUAGACUCAGGAGAAGGAGGGAAAGAGAAAUAACUGAGAUCACAUCAGAAGAAGAAGAAGAAAUAGAAAUGGUGCAACAUGUUCACAGGGAAUUUUCACCUCCCUCUAGACUAUUAAGGAGAAGAAGAUCCCUUUCUCCAACUUACAUUGAGUUGAUGCGUCCUGUAUCUGAAUUAAUUCGACCUCGCUCACGGCCUCCUGAAGAAAGUGAGAGAAGAUCCCCAACACCAGAGAGAACUCGACCACGCUCACCUAGCCCAGUUUCUAGUGAAAGAUCUCUCUCGCGGUUUGAGAGGAUGGCAAGAUUUGAUAUAUUUUCUAGAUAUGAGUCCAUGAAAUCUGCUUUGAAAACUCAAAAAACUAUGGAAAGGAAAUAUGAAGUUCUGACUCAGCAGCCUUUCACCCUUGACCAUUCCCCUCGCAUUACCCUGAGAAUGCGUUCACACCGGGUACCAUGUGGCCAUAAUACCAGGUUCAUUCUAAAUGUCCAAUCAAAACCAACUGCUGAAGUGAAAUGGUAUCAUAAUGGCAUUGAGCUCCAGGAGAGCAGUAAGAUACACUUUACUAAUACCAGUGGUGUGUUAACUCUGGAGAUUCUUGACUGCCACAUUGAUGACAGUGGAACCUACCGGGCUGUAUGCACAAACUACAAAGGGGAAUGUUCUGAUUAUGCAACGCUAGAUGUUACUGGAGGAGAUUACACUACAUACUCUUCCCAGAGGAGAGAUGAAGAAGUACCAAGGUCAAUUUUACCUGACUUGACAAAAACAGAGGCAUAUGCAAUCUCUUCAUUUAAGAAAGCAUCUGCUACAGAAGCUAGUUCCUCAUUAAGAGAGGUCAAAUCAGAAAUGUCAGCAACAAGAGAAUCACUUUUAUCCUAUGAACACUACGCUGCUUCUGAAGAAAAAGUCACUGCAGCUGAAGAAAAAUCAUUGGAAGAAAGGACUGUACACAAGGCAUUUAAAAGCACUCUACCAGCAACAAUCCUUACAAAGCCACGAUCAAUCACAGUUUCUGAAGGGGAGACUGCGAGAUUUUCCUGUGAUGUUGAUGGUGAACCAGCACCAAUAAUAACAUGGUUCCGUGCAGGUCAACCCAUUGUUUCUUCGAGGCGCUUCCAAGUAACACGAACACAGUACAAGUCUACCUUUGAAAUUUCUUCAGUCCAGAUGUCAGAUGAAGGAAGUUACACUGUUGUAGUGGAAAACUCUGAAGGAAGACAGGAAGCGCAUUUUACUUUGACCAUCCAAAGAACAAAAAUUCCCGAAAAAACAAUUACAUCACCUCCAAGGAUCAAAUCUCCCGAGCCUCAUGUAAAGUCUCCAGAGCCAGUUAAGUCUCCUAAACGAGUGAAAUCUCCUGAACCCAUCAGCAGUCCCCCAAAAGCUAAGUCACCACCUGGAGACAAAACAGUACCAGCAGAGAAAGUACAAUUACCAGCUGCUUCUCCACCAAAGAUAAAACAGCAUCUGAAAGCAGAAGCUCUUGGAGAUAAGGUAAAGUUAUCCUGUGCAGUUGAAAGCAAUGUUUUAAGUGUCAGAGAAGUGGCUUGGUAUAAGGAUGGUAAAAAACUUAAAGAAGACCAUCAUUUCAAGUUUCAUUAUUCAGCAGAUGGCACUUAUGAGCUCAAAAUCCAUGAGCUUAUGGAAUCUGAUAAAGGAGAAUACACCUGUGAAAUUAUUGGGGAAGCAGGUGUUUCAAAAACUAACUUCCAGUUUACUGGCCAAGUAUUUAAAAAUAUCCAUUCCCAGGUAAGAAGUGUAUCUGAAUCUCAUAAAUCAGUUCAGAAAGAAGAUGAGUUGCUUACAGUUUCUACUCAAAAGAAAAAAGCAGUUGCAACUGAAGAGAAAUCUGCAGUUCAAGAAGUCAUUCAAAAGUCCGUUGUUACUGAAGAUGUCAAACAAGUGAAAGCAGAAAUUAAAGCUUCUUCAACUAAAAUGACAGUAUCUGAAGGGCAGAAAGUGACGUUGAAGGCCAACAUUCCUGGUGCCUCUGAAGUAAAAUGGGUGCUGAAUGGAAUGGAGCUGAGAAAUUCAGAGGAUUACAGAUAUGGUGUUUCUGGAAGUGAUCACACGCUAACUAUCAAAAAGGCCAGUAGUAAAGAAGAAGGUAUACUCACCUGUGAGGGUAAAACUGACGAAGGCAUUAUUAAAUGCCAGUAUGUUCUGACCUUCUCUAAAGAACGCUCCAACGAACCAGCAUUCAUCAUGCAGCCUAAGUCUCAAAAUGUCAAUGAAGGACAAGACGUGUUGUUCACCUGUGAAGUUUCUGGGGAUCCUUCUCCUGAAAUUGAGUGGUUAAAGAAUAAUCAGCCUAUUGCAGUUUCAUCACAUAUCAGAGUAACUCGCUCUAAAAAUAUAUAUUCUCUUGAGAUUCGAAAUGCAGCAGUGAGUGACACUGGAAAAUACACAGUCAAGGCAAAAAAUUACCAUGGGCAGUGCUCUGCUACAGCAUCUUUAACUGUACUCCCUCUAAUUGAAGAACCUCCAAAAGAGGUAGUAUUGAAGACCAGUGGCGACGCAAGCAUGCACGAAAGUUUUUCUUCUCAGUCCUUUCAAAUGGCUUCUUCUAAACAAGAGGCUUCAUUCAGCAGUUUCAGCAGUAGCAGCAUGACUGAAAUGAAAUUUGAAAGCAUGUCUGCCAAAAGCAUGUCCUCCAUGAAAGAAUCCUUUGUAGAGAUGAGCUCCAGCAGUAUUAUGGGGAAAUCUAGUAUGGCUCAACUGGAGAGUUCAACUAGUAAAAUGCUCAAAUCAGGUCUGAGAGGAGUACCACCUAAAAUUGAAGCUCUCCCAUCCGAUAUCAGCAUUGAUGAAGGAAAAGUUCUCACACUAUCCUGUGCCUUUUCGGGUGACCCUGCUCCUGAAAUAACAUGGUACUGCAGGGGGAGAAAAAUAACCAGUCAGGACCAGCAAGGCAGAUUCCACAUUGAAACCAGCGAAGAUCUAACCACCCUGAUCAUCAUGGAUGUCCAGAAGAACGACGGUGGACUUUAUACCCUGAAUUUAGGAAAUGAAUUUGGUACCGAUUCUGCCUCUGUGAAUAUUAAUAUUCGAUCACAUUAGAGCGCUCAAUAUGUAUUAUUUACACUUGUUUUUUUACAAGUGAUUCAUAUAUGGACUGAAAUAUCUGAUAUGUAAAUAUAAAAAGAAAAAUAUUUUUUUACCUACCUGAAUGAGACAAAGUCCUGAGCUAUACAUUAUGACUUAUAGUCAUUACUGACCUAAGAAUUUAAAACACUUUUUUCACUGACAUGUACAUACUGUAUAUAGCCGAAGUUAACGGUUAUGAAGUUUUGUACCAUUUAUUUUAUGACAUUUUGAAACGUAACUUUUGGAACUCACAGUUGGCAGGAGAAAGUUUCCUAGCAAACGACUAUCCUGCUCAACAUUUAACUAAUCUUUGCGCCUCAACUCAUUGUUGAUGUCUAAGAAUGCCUCAACAGGUAGAGAGCCUCCCUGUUGAAGAUUACCUGCACCUAAGAGAUGAUACAGUGCAUAGUAUUUCAUACAUGCACAAAUAUUUAUGUUGAAUCAGAAAUGUAAGGCAUUGGUGAUGUUUGCAAUUACCCUCCUGUAAGCAUUGCUUUAAUGUUUUACAUUGGAUCUGAUUAUGUCAUAAUUUCCAUACCUGACUGACAAUUUUUGGACAAAGUGCAAGCGGCCAGCACUUUGUUCACCCAAUGUGUACUGUUUCUGACAUAUUGACUGCCUGAAUAGCUUUUAAAAAAGUAACAUCACCUGGCCAUCCCCUUAAUCAACAAAGCUAUUUAGGUAUUCAAGUGCAGCAGCAGUACCCCAUCUCGGAGGUUCAUAGGGUGCAGUGAAUGAGUUUGUGUGGUAGAAUUAGACACCCUGUAGUCGCUUCUGGGCAACUAAGCAAUGAACCACAGUUUGAAAACAAACUGUUGCUCCAACAUCAAAUACCGCCCUGCACUUCAAUUUGCUUUAGUUCUCCUAAUGUAGUAAUAGAGCUUGUUAGCUGUUGAACCUCCUUGAGAUAGAAUUGUUCAUUUGAAAUAAAGCAUGCUUUCUGCACCAUAAAA